AUGAAAUGGAAGACGGUCUCAACCAUUUUUCUGGUGGUGGUUCUGUAUUUAAUUAUUGGAGCUACUGUUUUCAAAGCCCUGGAGCAGCCACAUGAAAGUAACCAGAGAACAACCAUUGUGCUCCAGAAGCAGGAGUUCGUAUCACACCACAACUGUGUGAAUGACACAGUACUUGAAGAACUGAUUCAGGUAAUUCCCUGUAAAGAAGUGUGCUCUUGCCAUGUUUUAAAGGAAAUGUUGUUUAUUGGUUACACGGAUGCAGCUAUACCAGCUAUAAUGUACCAUGGCCUGAUAUCCAUAAGAAAUAAUGUUUGGCACAAGUAAUUUGACUUAAGGCUUUAUUGUGCAAAAAUCAUUGCUAAUUUCAUUUUUUAUACUAGGCUAAUGGAGCAAAUCCUUCCAUCAAAUGUUUCUGUUGUGCUUCUUAAAUUGCUGUUUGUUGGCAGAUACAACACACCAUUCUCUUCUUACAUUUAGGUUGUUAUUUAGUCAUAUUGCCUGGCAAAAGAAUAAACGGGAGGCUUACUGACUUGUAUGAAUAUUAUUUCUGGCCAUAAUCAAGUAUAAACAGUUUUUUGCAGAAGUCAGUGGAGGGUACCAGAUACAACAUAUCACUUUGAACUUUUGAAGCUUACUGUACUUUAAUUCCCACUAAUCCUACUGCCAUUGGCAGGGCAAAUAGUGGUGAGGAGAUUCCGUGGCAGAGCAGCUACUGCCUUCAGAGCUCUGCAUGCUGACUUCCCAGGGAGGGAAAUGGGAAGGGGUAGCUUUUAAAAACAUUUGGUGGGGGCAUUUUUUGUUUUGUCCCUUUUAUUGCAUUCAAUGGGAAGGACUUAAUUUUGCCAGUUCCAUGAGCGGUGUGGUUGUUGUCUACUUUGGGGAGCAGGUUAGGGGAAUCCUCUUCCAAGUACACUGUGCCCCCAACUCACCCCGAUUUGGUUCCUACUGCUGAGGAACUUUCCAUGGGCUUACCAAGGAGACAGGACUUCCAGCGGUGUAAUUUUCAUCUUAUCAAUGGGCCUCCCAGCUCCAUUUCCACCUGCCCCUCCCCCAGUGAGUCUUCAAAUGGCUUUAGGGUCACUCUCUUUACUGUACUGUUCUCAGUGCUAGGAGAAUAGAGACAAAUCAGUAUACUAAGACCACAGUAGUCAAAGGGUAGGGCCAUGUUUAUUCAUGCAUUUUAUUAAAUAAGUAAAUUUAUUCUGCCCCUGUUGUUGAAGUACAGUCUGAUUAAACUUACUUAUUAAAAAGAAUAUUUGAUUCUACCUAGGAAAAGCCUGGACUUUUCAGUGUGUGAAUGCACACACAUUGUAAAUCAUUGCAAGAUACCUUAUACUGGCAUUGCGUUUGAUCGCUUUCACUCUUGUCAAUGUAUAGAGCUCUGAAUGAAAACAGCUGAUGCCCCAGCUAGGUAUGGCUGAAUCUGCCUAUUUUUAGCCUGUGUCACUUUAACAUGUUUUUACCCAUUAUUCCAUUCUAUGUUGAUCUGUUUUUUACAAGUAUAUAAAUGAUAAUUUCAAAAACACUUAUUUAAAUAUGCAUCUUAAGAUAUAAUUUGAACAUGAAUUUUCUCCCCAAAUGCAUAUUUAAAAACAGUGCUUUUUUCAAAAAGAAAAAAAAUGUUUAGGGGUACUCUCAUUUUCAUACUCAUAUUGAAAUACUGCCCUUCAAUGACUUAGAUUCACAAAAUGUUUAGGGGUAUGCGUAGCCCUGCAUCCCCCCCGAUAAAAACACUGUUUAAAUGUGUAUUUCCUCACAAAGUGUUUACUAAAAUGCAUAUUUUUGGCAUGCUUAAGCUGCUGAGGACUAUGUCUUAACAUUCAGAAAAAAGUGUUAAUCAGGUAGAUAGCUCAAUUCAGAUCCUCUCAUUAAUUGCUAAAGUGUGGGUCAGGUAAUUUUAUAUAGAAAAACAAAGAAGUACUAAACUCUUCAAGCACCCCUAACCCACAAAUAGUUGGUUCUGGAGGGCUCCAAAGUGGUAGUGAGAAAAGUUUGACAUAAUCCAGCAACCAAUUAGUAGGAUGGUUUUGAUUGUAUGUUUGUUUAAAGGGAGCAGUUUUAGCCCAUUUUAAUAUGCAUUGGGUGACAGUGUCAUCAUUCUAUUGGACUCACUUUAUGAUCUGCCCAUCUUGAAAAGUUCAGCUUCACAUGCUGAUUGCCAUUCUAUAGCACAGUUGUGGGUUAUCUAGGGCCCUCCUUAUGUUGCUGAACUACAAUUCCCAUCAUUCCUGGUCAUUGGCGAUGCUUGUUGGGCCUGAUGGAAACUGUGGUUCAGCAAUAUCUGGAGUGCAAAAGGUUCUCCAUACUUUCUAUAGUAGGCAUAAGCUUUCACUCUUCCUCUUGCUUGGAAGUUUGCCCUCCUCCUGUCAUCUUAUGUAGUUACUUAAUUGCUCUUGAAAAUAUAUUGUGUUGAGCAAUGGAGUUCAGUUGCUCAUUCAUGGUACAAUUAUAAUAACAGUUUUCGCUUCAGUGGGGAUUGUUCUCCCAUGUGACUGAACACAUAAACAGUAUUUUAGAACUGAAUUUUCUGAAGGAUAUAAAGAUAAACAUUAUGCAAUAGUAGGGUAUUAAGAUAGCUCUAAUGAUAGAGUGAGUGUGAAGAAAAUUACAGAAAUUUAUUCACUAUAAUGUUCUGUUUUCAGACAAUAGUUACCUGUUAUCUUGUUUCAGGCUAAAAUUAAAUUCAGCUUCCUAUAAUUUUUUAGUCAUUUGUGACUAUGGGCAGUUGUAGUAUAACAAGGACUUUUUGAAGCAAUCCUAUGAAUGCAUGCACAUGGGACAUUUAUAUCACAACUAAUUAUUGAUGAAAGUUUUCUGUAAUCACCAGUAGGAUUCUUGCUAAGAUUCAGCUCAAUAGCAUUUGAUCUAAAGUGGAACAUCCCUAAUUGCUAUUAAUUUGUGGUAGAUAACCUAUAUGUGGUACUUUUAAUGCUUAAUCCAUUUACUCAGGAGUUAGGGGUUUACCAUCAGUGGAACUAUUGUGGCUUCAAAUGGUUUUUAGAGUUGUGUACUUCUGCCAACCUAGCAGUUCGAAAGCAGGUCAAAGUGCAAGUAGAUAUAUAGGUACCGCUCUGGCAGGAAGGUAAACGGCGUUUUCGUGCACUUCUCUGGUUCGCCAGAAGUGGCUUAGUCAUGCUGGCCACAUGACCCGGAGCUGUACACCGGCUCCCUCAGCCAAUAAAGCGAGAUGAGCGCCGCUACCCCAGAGUCGACCACGACUGGACCUAAUGCUCAGGGGUCCUUUUUACACUUUGCUACAUAUAAUAUUUCUGUUCACUUUAAUCUUUUCCCAUAAGCCCUAUUUUUAUCACGUCUAUAAAAUGAGUAAACUGUAGAAAAUUUAAAAAUUGUGUUAAUUUCAACAACAUAACUAUUAAGUAGGUCAUUAUUAUGACCUUUUAUUUGGUCACUGGCUAGGAUUUGAACCUUGGUACUAGUUGUGACAACUUGAUAAUGCAAAAUUUGCAAGGUUUUUCUAAUGGGGAUUUCAAUGCCAACAUUUUUGGCUGUUUUUCUUUAAAUUUGAAUUAUCUCCUCCCUCACCACUAAUGCACUAUAUAGUGGUACUUCGGUUUACGAACUUAAUCCAUUCCGGAAAUCCGUUCUUAAACUGAAACUGUUCUUAAGCCAAGGCGCGCUUUCCCUAAUGAGGCCUCCCGCUGCUGGUGCCCUUCCACCGUUCGGAUUUCAUUCUUAGACCGAGGAAAGUUCUCAAACCAAGACACUAUUUCCAGUUUUCUGGAGUUUGUAAACCAAAUCAUUCUUAAACUGGACUGUUCUUAAACCGAGGUACUACUGUAAUUCUCCCUUCCCAAGAUUUUGUACUAUCCUAAUUUUGCAACUUCCCAAAUGUUUUCAUUGCCUAAGUGCUUGUAUUUCCCACAGUCUUUAAACACUUCUGUUUGACUCAGUCAAUAUCCUCCAUAGUGAUAAAGGUCCCUAUUUACUAUAACUUAAUUGUCUACAUUUAAUUAGUCUUCUUGUCAUCUUUAUACCUGUUUUUUUUUGGGGGGGGGGUCCAUUUCUUGAAAAGGGAAAGUACUUUUAAGAAACUUUUUAUAGUGUAAGUCUCUGCAUGUAAACAGAGUUAUGUGAGACUUGCUUCUGGAUAAGCAUGUAUAGAACUGCAGCUUUUAAAAGGCACAAAAUAAAACAACUUUCUAAAUGGUCACCAUGGAUUCUUACUAUUCAACAUUUUUUCUUUGGGAUAAUCAUUCAACUCCAGUACCUUAGGCUGAAAUGAUUAUUCUGGUCUAGGGUCUACAUUUGAUCAGAUCAUCAUCAUAACACGGAGAGAUAAAACACCUAGUAAACUGACUCCAUGAGAAGAACACACACUUCCAACUAGAGAAACCCAGCAGUCAAUGGUAUAGUUCAUACAUUAGCUAGGUGGCAUACUUGGCACUUGAAAACCAUUCAAGUAUGGACUGAAUCAAUGAAAAGCAUUCAUUUGUGUCAGAAUAUUGGUUAAUCAGGAAAUUUUGUUAACUUUUGAGAAGUCAGCUUCCUCUGAAGUAACUUUUCUAAUGAUGCAGCAGUGAUGUAUUAUUUGAAAACUGACAUCAGGUUUCAAGAACCUGCUGAAUAAUUAUGGAGUUAUUAAUUAACUUUGAGUGACCACAAUCUUCCUUUCAGUAUAUAUUAUAUUUUGGGACCAUUAUACUCAAGUCUAAAGCCAGUAAGCUGUAAAUUGCGCUACAUAUAUUAUUUACUUCAGAGUAGGGGAUGUUGAAAUCCCAGACACUGUUGAUUAGAAUUAAGUAUAAUAUGUGUUAUGUUGAAGAUGUGAGGAAGUCAUAUCUAGAGCAAGACCAUCAUAGCCUUUUCAGAAGGUAAGAUGGCACACCCUUCAACAUUUCUCCAAUGAAAUUGGGACAUCACAUUCUAUAAUGAUAAUUUUACUAUUUAUACCCCACACAUCUUACUGGGUUGUCCCAGCCACUCUGGGCAGCUUCCAACAUAAAUAAAAACAAAAUAAAACAUUAAACAUUAAAAAACAUCCUUAUACAGGAUUGCCUUCAGAUGGCUCAGGGGUUGGAUAACUCCAUACUCUCCAUUUCUCCAAUGAAAAUAGGGACAUCGUAAGGAGAUGUGGGACAUUCCAGGAUCAAAUCAGAAACCGGGAUGGCUUCUCUAAAUCAGGGACGUUGCUGGAAUAUAGGGACACUUCAAUGGUCUGAGAUAUUAGAGCUGAAUGAUUGUUCAAUACAGUCGUACCUUGGAAGUUGAACAGAAUCCAUUCUGGAAGUCUGUUAGACUUCCAAAACAUCCAACUUCCAAAGUGUGGCUUCUGAUUGGCUGCAGGAAGCUCCUGUAGCCAAUCAGAAGCCGCAGAAGCACCAUUGGACUUUCGGCUUCUGAAAGAACGUUCAAAAACCGGAACACUCACUUCCAGUUUUCAAUCGUUCGGGAGCCGAAAUGUUUGACUCCCAAGGCGUUCAGGAGCUGAGGUAUGACUGUACAGGAAAAGUUGAAUUAUGAUAUCCAUGGUGUUUAUUUAAGAAGGUAUUUUCUUUUCCAGGCUGUUUUUUGAGACUUACAUAAGGCUAAAAUUUUAUACACUUGCUUAGAAGUAACUCAGUAGGGUUAACUUCUGGGCAGACAUGCAUAUGACAAUAAUUAUAAAAGAUAAAUAUUUUCACUUUCAUUUUUAAAAAUGAAAGUAGGUGAAUGUUUCAGGCAGUAUUCAGUAGUCUUAAACGCUAGUUUGAGUUUCAAAAAAUAGUCAAACAACUGGAGGAACAUGUUCCCACUCAAUAAACUCAAUUUUUUUCUACACAGUGAAAUUAUCAGAGACAUUUCAUAAAUUUCUUAACAGUUAAGCUUUUUUUCUUAGAAAACCCUUCUUGUCUUUCUGUACUUUUCAUAUAAUUUAAUAUGAAUAACUAGAUGAAUUGUAGAAGUAGCACAAAACAUGAAUGAUUGAUUUGUCAGUGAAACACACUCACCUUACUUUGUCAAAAUGAAUACUUGAAGACCCUUUGGUAGUGCACUCAUUCACAUCUUCUUGCCACUAUCAGGAAGAUGAACUUAGUGAUGUAAUAUGAUCUAUUAUGACUUUCUCAUUUCAUGUUUUCAUGAUUCACACCAUUAGCACAGACCUAUAGCUUUUAGUUUUGUGUACCACAAUAAAAAUAAUGUUUCAGACAGUGUGCAAUAAGGGUAACCUUGAAUGCUACUUUUACAAUCAUAAUAAUACUAACACAAUGCUAACACAAAAGUUAAAAAUAAUUAAAAUAGGAUGGGAUGGAACCCAACUGGUUGAGAAAGAGGGCCUUUUUAGAUAACUAGUUCACUAUGCAUACUUAUAGAGAAAGAAAAUGUCCACAUACGUUGAAAAUAAAUCCACAAUUUUGGGUUUUCUGAAUCAUCCUAUAAAGAGAUUUUGCUACAAAUAGGCAGUUGUUAAGUUAUAGGGAAUUCAGACAUAUUUUUCCAAAGUUAACUUUGUUGCAAAGAGACCACAUUUCCAUAGCAGUGAGCACAACAUCUGGGCUCCUCCUGGAUCCAACACUGCCUCUGGAGCUUCAGGUAGCCUUGGUGGCCUGAAGUGCCUGCUUCCAGCUCUGUCUGGUUCUCCAGUUGUGGUCCUUCUUGGAAGAGAUGGCUUGGCCACUGUGCUCCAUGCUGUGGUUACCUCCAGAUUGGACUGUUUACAAUGCACUCUACAUUGGACUGCCCUUAGAGAUGAUGUGAAAAGGCAAACUGUUAUCAAAUGCAGCAGCCAGGUUACUAGCUGGGGCUCAAUUAGAUCUCAUAGAACCCUGUUUGAAAUCAGCUACACUGAUUGCCAAUUCAUUUCUUGGUCCAAUUCAGAGUGCUCAUGUUAGUGUUUAAAGUCCUAAAUGUCUCUGGCAUCAAAUAUCUGAAGGACUGUCUCCAGGCCUACUGACCUUCUUGAUCUUCAGAGGGGACUUUCUUGGUAACCCUGCCACCUUCAGAAGUGUGGGGAGUGGUGGUCUAGGAGAAGGCAUUCUCUGUGUUAGUCCCUAAAUUGUGGUGAUCUCUCUCCACAGAUUUCUAGCAUAUUCAUUAUACACAUAUGUUGAAGACACACAUCUUUACCCUAGCCUUUGAUAGUUAAAGUAUUUUGUUUUGUGGAAUCCACCUCAUUUGAUGAAUUUAUACUAUUUUGUACCAUUCAGAAAGAUUUUACUUCUGCUAUGAUUUUAAUAGUUUUACCUCUUUUUGUAAGACAUUGCUGCCUAUUGUUGUAACCUGCCCAGGGACCUUAUGAUGAAGGAUAUGUAAGCAGUCUUAUAAAUAAAUAGAAUAAAUAUAUAUAAAAGAGACCACUCUCACAAGUCACAAUUGUCCCAAAUUUCAGCCUAAUUGUACACUUUCACCAUCAUCUCUAUGGUGCAAGCACUACAUGGCUGACAUUGGCUAUCAGAGUGGCACUCACAUUCAGUGUUCUACCAAAAAGUGUUAAUUGGGAUGGGAUGAUAGGAGUUGUAGUCCAAAGUGUAUCCGGAGGGCCAAAAGUUCGCCACCCCUGUACUGUAUCAUUACUUCACUCACACUGUAAUUUUAACCGAUUCCAACUUUCUUGGCAAAGAAAGAAUUAGUGUUCCUCUCCUAUUGAUAAGUGGGAUGCGGGUGGCGCUGUGGAUUAAACCACAGAGCCUAGGACUUGCCGAUCAGAAGGCCAGCAGUUUGAUUCCCUGCGACGGGGUGAGCUCCCGUUGCUCGGUCCCUGCUCCUGCCAACCUAGCAGUUCGAAAGCACGUCAAAGUGCAAGUAGAUAAAUAGGGAAGGUAAACAGCGUUUCCUUGUGCUGCUCUGGUUUGCCAGAAGUGGCUUAGUCAUGCUGGCCACAUGACCCGGAAGCUGUACACCAGCUCCCUCAGCCAAUAAAGCAAGAUGAGCACUAAUGGUCAGGGGUCCCUUUACCUUUAUAUGGAGCUGCUGGUGGAAGAGAGGAUUGCUGUUCUUUCUCAUUUCCUUUUGCACUUCCCCUACAUGCAGUAGACCUUCACUAGGGGAAUCUCUUUGGAUUGCACCAUAUGACUGAAUGCCUAGCUCCACUUUCACCUUGCUUCUCAAAUACAUCCUUCUGAAGCAGAUUCCAUGCUUUAUUUUGUAAAAAAAAAGUUGCUUGAAGCAAGAGGAAAAACAAGCAAAUAGUAGGCCCCUUGCUUGGAGAAGAUGGAGAAAUGCUGUUGGGUGGCAGAGAGAAGGCAGAACUGCUUAACAUCUAUUUGCCUCUUAUCUUCACCCAAAUUGAAAGCACAGCCUAUUGUUAACAGAAUAAACAAUGCAAGGAGGACGCUGAAGCCCAACAUAGGAAAAGAGGGGGUAAGGGAACAUGUAGUUACUUCAAAUGAAUUCAAAUCUCCAGGGUCUGAUGAGCUGCACCCAAGGGUACUAAAGGAGCUUGUGGAUGUAAUUCUUUGGGAAUUAUUGGAGAACAAGUGAGAUUCUUGCAGACUGGAGACAGGCAAAUGUUAUCCCAAUUUUCAAAAAGGGGAGAAAAGAAGACAUGGACAAGAUAACUGAACUGAACAAGUACUCAUUAACGGUUCAUUGUCAUCCUGGAAAAAAAGUGCCAAGUAAGGUGCCACAGGGUUGUAUCCUGGGCCUGUUGUUGUUCAACAUAAAGGACUUGGAUGAAAGUAUUGAGGGGAUGCUAAUCAAAUUUGCAGAUGACACCAAACUGGGAGGGGUAGCCAAGGCCACUGAAGACAAUUGGGAUUCGAGAUAACCUUGGCAGAUUAGAGAACCGGGCCAAAAUUAACAAAAUGAAUUUUAAUUGGGAAAAGUAGUGAGACUGAAAGGAGAUAUGAUAGCCAUCUUCAAAUACUUAAGGGCUGUCACAUGGAGGAUUGAGCAAGCUUGUUUUCUCCUGCUCUGGAGAGUAGGACUUGAACCGAUGGAUUCAAGAUACAAGAAAGGAGGUUCCUACUAAACACCAGGAAGAACUUUCUAACAGGAAGAGCUGUUUUACAGUGGAACAGACUCCCAUGAGAGGUUGUGGAUUCUCCUUCCCUGGAGGUUUUUAAGCAGAGGCUGGAUGGCCACCUGUCAUGUAUGAUCUAGUUGAGAUUCCUGCAUUGCAGGGAGUUGGACUAGAUGACCUUCAGGGUCACUUCCAACUCUACAGUUCUAUGAUUCUGGGAUUCUUCUCCAUUAACAUGCUUUUGUCUCUCAACUCCUGCCUCUAUAAAUAUCCAAAACCCCAAAACCAGAGAUUUAAUAAACAAUGAGGGACACCUUAUUUACUGUCAUGCUUUUUGGUACAGUGGUGCCUCGCAAGACGAAAUUAAUUCGUUCCGCGAGUUUUUUCGUCUAGCGAAUUUUUCGUCUUGCGAAGCACGAAAUCGCAUAGGAAUGCAUUGAAAUUCAAUUAAUGCGUUCCUAUGGUCAAAAAAAGUCCAAACAAAGCCAAAUUUGGUACAACAAGAGUUUAUUAAGUGCUCUUUAAAGUCACACAUACUGUAAAGAGCAUUUCAAAAAUUGAAGGAACAAUAAAUUAAGUUUCUAAACAUGACAGAAAAACAUUUAAAAAUCAACAAAGUGUACAGUACAUUUUCUAAGACUCUGGGGGACAACUCGAAGAAGGUUCCUCUUCCACUCUUUGCUUCUUGCUGAAGAACCUGUCCAUGGUCUGCUGCUUCAUCCGCCUUUUCAGCACCUCCCUGAAAGGCGACAUGACCCUCGUAUCAAAAGUGUUCACAAGGUCAUGUGCCACGUGCUUGUCAGGGUGGUGCCGCUGUGCAAAAGCCUGCACAUCCUUCCACUUCAGGCAAAUGUCCCUCAGUUCUUUGAAGGACAGCCGUUCCUCAGUUGCUUCCUCCUCUUCCAGCGAGGCCUGCUCCUGCGCAGCCUCUGCCUGCAGUUCGACCAGCUCCUGGGUGGUCAGAUCGUGGUCGUGCUCCUCCACCAGCUCGCUGAUGUCCUCCUCUGUGACCUCCAGGCCCAUGGUCCUCCCCAAGGCAACAAUGUCCUGCACCACUGUUGACUCUGGUGCAUCAGAGUCACUUGGUGCCACACAGUCCGGCCACAGGCUGCGCCAAGCGCAAUUCAAAUUUCUCUGGCUGAUCCCUUUCCAGGCCGUGGUGAUCAUCUUCAAGCAGGUGACGAUGUUGAAGUGGUCCUUCCAGAAUUCCCGCAGGGUGAUGGUGGUGCAAUCAGUCACCUCGAAGCAUCGCCUGAAAAGCUCCUUGGUGUAGAGUUUUUUGAAAUUGGCGAUGACCUGCUGAUCCAUCGGCUGGAGCAGUGGCGUGGUGUUAGGUGGCAGGAACAUGAUGCUGAUGAAGCUGAACUCCUCCAACAAGUCCUCCUCAAGGCCUUUAGGAUGAGCAGGAGCAUUGUCCAUCAGAAGCAAAGCCUUCAGCGGCAGGUCGUUGUCCAGCAGGUACUGUUUGACAGCAGGGCCAAAAGCAAGAUUGACCCAGUCCACAAACAGCACACGUGUGACCCAAGCCUUACUGUUGGAUCGCCACAUGACACUCAGCUGCUCCUUGUCGACCUUGUGUCUCUUGAAGGCCCGUGGGUUCUCCGAGUGGUACACCAGCAGGGGCUUGAUCUUCAGGUCGCCGCUUGCGUUGGCACAGAAGAGCAGGGUCAGAUGGUCCUUCAUGGGCUUGUGGCCAGGCAACUUGGCCUCCUCCUGUGUGACGAAAGUCCUUUUGGGCAUCCUCUUCCAAAACAGCCCGGUCUCGUCGCAGUUGAAGACCUGCUGUGGAACGUAGUCCUCCGUCUUCACAGCCUCCAGGAACUCCGCUGCAAAGUAUUAAGCCGCAGGAACAUCAGAACUGGCAGCCUCUCCAUGCCUGACCACGCUGUGGAUUCCAGAUCUUGCCUUGAAUCGGUCAAACCAACCUCUGCUUGCCUCGAAGACUUCUGGCUCGCCUGAGGUUUCUGGCUGUUCCCGGACGAGGUCUGCGUGCAAGGCCUUGGCAUUCUCACAAAUGACGGCCUCAGUCACUGUGUCCCCUGCACGCUGCUUCUCUUCUAACCAGAUGAGCAGCAACUUCUUGACCUCCUCCAGAACAGCUGGGCGGUUCUUCACGAUCCUGGUGACUCCCUUGGCUGCAUCAGUCGCAAGGAUCUUCUCCCUCAUCUUCAGGAUGGUCCCGAUGGUCGAUGGAUUCCUCCCGUACACCCUGGCGAGGUCUGUCACACGCAUUCCACCAUCGUGCUUCCGGAUGAUCUCCUUCUUCAUUUCCAGCGUCACCUUCUCCUUCUUCCUCUCGCUGGCCUCUGCAGCAGCAGUCUUCUUGGGUCCCAUGGCAGCACAGCUCCUACCUUCGCAAACUCAAAAAAAAAAAAAAAAAAGAAUCAGUGCUUCACAUCCAAAAAAUUCAAAAGCACCCAACCACCCACCACACAGAAAUUCAAACCCAGAACCAAGUCCUUGAAUUCCAAACACCCAACCCAAAAUCCAAAACCCCCCAAAAAAGUUUUAAAAGUUUAACUUACCAAAUGGCUGCAAAAGAAGUUUUGGAAAAGCUUCAAAAAUCACCAAAGUCUUCAAAAACCUCAACUGUUCCCCCAGCCACCCACCCACCACAGAGAAAUUGCAAACCCCUCCCCAACUGUUGCAAACCCCUCCCCAACUGUUUCAAACCCCUCCCCAACUGUUCCCCCAGCCAGCCACCACACAGAAAUUCAAAUCCAGAAUUUUUUUAAAAAAACAACAACAUGGCCCAAUGGUCACAGAAAAUCAUAAAAAUUCAAAAAAAACAAAACCACACAAGCUCCCAGAUUCUUGCAAACCCCUCCUCAACUGUUCCCCCAGCCACCCACCACACAGAAAAUCAAACCCAGAAAUUUUUUUAAACAACAGCAGAGUGGCCCAAUGGUCACAGAAAAUCAUAAAAAUGCAGAAAAAAACCACACAAGCUUCCAGAUUCUUGCAAACCCCCCCCCAACACCAAGUCCUUGAAUUCCAAACACCCCAACCCAAAAUCUGAAAACCCCCCAAAAAGUUUUAAAAGUUUAACUUACCAAAUGGCUGCAGAAGAAGUUUUGGAAAAGCUUCAAAAAUCAGCAAUGUCUUCAAAAACCUCAAAAAAGGCUACCACACUGCGUGCUAUGAGUUGCUCCUCGAAGUCAAGUCGCAACUGCACCUCUUCAAGCAAUGCACCCUGGUAUUAAUGGUUUUACGAAAAAGGAAACAAACUUGCAAGACGUUUUCGUCUUGCGAAGCAAGCCCAUAGGGAAAUUCGUCUUGCGAAGCAGCUCAAAAAACGCAAAACCCUUUCGUCUAGCGAGUUUUUCGUCUUACGAGGCAUUCGUCUUGCGGGGCACCACUGUAUACACAAAGGAUAAUAUUUUAUACUCCAAAUACUGCUUGAUUUCUAACUAAAGUCAUCUGUGGCACUUUUAUAGUACUUACAAGAUCAAAAUUGGACGCUUUUAAAAACACAGACGAUCAGCAGGGUUGUAACACCCAACACCCACAGGUGUGAGCUCUUUAUGGGCUUAUUCAGAUGACUCAAAACUCUGGGCCUCUUUCAGUAUAUGCCAACAUUUUCUCUCUCUCUCUAAAUGUGUGCAUAGGUGAACUAGUUUUCUGACAGGUUCAGUUAUCAGAAGUCUAGGUCAUAUGCAUUUCCUGCAGUGAAUGAGUUGUUCAUGGAAGUUUUCUUCUUCAGUGGCCUUGUGCUAUGAGUUCUACUGCUAUUACUGCUAUAAGAAAGAUGGUGGACAAGCAAGUGGUCAGCCAGUGGGAACAGCCAUGCUGGAUUUGGUUUCUAAGUAAUGGGAUUUCACUGAUAUAAACGGUUAGAAACUGGAAUGUGUUGCACGUAACCGCAGGCUAAAUCAUCACUUGUAAAAUCAAACAGAAAUAUGCACAGCUUGAGGGACUGACCUUUUAUGUCUGUCUUCAUUUUAAUGUAGUAUUUCCCCAGGGAGACUUAUUUUAACAUGGUGAUCCAUCACAGCGUCAAAUACAUCUGAAGUUAAAUGAUUUAAUGGGUUAUCAAAUUUUAUAGGUUCCUGUGGCUACACACACACACACACACACACGAUUAUGCAUAUUAUAGCCAAAGUCGCAAGUGGGGUGACCACUUUCUUAUGGGAAAGCCAGUGAGUUGUUUAAAAACGUGUGGUUUGCAUUGUAAUGUCUGAUAAUGCAAUAAUGUGCCCUCUAAAGUGCUAUUGGUUUAAUGGUUUGUUGUGUAAUCCUACUGAGAAUGUUGCAGUUUCUAGGCGGAGGGAUUCAUGAUUAGUCAUGAUUUUCCAUAUAGACACGAAAUAUAUCUGUAAGAAACAUAUUUAAGGGUGGACUUUAGGCUACCUGUAUAAAACCAGGUUGAGGAAAGCUGACCCGAGUAGUGGAAACAUAACACAAGUAGAAUUCACUGAGACUCCUAGAUAACAAAGCUAUUAGGUAGUCAGGGCCUGCCCUUUAAAAUAACUACGUAGGUUGGCUGGGCCUAUCUGGUCCCAUCCUGAAUUCCAUCCCUGCGGAGAGCCACAGGUCCCCCAUCCCUGCAUUAAGUAUUGUAAAGGUCCCUCAAGAAUACACAUGUAUCAUGUCUCCAUACAUCCUCCACUUUUCCCAUCACAUGACAAAAUUCCACUUGAGUUUUUGAAAGCCAUACUGUGGUAACAGCCUUGUGAACAAACAGAUUAGGUUAUGUGGAUGCCUUUAAAUGAGUCUGUACACAUUUGAAUUUGUAAAGUGCAAAUAAAAACAAACAAACAAACAGCUGACCACAUGUUUGCUAGUGCUCAGUUGCCCCCCCCUCUCUCUAUAUAUAUUAUCUUGUUUUUUCCAUUGGCUUGGGCAGUUAAUACUGGGACACUAUUAACAGUAUCCUCAGUGAUGAUAGCAAUGCGUAAGUUUGAAAAAUUAAAAUUAAAGAAUAUACCUUUACUUUAGUUCUUAUCUCAAUCCAGCUUCAGCCAAAGAAGCAGUUGUGUGGUAGCAGCUUUAAAUCAAUACCCUGCACAGAGGCUUUCCUACUUCUUACAAACCUCCAAAAUGAAUGGUUCCUCUAUUAACUAUACACUCAUGGAUGCUGUAGAAAGGGAAAGGGUAGAGUGUAAUGCAGAAGGGACUGUCUUCUGGGUCAUUCCUGCUGUUAAGAGCGAAAGCACUCAGUGCAGUGAAGCACAGGUACACCUAGGGCAUUAGCUUGAUGGUGUGGCUGCAGCGCAGGACAGUGACGAAGUGAGGGUUGAGUGGGCAAACUAGCACAUCCAAUCUGGUGCUCCGAUCGGUAUGCCCACACAAUCCCGGGCUCACCACCCUGUCGCAUACGGUCCAGAUAAGUAUCACCAAUGUCAGUAUUAAGAGGGCAGCAUUAGUGCCACUGUGCUGGCCAACAUUCCCUAGUUAACUUUUUACAUGCAUGGGCAGAGUUUUUGAUGCUGGUGGCUCUUACAGUAGUGCUUGAAUGAAAAUGUUUUUGUUAGAAAGUGUCAAACUUGUGGCUUAUUCAAAGGUGGUGAAUGGACUGGAUUGACCAGAAUUCUAAGCUUCAUGUCAUGAGAUGGUUUUUAAACAAGUUAUCCUGUUGAAAGUAAAAAAAUGGGCUCCACUGUGCCUGUGUAAGCCUUGGGAAUGUCUGGAGGAGUUCUCUGUGACUUUGUCCCCUUGGCUCAUGCUAGUAUUAGUAUAUAGCCAUGAUAUGGAACACGUGAUCAGAAUCCUAAGAACUUCUUGAGCUCUUGGACCCCUUCUUUUGGCUAUUGCUCCCAACAUACCCAUAUGGUUCAGCUGGGAGAAAGACCUAUGUAGAUCCAGUUUAGCUAAAUAAAAUCCCCAAAUGCUUGAGUAUGUAUUGUGGUUAUGACUAAGGUUGCCAUAUUUUUACACCUGGAAACCAGGACAUGUCAGGAAUUUUCCUGACAAAUGGCAAGCCUAGUUAUGACGUAUCUAUUUAAGCAUAUUGGGAUUUUGCUGUUGUCAAUCACUCUAGUGGCCCUUCUUGGUGCUGAAAGGUGGUAUAAAAUGCUUUCAUAACUACAAAUAGAUAUCUCCGCCUACCAGAAUUAUGAAUGAACUGAAUUGUUGUACAAAUUGGUUUUUGGAAUUGCUACCUGUACUGUUCAUUAUUAUAUGACUGUGAUACACCAAUAGCUCCAUAGCAGAGAAGGGCAUACACUUGUUCUCUGCUACCCCAGAGGGCAGGACUAGAUCUAAUGGACUUUACUUAGAGGAAUUUAGAUUUAGGAGCACAUAAACCUACCUUCUGCUUAGUUGGAUCAUUAGUGCAUCUGGGUCAGUGUUGUCUCAGUAGCUCUCUAGGCUUCUGGACAGGUGGCCUUUCCCAGUCCUACCUGGAGACGAUGGGCAUUGAACUUGUGGCUUCUGCAUGCAGAGCAAAUAAUCUACCACUGAGCUAUGGCCCUUUCAGUCUAACAUUCAGUGGAAACCUCUUGACCAGGAAUGCCUGGUGUGGUGGGGCAGUGCCACAGAAACACCCUCCAGACACUGAUAUUGCUGUAGCUUAUUUCGUUGGAGCUGGGACUGGGUGGCAGUGAGGCCAGGGCUGAUGGAGCCAUUCCAUACUUCUAUUGGUGCAUUCAUACAGUGCUGGCCUCACUGCUGCACAGUCCAGUGUCUGUCCAGGCAACCUACGGAUUGGUAUUGGGAGGGCAGCUCCCUACAUUGCCCCCACCACACCGGCUGCUCCUGCUCUGUUAGGGAUGAUUGAGUAUUGGAUUUCCUGCAUCAAGCAGGGGGUUGGACUACAUGGCCUAAAAGAGAAUGGAUAAUAAUUGAAAUGGGAUAAGUAGCUGGGACAAGCUUUUCAAGUGUUUAUAAUCUGCUCAGGUUUCUGGACCGUAAGUGUAUGGGAUAUUGGGUUGGGAAUAGCAUCCUUUAAUUAUUUAGCCAGGAAAAGCUUUCUUUUAUUUUUUUUGUUUCCAUAUAUUCAUAUCUAGUAUCUGUUUGAUAUUGUUAUUUUGAGGACUGAUUUAUUGUAUUUGAUUGUAAUUUGAUUGUAUUGAUAUACUAUUUAUCACUUUGGGGGCCUUUGGGUUAAGAAGUUGUGUGCGUGCAUGCCAUAGCUGUCAACUUUAAGAUUUGAAAAUAAGGGAUCAGCAGCCUCAAAAAUAAGGGACCAGCAGCCUCAUCUGUCCCAGGGACAGUCUAUGGGAUAUCUAACAAUCUGGGAUAGCAGCGGGAAGCAGUGGGAAACGGCACUGGAAUAAGGGAAUUUCCCUCAAAAAAAGGGAAGGUUGACAGCUAUGGUGCAUGCACAGAGAAUACACACACACACACACACACACACACACACACACACACAGAGAUAGAGAGAGAGAGAGAAUAGAAUCGUGGAGUAUAUGCCUUUAGUCUACCCCAUGAGCUAUUCUAGAAGCACAACUACUCAUAGGAAAGGGCAUAUUAGUGUCCCAGUCCGAGGUUGGUGCAAAUGUGUACCAGAAAUAAUAUUGGAGUUUGUAUGCAAGUGAAUAAAUCCUAUUUAUGGUGCUACAACUGAACCUGGUGCAUAGGGAUGUGAUGUAGACAUAGAAAGGCUUCCUUUUUAACAUGGUGCUGGGUAGGCAAGAAUUACUCACCCAUACCUAAAAUUGUAUUUUAAGCUGGGCCCUCAGCUUUUACAUGUGCAGUGGUAGCACACCAUUAAAGUAUCUGGCUGGGCUGCUAAUCCCUGGUGUUCUUACAGCGCAGACAGAGGCAAGGCGACAUGUUUGUAUAAGAAGUGAGGCACAUGCGAUGUUAUAUGGGGUGGUUCUUCUUGCUUGCUUUUCAUUACAUGUAAAUUGGACCUGAGCUUUAUUGAAAUGAGUGGUUUUUACAUCUGUGUAAUGGGUCUGAUGUGGAUAUGCUCCCAGUGUUUCUAUGAUCGGGGGUGCAAGUCUGUAAUUCUAAGCACCCUUGUUUUCAAAUGAGUUCCAUUAAAACUAGAUCAGUGGAACUUAAUGCAAAAUUUGGAACUGGUGUCUAAAAUAGCAUUUAUCAAGUGUGCAACUACAGAUUCAAUGAAAUAAAGGCUUAGGAACUUUUAGGCCUGCAGGAUUUUACCUAAGUUAAUAAAGUUAAUAAUAAUAAAUAAAUAAAUAAUAAAUAAUAAUAAAGUUAAUAAAGUUAGCACUCUUUUGCAACACAGCUUUUAAAAUCAGUUCUCAAUGAAGCAAUGAAAAGUAAAGUUCUUUCUUUAUUAUACUUUCCAGCUGCACUGAACAUCAUCUUUAUUUCAAACAAAUUGUUUUGAGCAUAUAUUUUUAUUUUAUCUGAAAUCUUAAGUUUUUAACUUUAAUAUUUAAACAUCAAUAUUCCAUUAUUUUCUCCAGAACUGUACAGGACAUCCUUAUCCAUAAAGCAAUUUACUUCAGUGCAGGUUAGACAACUCUCAAGAGUUGUUUUAAUCAUGAGUUAUGAAGCAGGCAAGUGCAUAAAUACAAUUUAGUGUGUAGGACCUCAUUGAUUUUAUUGGCUGUUUCAACAUUGAAACCUGUGGUUUCAGAGUUUUUAUUCACAGAAGCAUAACUCGACCAGGUCUUUCAAAAGGUUAACCCAAAAUAUGUUCCUAGUGUCAAAAUCCCAGAUAUGCAUUUUGCUUGCUUGUUUAUUUAUUUUCAAUCCCAUCAUUCCUCCCAAAGGAGCCUUAGUUGGCAAACAAUAAAACAGAUAGAUGAUAGAUAGAUGAUAGAUGAUAGGUAGGUAGGUAGGUUUGUGUGUGUGUGACACACAGAGUGAGAGAGCGAGAGAGAGAGCGCAUUUAAAAGCAAUUGAAUAUGCUAACAGUUAAAUAACAAGAAACAGUAUAUUUUUCUAUCAAAUGCCUUGGUGAACAGGAUUGUUUUGGAUUGCACCUGAAUAGUCUAAGCCACUUAAGGCUAGUGCUUACACCUUGCCUUGGAUCUGUUAGCUUACUGGCAGCCAAUGGGAUGCCUUCAGGAAUAGUUACACAUGGUCACCAACCUGGCAGCCUAAUUCUGCACUAUGCAGUUUCCUCUUAUUGAUAAAGAUAUUGAAGUCUCCCAAGGCUAUUCUCAUGAGGUUCUCCUACAUAUCACCAGAACCGCCUCUGCCUGCUCAGUCCGGGAAGAGGUUGUGCAGUGAGGUGGGUGGUAGACUUGUCUUUGCAAUCUGACACUGAAGUACAAACACUUACAUCCAGCUCCCAGAUGGAUUGGUUUCUUGGUGAGAAUGAUGGAAUUUAUGUGGAUGAUUGCCAAGCCUCCCCUCUGGUCUGUACUGUUGCUGUACUGAGUACCCAGGCAGGCAAAAUCAGGAAGGUCACAAAACUCCUAGCAUGCUCACCUAGGUCUCAGUAAUCCACACCAGGCCAGCUACCUCAUCCAGGAUGAAAUAAUGAAUGAGAGUUGCUUUCUUGUGGGCUAACUUGGCAUUAAGUAACAGCACCAUCAGGUGGCAGGGUGGUAUCUAAACAUCAUGGCUACUCAAGUCUCUACAUGGGUGGGUGUGGGUGGGUAGGUGUCUGAGCAGGAACAACCGAUGUUAAGUGUCUGCCCAUCUUCUCUCCUAUGAUGAUACCCUCCAUUCCAUACCUUCCUCUCCGUAAGAACCUGGAAAUAUCAGAAGUUCUCCCACUUGCCUCCUCUGACCCAGGCAUAUGUUUUUGUUUUCACCAUCUUCCUCGAAGCAACCACUCAGUAGAAGGGGGAGGUUUACCUGGCACCUGUUGACUUUCUAGAGUGUAUCACGCUUCUGUUCAAAGUGCCUUUCAUUAGCCACAAUAAUCAAAGCCAGCCAUGGCCUUUGGUGUUAGAUCAGAGAUGGAAGCUUCAGGCAGUUGGGAGUCCCAGGAACGCAAAACGUGACCCAUACAGCAAGAGAGAAGGAAACAAAAUGCUAUGCUGUUAGAUCUCCCAGGCUCUAAGUAAAUGUUGCAUUGUAUAAUAGCCAUUAAAUGUCCAUGCGAUAGUUCUCAGUUAGGAUCAAGAGAAUUUUCGGGAAACUUGAAUUUAGAGGCUUUCUUUGCCCUCUAACAUCAGCAGUUAGCCUCUGCAUUGAACCUCUAGGGAUGCAACAAUCAAACUCUUGAUUUCGUAGCAAUAUAAGACAUGAAAAGUAACCAAGAGUUGCAAAAAUGAGUAAUAUUUUGAAUUUAAUUAUAUUUCAAGCUUAGGUUAGAUGCUGCUAAAAGUGAAGCCAGUUGAAUAACGCCACCCAAAAUUUCUGUCUGUCUCUUUCUUUCUUUCAUCAGCUGACAUUUGAUAAGUUACUUUAUCUUCACAAACCAUACAAAACACUGUAUUCUAACAUUCUUGUUUAUGUUUCAUAAAUAUUGACAAAUAUUGACAAAUAUCUCUUUAAACUUGCAGCAAGUAGUGGCAGCAAUAAAUGCAGGAGUCAAUCCUAAAGGAAACACGUCUAACAGUCAUUGGGAUUUGGGAAGUUCCUUCUUCUUUGCUGGCACUGUUAUUACCACCAUAGGUAGGAUAAAACUUAUUAUUCUAUUUUGAAGAGUGUAUUACCUAAAACAAAUUUAGUUUAAAAUAUAUGUUUUCGUUUGGCAGAUUUUGUUUGUCUAUUUUAAUAGUAUUUUUAUAUUUUAAGUUCAUAUAUGUUGGCAAAAACAGUUUUCAUUAGACAUGCACACUUACAUUUAUAAGAUUCAAUAAAUGAUAUAAAAACUUUAAUAGAAAGUAGGUUUAUAUGAAAGGUGCAGUUCAUUAGUGCACUGUACACCAAUUAUUUGAUUAUUCAUGUUUUAAAACAAGCUUGUGCUUUGAGCUGUUGAUUUGGGUCUCUAGAAGUGACAUAAUUCUAGACAAAUAUUGUCUAGAAUUAAUAUAUAUGUUCAAUGUUUUCAACAUUCUAAGUAAUCAGCCUGUUUGGGAAAUUCAUUUUUAUUAUAAAGUUGUAGCAGGCAAACUCAGAUUUAACCAUAGUGGGUUGUAUUAGGCUUUUAGUAGCGUGCAACAGCUCAUGACAAAUAUUCUUCAUAACCUUGUUAAUGUUGUGCAUCCUUCACUUCAGAUGCUCAAUGGACAGUAGCACCAUGCCAAAGUAGACACAAUGAUGGCAGGUUCAUGUGUUUAAAUAUGCAUUUUGCCCCAGUCACAGAGAAGGAGGGUUGAGGGAUGAGGCCGCUCCAUAUUUGACAGCAAAAUGGACACACAGAGGAGGAGUGUAGACUUCCCCCCUUCCCAGUGAAGGAGGCAGAAGUCUGCAAUGUUAUGAAUGGCACGAAGAAAGGGAACUGAAAAAAAAGAUCACUAGAAAUAUUAUUGAACAUUAGCUUCUCCAGGGUAACUGAUUUGCAGUUGUUUAAGGGCAUGCAACCCUUGGUAGAUGCAGGGACCGCCUGGCCCAUUUUGCCACCUGGGGCAAAAUGUGAACGUGCUGCCCUGUGCAGGUGCUGCAUGUUAUGUGCUACCCACUCCUCUGGUUGCCCCCACCAAAGCCUCACUUACCAGGAUCAUGCGGCUGCAGCUUCCAGGUUCUGGCAGGAUCUUGCAAGAGCCCUGUGACAUUGACCUGCAGGACUCUCACAAGAUUCUGCUAGAAACCGGAAGCUGUCACGGUCACUUCUGUUUGCUUCUCUGGUGGUGCAGGUGCCCCUUGGAUUCUGCCACCUGAGGCAGCUGCCUCAGUCUGGGCAUAUAGUAUUGUCUCUAUAACAACCUGUUUUAGAGCUGGGUUGCUUAAACUGUCUUCUGAAUGCCCUACAGUCACUAAUAGCCUGGUGCACAUCACUUGCUUUGAAUAUGGAGCAAACAGCCUUCAGCACUGAAUAGGAUAAUGUGUGUUUAAUGGUAGCUCCUCCCGAGGCUUUGCAAUAAAUUCAAAUCCCGCACUAGGUGUGACGAUCUCCAGCUUUCUUCUGGUCUUUACAAUAUAAGGUCGUUCAAAGCUACUUCAGGUCCUGAAACUAAAAAGAUAGCAAGCAAUUAUUGGCAUUCUGGAAGGUAUGCCAUGGUUGAUGGCAGGUUUGAGCUAGCACUUAACAGACUAAAGUAAAUCCUUGUAGAUCCACAUUUGUGAUUAGAGACCUGGUCUAUGAGUUCAAACGAAAUUUUAUUGUAAAUAAUGUUUCUCUCUCUAGUCUAUGUCCCCUGUGGGCACAAGCAUUUCUUCUGAGGUCAGAACAUUUUCUAUCUUGUUAUGUAGUUUAUUGAUUCAGCUGAACAAUGGGGAAUUGUACUAUUAACCCUCUUCCUGCUGGCAGGGUUUUACUGCAUUCAUAUGAAAUAUGUGCAGAGCUGCAAAUUUGAGCUGGGUAUCAGUGGUUUGAUGUGUGGCCUGUCCUGCUUGCAACUGACCAUGCUGCUUGAGGCCCUGAAGCUUCUAGGUCUGCAUGCGUACAAACCCUAACAGUUGUAACAGUGUCUGUUGCGUGUAAACAAAAAUGUGGCAAUCAGGACUUGAAGUGCCAGUAGAAGCAAGAACUGUGGUAGCCAUGAGAAUGGGAAUGAUGCCAAUGGAGUGUUUGAGCAUGUGAUAGUAGAACAUAACAUUCCUUUUAUUUUCAAAUGUUGGAACAAUUAUAUGCAUUAGCUCAGAAGUUUGAGCUGAUAUGUAUUAAGUUUGAGCUUGUAUGUAUUAGCAUCAAAAGUUUGAUGGAGGUAGAGUUAAGGUUUCUUCGUUGUUGUGAGGUGGGCAUGGUGAUGUAUGUGGAUUUUUCUUUCAAUUAAACAUGUCUACAGCGCUGGCUACCUAAGUUUCCUGAUCUGAAAAAAACAAAACCCAUGGGAGGAGUUGCCUCAUAACAUCUUUCUCUUCGUUCCUCAACUUUAAUUGAAGUAUGGGAAACCGGGAAGGCUGGCUAAUGAAAGCAUGGGAUUGGUGUACUCACUGGUUUUGUUUUUAAAGCCAUCUGUUCCUUUGACCUUAAAAAAAAUUCACAGACUUUUAAAAAUCAACAACGUAAAAAGACCUUGCUUAAAAAAAUAACAGUGAACAGGCAUCAGACACACAUGCUUGCAGUUGAAGAUGUCAUGGGGUUUCUUUAAGGAAAGACAACCACACAGGAAGGCUGCAGAGUGCAGACCAGCAGAGAGAUUUGUAGAAUGAAAGAAAAUCCACUCACAAAACCCGUUGUCCACUUGGAAAUAAAGUAAACAAAUGAAACAUUGCCCCCACCCAUGAGAAUGUCACUAACAUUUUCUCACCAGCAGUGGACUGCUGUGGCGUCUGUUGUGUCACUGAUGCUUACCUGGAGAUGAAGGGUGAGGGAUGAGGCAGCAGUGAGAAUGGCUCCACGACUGCAUUUGUACAGCCUCAAUCUGAUUCUGUUGCAGGUGCACUUUUACUGCUCCAACCUUGCUGCCUCUCCCUUCUUUCUCUUGGUAAGGAUCUGUGAUGCACCAGAUCAGAGGUCAAGUCAGCAGCAGUUCCCCAUCAUUCCAUCUGCUGCUGUUUUUCACCUCUUGGAUAAUUUUGCAUGCAAAUUCUCUUUUCAUUAAUUGAUGGAGAAUGCUAAGUACACUAGUUAUUUUCACAUAAACUAGCUUAUGUACACUUAGCAAAUCUUCUAAAUUAUGCUGAUGCAAGUUCCUUUGGUGCAUCCUUCCCAUUGGUGCAAGGAACAAAAGCUACCUUUAAAAAUGCACAAAAUGUUGCAACACUGUGUUCUCUGGAAGCCAGAAUUGGCCUGUUAAUGAGAGAAAGAGGAAGAGAGAGCUUACGUUACAGCUUCUGGUUUUGCAUAUGUUGAGUACCACUUUAUUAAGCAAAGUGCCAAGGGAAAGUCUGAAUGAACUGUAGUGUUGUGAAAUGUUAGGCAAACAUUCUACUUGACCAUUUUGAACAAGUGAAAAUUCUGCCUGAUAAAAGAAUCCAGGGAAAUAGUUUUCAGAUCAUGAGUUCUAAGACCCAAUUAUCACAUUAUUGAACUGGGAGGACACCAACUGGAAAACUGACCUUGCUUACGAUUCAGCCCCAAGUCACUUUGGCAAUGUAUUUUGUUUGCUUCAACAAUUUAUAUGCUGCUUAACACUGUAGUGCAUAACAAGGUUACACAAGGUACGAUAUAGAUAAAAUCAGUUAAAAUACACAUCAUCCAUGCUCAGGACUUAGAAACGUUAGACGCUUCCAAAUAAUAAUAAUAAUACCUUUAUUGUCAAUGUACAACCUGUGUACAAUGAAAUUAAAAGAGCUAUUUGAGCAUGGAACAGACUGCCUUGGGUGGAGGUUGUGGACUUUUCUUUUGCUGGAGGUGUUUAAACCUCACAACAAUAAAGCAAGCUUGACUUCACAUCUAGCAAAGAUCUAACAACAGAAUCCCAUGCAAAUAUAUACUCAGAUGAAAGUCCUGUUGUGUUCAAUGGUGCUUACUCCCAAGAAAUAAAGUUUGUGUUCAGCUAACUUCCAGGCAAGUGUGCUUAGGAUUGCAGCCUUAAUCAUGGUAUGCUGUGCUAGACAUAUAGACCCUCCAUUGGAGUCACUGUGCGCUAUGUUACAUCUUUUCCUGGUUCAAGUGGUUUUUUUUGUUUUUUUGGAGUGCUGUAAUUUGAAAACAAUUGUGCAGAUCGUUAUGAGUUGUAAUCGCCUGGAAUGAGGCACAAAGGUGGGAUAGAAAUAUUUAAAUAAAUAAAUACCAAGUAAUUCCUAAUCGAGCUUAUGGGGAUUCUCCCCAUCCUUAUCUUGACCACUGCACAUGUGACCACAUAAGCAAGUAUCCGUUCCACCCACCAAGACUUGUGGGGUUUUGGUGGUUAUGGUGGGGGAGCAGAGUUAUACUGAUUUGGGUAACUUUCUUUCCUUUUCUCUUUCUCUCCCUGCCACUCUUCUUGCAGAAACUGACCAAGUCUGGAAUGAAGUCUUGUCUUGGCUAGAGUAGGUUGGCGGGGGGGAGGGGGGGUACAACAGAGUGGCAGUACAGACAAAAUAGUAUCUUCAGUUCUGAAGUGUUUUGAAAGCUAGUACGUAUUUCUCAAGGGAAACAAUGGUUUACCAACAAGUAAAGCAGCUGAGUUUGCUCACCUGCUCAACAGGCUACAACCUUCUGUUAUAUUCAGUGCUUUUUUUUCUAAAAAAAAUGUUUAGGGGUACUCUCAUUUUCCUACUCAUAUUGAAAUACUGUCCUUCAAUGAGGCCAAACUUAGAUUCACAAAAUGUUUAAGGGUAUGUGUACCCCUGUGUCCCCCUAGAAAAAAGCACUAAUUGUGUGUGUGUGUGUAUAGUCACUUUUCCAAGUUGAGGCAAUAUAACGUCUCAAAUAUGUUAAACAGGGCUAGUCACUGACAAAGAUGAAAUAAUAUAGAUGAAACCCCAAAGAUUAUAAUCUCUCCUCCUCCUCUUCUUCUUCUUCCUCUUCCUCUUCUUCUUCAGUAUUCUUAGUAUAUCUAUGCUGUUUCUCUUUUUAUGAUUCUCAACUACUCUCCCCUUCCAACAUCCUCUUUUCUCCUUGAGUAUUGAUUCUUUUUGACCUUGCAUUCACUGUUUCAUGCAGUCAAAGAUCACAUUCUUAUAACCCCCCCACCCAAAUCUUCCUAAAUGACACAUUCCAAGCUGUAUUUACAGAUUCCAGAAAAAGGCACCCCCCAUCCCCUCCCAGUAACAUAUUGGAAUGUAAAGGGCUAGCAAGGGUCAAAUUAAAUAUGUCCAUUUGGAGAAUAUAUGGGAAGAGGGUGCUCCCUGAGGUUGCAUGGCAUGCGCAAGUAGCAAAACAAUAAGCCUAUGUUGGGAUAAUUAUCUACAUUUUCUGGCAAGUGUCAGUUGAUAAUAGCUCUAGAAGCUCAUUAUAUCAUGAAGCUAUUACCUACUACAGCAGAGCUGGAAUUUUAUCAUGCUUAAAUUUUGGUUCUAAAUAUGGGCUUUUGACAGUUGAUAUCAAAACAAACAAAAAAACUCUGAAGCAUUUUAAUUCUGAAAUUGAAAUUUUGGAGGUCUUUUUUUUAAAAAAAUGACCACGCCAUUUGAAACAUAGUUAUUUGUAUUUCUUUAUUCAAUACAGUUAAAGCAAUAACUUUUUUGGGGGGGGGAGACUUUCUUUAAGAUAGCUUACAAUGAUAUAUAAAUUGAGCAUAUUUAUAACAAUAUGUAAAAAAAUAUUGAGACACAUAAUAACCAUGAGGUGUUUUGCAUGAUGCAAUAAGCCAAAUCUUGACAUAGUAGUGAGAUCGUGUUGUAUGGUGUGGUUUAUUUAUAUACUACUUCUCAGCCUAAGGUCCCCAAAGCAGUGAACAAUAUUAAUACAAAAUAAAUACAGUAUACAGUAAUACUACAAUACAUAAAAUAUACCAGUCAAAACAAUACAAAUAGCAACAGAAUUUUCAGUGUCCAACCUUGGAGAUGAGCGGGGGAGAAUAGAAUGUUCCACUAAGUAUAGCUCCAAGGAAGGUCUUCUUCAUCUUUGGCGAUCACUCGCAGCCGAGUAAGAUUGUCUUCCAUAAACAAGGUGGGGACAUUGGUUUCUGGGCAGGAGCUGAUCACAGUGUGGAUUUGCCAAGUGUGCCUUCCUCCUAGCAUGUUUCUCCCUUGCGUCCUGAGUUCGAGUGUCUUCAAAGCCCAUGACACCUUUGGUAAAGGCUGUUCUCCAACUGAACCGCUCUCAGGCCAGUGUUUCCCAGUUGUUAGUGUUUAUACUACAUUUUUUUAGGUUUGCCUUGAGACAGUCUUUAAACCUCUUUUGUUGACCACCAGCAUUACGCUUUCCAUUUUUAAGUUCGGAAUAGAGUAGUUGCUUUGGAAGACGAUCAUCAGGCAUCCGUACAACAUGACCAGUCCAAUGAAGCUGAUGUUGAAAAAUCAUUGCUUCAACACUGGUGAUCUUUGCUAGGUAUUCCAUACCAGAAGCAGCCUCCUAACACUUCCAUCUCCAGCAGAUGUGGAGGGCCUGUCAAAUCCCAGUUGGAACAGAUUUCCACAAAUGUGGGGGGCCACCACUGAAAAAGCCUUCUCCUUUGUGCCUGUAAGCAUGAAUGCUUUUACAGGUGGGUACACAAGUUCUCAGAAGUUGAUUUCUGCAUGCAGGAAUGCUGAUAUGGAUGGUGGUCAACUGGUCCAAAACCAUUUAGGGCUGUAAGGUUGGCUGCAUAAAUUGAGCAUAGAAAUGCACUGGCAACCACUGUAACUGAUACAACAUAGUUAUCAUAUCAUACGUUCUUACCGCCAAGCACCUAGCAGUACCCUGUUGGCUGCAUUUUGCAUGGAUUGAAGUUUCCAAGCCAUCAUUAAAACUGCAUUACACAUGGUAGCCUAGGCUGGUGUCGCUAGUGCAUGGGUAACUAAAGCAUUGCCACAGGGUCACAGUAUACCAGAAUAUGGUGGUAAAAAGCCCUCCUGGCCACCGCUGUAAUCUGAACUUGUCUUGUUAGCACUGAGUUCGGUGGAAUUCCCAAGCCCAACAUUCUGUUUCUAGGGCGGCUAGUUGUUCAAGGACGUUCGCAAGCAGAUGUGAUUGUCUUAGCCACCACUAGUAUCUGGUGUUCAGAGGCAAUAUACUUCUGAACAUAAAGGUUCCCUUUCGGUCUAUGAAGUAGCAGCUGAAGGAUUUUCUUGAGCAGGCAUCUAAGAGAAGCCCUAAAGAAUUCAUAAAGCUAAAUAUGCAUUGUUCUUAGUGGUGCCAUGACUGGUUCUGUCAAGCAGGCUUGUGGUUUUGUUUGAGUAUACCGACAAGUGGCUGUUCACCUAAGAUUGUUCUAUUUUUGAAUUCUGAGACGGAACACGUUUUCCAGAAAAGUUCUUACAGUCAGUAACAGCACUUGAACCCUGACUAACUCUUGCAUUCUUUCUUUCCUCUUGGACACUUGGGUUCUUGACCAAACUUUAACAAGACCCUUAUAAUCCAACAUGGCAUGCUUCAAGUAUCGCUGGAUGUAUCCCAAUUCUGCAAUGCUGAUUUUCCCUGAAAUGAUUUCUCAUACGCCUUCUUAUUUUGUUUUCAUUUGAAGUCCCAGAUCAUAUUGGUAUGUUAUAGUCCAACACUGAAAAUAGCAAGGAUCAAUUCACACAUUGGCACAAAAGAUCUAGGUGCUUGAGGCAGAAAAUCCAAUUAAAGCUACUGCUUCCCACAAAAAAUGUAUAACAUAAAGCAAAUUUGGCUACUUCAAUCUGCUCCUGUUCACACCUUAAAGCAGAGGUGGGGAGCCUGUGGCUCUCCAGAUGUUUCUGGACCACAACUCCAAUCUUUCCUGACCACUGGUCAUACUGGCUAGGGGUGAUGGGAGUUGGAGACCAACAACAUCUGGAAGACCACAGGUUUCCCAUAAUAAUAUGUCAUAGUUUCACUAUCCUUUUGCAACUAUGCCAGAACCGCACUGCAACAAGGGAUUUAGCAAUCCUGUACUUAAGGAAAUCAGCCCUGAGUGCUCACUGGAAGGACAGAUCAUGAAGCUGAGGCUCCAAAACUUUGGCCACCUCAUGAGAAGACCCUGAUGUUGGGAAAGAUGGAGGGCACAAGGAGAAGGGGGCGACAGAGGACGAGAUGGUUGGACAGUGUUCUCAAAGCUACCAGCAUGAGUUUGACCAAACUGCGGGAGGCAGUAGAAGAUAGGAGUGCCUGGUGUGCUCUGGUCCAUGGGGUCACGAAGAGUCAGACACGACUAAACGACUAAACAACAACAACAACAUAUAUAUAUAUAUAUAUAUAUAUAUAUAUAUAUAUAUAUACAUUUUCCAAAAAUGAAAUACAAUGAGUCAAACAUUUCCCGAUAUAUAAUUCCAAGAUAAUUGACUUCCCUUCCACCCUCCCAUGGUUUCCUCUAAUUAUCUAUUGCUGCUGCAUAUUAUAAUUAAUCUAUACCUUCUUUCCUCCACCUUAUUCUCAGAGUAACUUUUACUGCUGAGCUUAUUCCAAACCUGCAAGCAUCUUAACAUGUUUAUGAUCAUUUUUAAAAUAAUCUACAAAAAAAGUCCAAUCCUCCUCGAAGGCUGCCUCGUCUUGUUCUCUAAUUUUACUAGUUAAACUUGCUAAUUCGGCACAUUUCAUCAAUUUCAACUUCCGCUCUUCUUUCGUAGGAGCUUCAUCCUCCCGCCAUUUUGGGGCAUAUAGUACUCUUGCUGCAGUAGUCACAUACAGAAACAAAUUCCUUUGAUUAUUUGGUACAUCAAGUCCAAUUAUCCAUAGGAGAAAAGCUUCUGGUCUUUUUGGGAGAGUCCUCUGAAAUAUCUUUUUGCCAUCUCAUUAUGUAUCAUCUCCCCAAAUCCCUUUGCUACUCUACCACAUAUGAUAAAAUGUACCAGCAAAUGUACCUAUCUUUAUUCAGUUCUUAACUCAGGGAUAGGAUUGUACUGGUCAGAAAAGCUGGGUUAAUAUUAUUUAUAUUUUCAUUAACUGAAUUUUUGAAACUAGGAUAUUUUCUCUUGAGUUAAUGGCUCAGGAUUGUUUUCUUCUGAAUCAUCAUUGCAUUUGGGAAGAAAGACAUACUUCUCCAAACCCCAGUCAAAGGGCUCUCAAAAACUGUAGUGGCUUUUAUAGGAGAGCCGAAGUAAAUCUAUCCUUUAUUUGCUUGAUUCUUGUCAUGCUUUCAGAACUAGAACUGCUGGUACCUUCUGUCCCCUAUGCUUUAUGAAAUCACAAAUGUGCCAAUUCUAAUCCUUGCACAGAUGUGCCAGCUAUAGCCUUUUGUUGAUACCUUACAAGUUUACAAAGCUAUUCUUAAUUUCUGAUUUAAACAUUUGCAUGUUUGCACACCUGUCUUUUUAUGCCAUCUUACUGCAUGGUUAAUGUAACCAUUAACUUGCCCCCCCCCACUUUAAAAAAAUAAAUAAAUAAAUCUGUCCUGCAGGUGAUCAAACUUUUCUAAAAAUAGCACACUGGGCUAAUUAAAAUGGAGUUGUCCCUUUUUAUCACAUGCUGUGGAAGUCAUGAACCCUGAGUGGCAAAUAUAUAAUUACAAGGUGCAAUGUAAUAGCUUAUAAUUCAAUUUAGACAUCUGUUUAAUGAAUAGGAAGCAGAUAGUGUUGCAGUUUGUCAGUCACAUGGAUAAUUGAUCAAAACAAAACAUGCCAGACCAAAGGCUCUUUUAUUUUUUCAUGUGCUAAUAGAUUGCAGGGGGAAGAGAUUUAAGUCCUGCAUGCACAUGUUACUUAAUUGUGUGCCAGUUUAUGCGCCAACUGAGAACUGCAUCCGCAGUUUAAUCUGGGGACCAAUUAACACACUGCCCUUGAUAUGGAUGCUCCAUGCCAGCUGAGCAUGUCCUCAUCAGAAAGUGAUAUUGGUUCUGCAGGACCUCUGAACAUCCCAUGAUUUAAGGUUGAUGUAAAGGUUACUGUUAUAGCAGUUCUGUCUAGCAGUUACCAGUGAAACCAUAGAUGGCAUCUUAAGCGUAUCCACAGUUACCUUUCCUCCAUUCUUUCCAGGUGGGGUCCACUCUUUAAAGUUUUGUGUCCAAAUUCCCUUUAUUGCCUUUUUUCUUCGCUCCAGAGCUAUCCCUGCGAAAACCCGCUUUUUAAAUUUCAACUGGAACAAAUAGCAAUCUGUGGAAAACCCAAAUUGACGUUUGCCCCAAUUGAGCACUAAAGAAUGGAUUUUCACAGAGAAAGCUGUGGGGCAGAAGCCUCAGAUGCUCAUACACGGAAAUCUUAAGUGCAGACCUGUGCCUGGAAAGAGCAAGGCAAAAGGCAAGUGUGAAUAAGCCCUCAGUUGCUACAUUGCUAGAGAGUUGAGCAGCUUUUGACUGCCAUGUGCAAGAAACUGCAGCAUCCUGUUUAGUUCAGACAUAGCAAACAGUGUUUUUUGUUCUAAAACGAGAAUAGAAAACCAGGAACAGAUCUCCAUCCAUGAAGAUAAAAGCACAAAGGCAUAUACUGAAUCCAGCUCACGCAGACCUCUUUUCACUGCAAAUUAUUCAUUUGAGAAUUAUAACUUUUUUCAGAGAAGCUUCAGAACUUCCAUUGGGGAAUGAAAACAAAUGCUAUAAAUGGGCUGCAAAAGGGAAAUAUUACUUCAUCAUUGUUUUGGAGUUCACUGAUGGUGUCAACAAACAUGUAGCUUGGGGUGAUCUCGUAGCUGUUAAAUAGCUGGAGUUACAAAAGUAUGUUUUAGACUUUGUUCUAGCUUUGUUCUAGCUUUGUUCUAGCUUAUCAGAGGAACUAUAGUGAAAAUAUCAAUUAUGGUGGUCAAACGUCCUUGAAAAAAAGGUUGUCCUCCUCCACUACCACCACCCAUGGAGUAUGUAGCCAUGGAGGAAUGUUGGGUAUUUUACAUUGUGCACUCUCAAUCUACUUGUGGUGUUGGCGAGUACCAUUGGGUUUAGCUUGAACAGCCCAGAAUCCCCUUCAACAUGAGGGGAGUCAAUGUAGACCGAUCAAUAUGGAAAGUAUUCCUUGGUCUUAAUGCUACUUAAAAGUCUGUGUUAGCAUAUGGAAAGCAUAAUAAAGUGAUGUACUGUUACAAAAAGAAGUGGGAAGAAAACUUCCAACCUAUGCCAAAUUUAACUGACAAUCAUAAAAAGAGGAAACUGCUUUUAUGACAGUAAGGCAGCCGUCUGUCUCCUCAUCACAGACAAGUCCGGUUAAACAUGAGGCAACUUGGCUGCCAAACACCAGGAAAGCAAAUGAGGCAUACGUGCCAGAUUUACAGUGCCUUCCAUUAUUAUUCUAUCCUGACCUCUAAAACCAGUUAUGGGAAUGCUGCACAUAUCUGCAAUUUGCAGAUUGCAUUAUCAAUAUUUAUCUGUUUAUUUAAAACAUUUACAGAGUACCUUGCUGCCUGAUGAGAGGUCUCCAUGGUAACUUACAAUAAUACAAGAAACUUCUAGUUUUUGAGGGGUUUUUUCAAGGCAACUAUUAAGUUGUGGGUGAGCAUAUCAGAUGACGCAGCAAUUCUUCAGACAGCUCUUGUUUAUUCACAGGCCAGAACAGAAUAGGGCUGAAGGGUUCAGCCAACCUGCUUAUAUAAAGCUCAACUACAUGGCAACAGUAACAACUUUCUGUAACUAUCCAAUCACUGAACGUCACUUUCAAUUCCUUAUUUGCAUAUGCGGACCUGAGUGAAAACUAUCUACAGUAUCCCCCUGCUGGCCCAGGGUGAGAACUUCAGUACAUAACAGCAACAUUGAGCAGUUGGGAGGUCUCUGUUUCCCCUCUGCCAGUGCACUGUUUCGUGUUGGCACCCAGCACAAAACUGGGCCAGGUACCUGGCGGUCCUUUCAGACAGGUGUAGCAGAUUCAGGGGAGGUAGCUGCUUGAGGUGGGCUGGUCUGUACACCCCAAAUCUGCUCUCAUAAAUGAAUUGUCUUUGAGGGACCCAUUGUGGGUAUACAACCUUAGGAUUUGUUUAUCUUUUGGUGGCAGUAGCUAGAUUAUUUAUAGCCCAACAAUGGAAAAACUCAAAGGCUCUGAAUGCUGGCCUAUGGUAUUGAAACUUACGGAACAUAGUUAUAGCUGAAAAACUCACUCACCAAGUAAGACUUCUAAAAGGACCUGAAUAUCCCAAGUAAUUUUAUGCAAGAAUGGAGUAGCUUUAUCAUACAGUAGUUACAAAAUUGUGGUCAUCCCUUAUUUGCAUAUUUGGAAAUCAGACUGAGAGGCAAUAACUGAGUAACUUGAAUGAUUUUCCUCCUCUUUGUAUGGUAUAUAAUUUUUGUAUUACAUUUUGUAACCAAUAUUUCUUAAGGAAAAGAGUUGAAAGGUGUAUAGCACUCCCCCUCCCUGCAAUUGGGCAGACUUGUCCAUUCAAGAGAGCAGCUCUUUUUGGUUCCUUAUGGCACCCCUGGCUAAGCAGGCUAGCCUGCAGUUCUGUUGACAUGCAAGUUUGGGUAGAAUGCUGCUAAAAAGAUUUUCAAAAUUACUACUGAAUUCAAAAACCCCAUAGUAAUCCAAAAUUACUUUUAGAAUGGUCCUUGGUAGCUUUUAUUGUGUCAGAAAGCAAUUUUGGAAAACAUAGCUCAAGACAUUAUUUUCCACAUCUCAUGCUCUGAUUCAUUUAUAUUAACAUAUCUCUGAACAACCAAUGGAACGUGAAAGUGCCUUAUGCUACUAUUGCUGAGGGGGGCAGGGACGAACACAAGAUUGCAAAGAGACAAGCCUCUGUCUUGCUCAUCCAGGUAAAACUGGUGAUGUCAAGGAUGUUUCAUUCAUUCACCAAAUCAUUAAUUUUUCGUUAUGUCUUUCAAGGCCUUGACCCUUCAGCCAAGAAUGUUGAAAUGUGCAAAUUUAAGUACUCAUCCAAGUGUUUCAAGGGUCACAAAGUUAUUGCCUUAAUUGAAAACCAUGUUUAAAAAUAGAAUGCUUUGCACUUUGCAUAAAUAAAAUAUCUAUGUGGAUCUGGAAUACUGAGCUAGCUUGCCACUUUAGGUUGGAGUCCUUCUAAGGAGGGCAGUGGCUCAAAAUAGCUGUAUUUAUUAUAGUAGGUCUGGACAGUGCCUGAAUAUUAUGGAAGCUGGAUGCUCUUUGUUUCCAGGGCUAGAAAGGAAGUAAAACCUCCCCCUUCAGCCACUCCAACGUUGAACGCUUUAGGAUAACCCAACUAUUUACGCAGCAGCAAUGCUCCCUUCCAAGAGAGACAUGUUUGUACACCAAUUUCUAUAACAGCUGGCAUUUUCAGACUGAACGUCUUAACUGAGCAUUAAAAACCAGCUUCUCCUGCUUUAUAGUACUGUUUCAUGUGAUAUGAUUUUUUGCAGUUUAUUGUUGUGAAUUGCAAUGAGAAGGAUCGUUGCACGUGUAUGCUUAUUAUUAUUACAUACAUGUUGGACCUGCAACAAAAAGGUGUAUGCUCACCUCAGCAGUGCCUCCCCCCUGGUCACUCUGCAUUCAGUGGCUAUUGCAUAUAUUUGUUUGCUCGGUUACUUUUCUGGAGGGUGAGAGGAAGGAGGAAACCCUACCUUUUAAAAAUGUGCUUGGUGGUGGGGGUUUUUUGGUACUUCUGCAAACCUCAGGGCUUCCCUGAGCAGGGUGAUCUCUCUCUCUCUCUGUCUCUCUCUCUCUCUGUCUGUCUCUCGGUUCUUACUGGAAAAAUCUACCAGCUAUAUAACAGAAGGCACGCAAUGUACUUACCAGAUAAUAAAAUACAGCAAAUGCUUCAUUCAACCAUGCCAUCUACUCAUGAUGAUUUACCACUCCUUAAUAGUGAACUCAGGUGCAGUGGUGUAGCGUGGGGGGUGCAGGGGGGCCGGCCGCACCAGCCGCACCAUCUGGGGGUUAGGGGGCGCAAAUCCACGGGUUAGGGGGCGCAAAUUACUUGCCUUGCCCCGGGUGCUGACAACCCACGCUACGCCACUGCUCAGGUGGCGAAUGUGGAUGGGAUUACAGCCAAAGCAUGGCCACCAUUUGGGCUUUCAGUCAAAGGCCCACCUACUCCAGCAUUCUGUUCUCACAGUAGCCAUGAGAAGCCUGAAAGGUGGGACCUGAGUUCAACAGCACUCUCUCCAGUUGUGAUCCCAGCAACUGGUAUUCAGAAUCAUGCCUCCUCCAAUAGUGGAGGCAGAGCAUAGCCAUCACAGCUCAUAGGCACUUGAUAACCUUAUCGUCCAUGAAUGUGUCCAAUCCUCUUUCAGAGCUUAGUUGGUAGCCAUCACUGCUUUAUGACAGGGUGGAUGGUUAACAUUUUCUCUUGCGUUUUACUCAUAAGUACUAUUUUCUCGCCCAUGCAAACACAAGAACUUCCAUUUUAGCAGGGAGGGAACAUCUUAGUUGACCAUUACAUGCACUUUUUUCAACUUCACAGGAAUCUUAACUUUUUAAAAAAGAGUCAGCAUUUAUAAUUGUGGGUGGUAUUUGAUGCUUGAGAAGACCCAUUGAAGUUAAUGGACAUGAAUAACUUGGGUUUAUUAAUUUCAGUGGGUUUACUCUGAGUAAGCCUUAGCUGAUUGCAACCCAGGGUUUUAAAACAUUGCCUGCUAUGAUUGCUGCAUGCAUAACAGUUGCCACAUCUAAUUUAGUUAGAGACAAGUUCCAAUGAGUCUAGCAACACUUUAAAGUAAAUUUGAAUAAGAUUGCAGGCUAAACAUCUUCCUCUGUUGGUGUUUGCAUAGUUAGUUUUUUAUAUCAGCAGAGGUCUUACUGUUUCAGAGUCUCUGAAUACCAGGCAUGUGUAAGUAGAUGCUCUGGCAAAAGUAGUAUAUUUCUUCAGUAUGUUUGACAACUGAGAGUAAUAGAUAAUGGACAGAAGAUAAAAGGCCUUUUCAACCUUGGCUCCCUGUUUGUGGAAUGCUCUUUCAGCUGAGGUGAUUAUGGCACCCUUGGUUCAAGUUUCAAAUGGGCUCUGAAAAGUCAUUUGCUUAGAGCUGCCUUUCCUUAAAGAUACUGUUGUUGAUUUAAAUGGAUGCUGAAAUGGUUUUAAUAUAUUGUCGCUGAAAUUAUUUAAUAUGUUGUUUUUACUGGUUUGCUGCAAUAUGAUGCUAAGAUUGUUAUUCAUAUUGCUUAUGUCAUUGCUGUUUGAAGAUAGUGCUAUUUUAAUGAUGGUUUGCUUGUACUUUAGAUAUUGGUUGUUGUGUUUUUGUUUUUAUGGAAGCCACCUUGUAAGGACCAUCUGUACCCACUGUUUUGCUCACAGAAGAGCAUUUGAGUCAGUUUCUGGUAAGGACAAAUGGUGUUGCUGUACUACAGAGAUCAAAUUCCCAUUCUCUUUACCAGAAGUCCCCUUUUAGCAUUGGAAAACGAAUAUGCCUAUCUCUUUGUUUGGAGUAAUGUAGUAGUGUCAAGUCAUUUAACCUUGUGUGAUGGAUGCUUAGGAUGUGCAGUGAAGGAAGCAUGUUCUCCUGAGGCCAGCAUUCUUGUCACUUUUAUUUUAUACAGCUAUUUGUGGUUCAACCACAUGCUGUUGUGCUAGUGGUAGCUAAGAGAUAGAAUUGUUUUGGAGAAUAGCCUUCCUAACUUGCAUUGGGGCUGAAAUUUACUAUCGUGAUCAUUUUCCAACAGCACUUUUUAAAAUUUCCAUUUCUUAGCCUGUCUAAGGAGUUCACCUACCUCUUUAUCAAAUAAUUUGUCUACAUGACUCAACUAGUAUUAAUAUAUUUUGCUGCUGUUCUGGUGCCUGCUGCAUUUCCUGUGAUUUGUAGUCCUUAAUUGUGAGAGCUGCCCUUGUGCUGGUGAAUACAAUCCAUAAACUUUCUAUGGCUAAGGGCCAGAAGUAUAAAAUUAUCUCAUCAGAAUGGCAAGUGCUGCUGUGUGUAGGGAUUCCUCAUCCAUAGAUAUCACAGCGGUAUUGUGAGAUCUGGUUAAGCAUGGUUGGAUGUUAAGUGUUAGGGAUUGUGAAUGGAACAAGCUCCUCCUGCAUGUCUCUUGGGGGAAGGGGCUGGUGGUUUUUGCUGUUUGAUUGUUUGCUUAUUACCCUGCUCUUACCCUAAAGAGCUUAGAGUAGUUUAAGUACAGUUGCCAGGCAAUUUACACAUGGGGGGGGGGGGACUUGCUUAGUUUCAGCAACAGAACUGCAACAUUUUCUUUCAUACCAUUUUUCUCGUAGUCUUAAGUAACAUGUUAGUCCGCAAGAAAAACAAUGCACUUGAAAAGGCCCUUGCUUUUGGAUGUCUAUUUCAAAUACCAAAAUGUAAAUAAAGGGUUCGCCAUAAUCUGGCUGGUCUUGUGCUCCAGCAAGGAAAUCUUGCAACAUUGCACGAGCUAAUUCCCUUAUCUGCAGCUGCUCUCAAGUUUACUCAAUGCUAGAGCCUGAUAAGACAUUGAGUUGGAUUGUUAGACAUGGGAUACCCUGAUAAAAGGGUCCAGGAAGGAUAUGCUUGGUCCACAUGGGGACCACACGGGGAUCGAUGGGCAUAGUAACCUUCUGAAUGUUGGGAUUGCUCUACUUGAUGUAUGACAAGAGGCAACCCUCUACUCAGGGUCAAUCCACCUUACUGAUCAACCAGCAGGUGGGUUGCUUGAUACCAGAUACAUACCCGAUGCCUUAGCCAAAACUAGCUUACAUCAGUAGUCAAUAAAGUUGUAGCCAAUUUUAAUGCAAUUCUGACCUUAUGUGUCUUAUUUAUAACCUGGACUUGUCCCAAGAUGAGCUCCAUGCUUCCUGCACCUGGGUCCUCAAAAAUAGGUCUUGUGAACCACUUUCCUCUCCAGAUAUCUCAAUAGCUUUUUGUCAGUCCACACUGGACAGGCUGGUACUGACAUUCAUUCAUUCAUUCAUUCAUUUGACGAUAAUGUAUUGCCAUGUCAUUAAAUAUCAUGGUGAUGUACAGCAUUAAAACACAAAAUACCAUUAAAAGACUAUAGGUGGCCAUUAGAAAAAUGUCUGCAAAUCAAGUCUUCAAAAAGACAGAAGAAUGGCAAGGGGAAACACAGCUAUGGCCAAGGGGGCUGACUCAGAGGUGUAGCCUGGCUGAAGAAGUUAGUUUCUACUGUAUGCAGACUUCCAGGCAUCAUAAAAAAUAAAGUUUAAUUUACCAUUAAUGCAACUUGUAGUGAAUUCAUCUAUAAAAAGCAGAAUACAAGACAAUGAUAACUGAAUUAAUUAUGUCAAUUCCAGUGAAAACAUGCAGUGUAGAAGCAGUCCCAGUGCCAUUUCUGCCCACCCACCCAUUCCACAAUAUCUCAGACACUGGUCCUUUUUCUCUAUUGGGCCAGUGCACCAGAUGGUGGUUACGCUGUAAUGGCUCAUUUUGCAUUCUGCGUUGACUACAUUGCUGUGCAGAGCAGCUGUUUGGAAAAAAGUUUGUGAUAGUGGCUCAUCAACCACCUGUGCUAUCCUAUUUGAUUGCCAAUUUUUCCUGAAAAAAUAAGUUUCCAGACAAGGAAGCAUAUGGUUUUGUUGCCCCUGAGUUCAAAUCACAUGGACAACAUACUUUAGUUACAAGUGCAUUGUGGGAGAAGUUCAGUGCCUUCCGCAAAUAACUUUUACGACACUACCAUCUCUCUUGAUAUGACAAGGGAUUCCUAGCAGAAUGGAUGACCCACAACUGCUUAGCUAAACUCCUCUGCAUUUCUUACACCUCAGCAUUCCAAUUCAGGAAUGUUGUUUGCAAAUGGUAGGUUUCUCUUUCCUCACUUAUAACCUGUAGUCUCCAUACAUCUGUCAAAGUUUCUUUUUGUGUAGUCUCAGUAUCUCAUUAUUGGUGUCUUUUCUGCUUGUGGAUGCCUUGUAUUAAACUAUCUCCCAUGUGGCACGGUAAAUGCUUUGCUUAGGAGCAUCUGAUCCCACAUCAACUCACCAAGGGUCCAGCUAGAGGCACAAAUCUUUUUGAGGCAAUCUUAACUAAUUGAAGUAGCUGUUUAGUUCCUGUUGAUUUUAACGACUUCGUUGCAUCGGCAUGGAUUGCAUCUCAAGUCAUCUCCUGCAAGGUGCAAUUUCUACCAGCAUUUUAGAUAGUAGACAGAGAGGAGGAGGGGCCACUAAGAUCAAUCUCUACCCAGAGGUGGAGCUAGCUGCUCCGGCACCCAGAGCCCUGGGGGCAGGGCUAGCUGCCCGCAGGGGCAGAACAAGUGUCCCAAGGAGGCGCUGCCCAUGGCGAGCGGCCCAGGGGGGUGGCACUGCGAUGUCCCCCCCUCAGGGAUGGCACCCAGAGUGGACUGCCCCCACCACACCCCUUCCUUCGCCAGUGUCUCCACCCUUCCCAGGAAGUAGUCCCCUUCUGACAGCAGAUAGCCACCUGCAUAAUUUUCUUACUAUUCCUUCAAUUCAAUUUCUCAGCCAGAUCUAGCUCCCCAAGUGGCUCUGAAACACCUAUUAAAAUCAUGCUGUACAAAACAUCAACAUACAUUAAAACCCCCAGUUAAACGGAAUUUAAUAAUAUAGUAGCAGGGGCACCUAACUGUUAGCUCGUAGACAGAUAGGAAUCCAUCCUGCUGGCUUGGGGGAUCUGAUCUGCAACUGGUUUUAAAGAAAGAGCUGCAUGAAUAUGUCUUUUUAAAGCCUCUAGAUGGGAACUAUUCUGCUGGAGGGAUUCAAUUGCAUACUGGCAAAUUUAAGUUUUUGCGAAUAAUGUGGAUUAUAAAGCACUCUGGCACUCCUGUGCAACCAGCCUACUUCUUCUUCUUUUAAAAUCAGAUUUAUUUAUUAUUGUUGGGAAAGUGAUGGGGAAAUGCAUUAGAAAGUGUGGGUUCACAAUUGAUUGGACAGGAAGUCACAUAAACUCUGUACAAACAAAUGAGGAUGAAUAAAUGGCACACACCAUAUAACCUCUGUGCAAGCUUUGUGCACACAAAUCAGGAUAAAUACUCAGUAAACUGGUCCUCUGGAGGUAACUUUUCAGACUCUUUGCUGAGAGCUUAGGAUGUCAAAGUAAGGUCGGGAGGGUGGUAGAAUAAGAGCUAUAAUGUUCUAUCUAUGGCAGAAGGAAAACACUGUUGAUUCUGUAAUUUUAUGCAAUGUAUCUCAAUCAGCUGGCUUUGUCCAUCUUUAUGAUAGAAAAGCUGAAGUUUGACUUGAAAAUUAGUCAGCAUAGUAGAGAGUUGCACUGGAUUUAUAUGAAAACUUUAGGAGCCAAGCUAUUCUAGUGUAUCGUGCUACAAAUUUCAGGGACGAUUUGCUAGUCUCUGGUGCUUAUUUUUUUGCCCCCCCUUUUUUUUUUGGUCUUUUUGUCCAUUUAACUGUUUGGUUUGGUUUGCUAUGCUUCCUUUUCUAGUAUGCCUUAAGAAUAAUACCAGGUGCUGGGAGUCCACUUGUUGAGCACCAUUAUUCUGUGAACCGCCUUGAGACCUCUGGGUAUAGGGCAGUAUAUAAAUUCAAUAUAUAAUAAUAGUAAUAUUAAAUUACGAUGAUAUAUCAAAAAGGAGAUUUGAUUUCUGAAUGCUUUCAGUUUUCACACUGCAGAAUAAAAAUCAUUUUAAAGUGACAAAUGCCAACAGAUUUUUAUUCCCUGAGAGAACAAUAAAAAUGCAGUCUGUCACCAAACCUGCUUUUAAGGAUUAAUGGCAGCAUGGAGUAUAAUGUUUAUUUUGUUGACUUCUUCUUCUUCUUCUUCUUCACCACGCAAUAAUGCCAUUUGAAGACCAUUAAAAUGUACUAUCACUAGGUUCAAUUACUGCUGAUAUGUUCCUUAUCUUCCUGGGCUUCAAUGCUUUCUUUUUUUAAAACAGGAAACAGUGAGACACUUUCAUUUAUGAAACAAUUUCCCUCAACCUUUGGGCAAAGAUAUGUUCUUCUGAAAGAAACUGAUAGGUUGCUGUUGUCAGCGGAGAGUAAUAGCAACUUGUUUCUGACAUCCAGAAAGCAGGGCAUAGUCAUACUCUACAUCAUUUGAUUAAGGCUUGUGCAGACAUGGGAAAUCUGUGGCCCUCCAGAUGUUGCUUGACCCCGACACUCAUCAGUUGCAGAGAGAGCCUUGACUUUUGGCAGCUCCAAUUUAAUCAUAAAUAAAUAGACCUGAUAAGCUCGUUUAUGUAGGCAAGGUAUCAAAUGGAUCUGAAAGGCUUAAGAAUAUUGGCUUGGUUCCUGAUAUCCAAGCGUCUUCCAUUCGCAGAAGGGGACUCUGAUAUAGUAGGGACCCUUGUUGAUGGAACAAGGGGAGGUUAUUUUGGCUGAUUUCCCCCUGUCCCCACUUUCCCCUGGCAUCUUAAUAGGCAGGGAGAAGAAAGAGAAGAGAUGGCAGAAGGUCAAAUAGAGAGGGAAAAGACAGCUAGGGGUAAGGGAGAGAGACAGAAAGAGAGGGAGGGAGGGAUGUUGGUCCUGGCAACUUUUGACUCUAGUCCCAUCAGCCCCCACCCUAUGGUAAAAAAACCACAGUCCUUGGUACAUUAAAAAAAAAAAAGCUUCCCCACAUCUACUUUAAAGAAUCAUGUGAAGUCACACUGAUGUCUUUUAUCACCUGACAACACCUGAGUGAGUAGCUACCGGUUAUCUCCUUCUGGCCUAUAACAUUACUUGCAGCCAUAUGGAGCAGAAAGCAAGACAGCCGCUAUUUCUUCUAGCAAGGGAAUUAAGAAUUCAGGCCUGAUUGCUUCAGCCUUGAUACAGGAUGUCUUUAUUGUCCCACUUGGAUGUCUUUAUUGAAGUCAAUAGGACUUCUCUUAUUUAUAUUCAGGACCGGAAUGGAAGCCCGUGUGUGAUUCAAGGGAACAAUACGAUCUAAUUGAGAUUCCUGCAUUGCAGGAAGUUAGACUAGAUGACCCCCAGGGUUCCUUUCUAGCCCUACAGUCCUGUGCAUAGCUGUCAACUUUUCCCUUUUCUUGCGAGGAAUCCUAUUCGGAAUAAGGGAAUUUCCCUUAAAAAAAGGGAAACGUUGACAGCUAUGGUCCUGUGAUUCUUCUAUAAAUUAAUGCCUAUAAUGGUCACAUAAUUAAAACUGGUGGAAAAACUGAGGAUGGGACAAACACAGGGUAAAUUGCUUAUAUGUGACUCUUAUGCAACCAAUGAGUAGCAAUGGUUAACAGCUUGAAUAAAGUAAUUAUAGACAUUUCCCCCCUAAAUCCAGAGUGCUUUUCUAGGAAGUUAAGUUAAUCACAACAGCAUGAUUUCUAGGAAAGACUUAUGCUACUGCACAACCUGCUGAUACUAUUAUUUCUGUAUUUUAUUAAAUCAUUAUUAAUAAGUUUUACACAUGGGGUCAUCGACAAAAAAAUCGACAAAGAACAAAGAAAAAAAUCAUUUCACACAAGAAGCAUUUUAAAAAUAAUUAUACAGAUAUAAUAAUUGCCACAGUAUAUAGUGAAGUCCACCAACUUGGAUGACUUUAAAAGAGGAGUAGACAAACUCAUGGAGAGUAAGCCUAGCAAUGGCUACUACCUAUGAUGGCUAUUGUUCAGUCCAUGCCCUGGGAAAGCUUCCCCUCCCAAGCAUCUUCAGAGCUCUAAGGGUUUUCCUGUCUUCAGGAAAAUCCUGGGGAGCUCUUCACAUAAAUGAGUUUAGAGCUCUUCUGAGCUCUCUUUCUGUAAGCAGCCUUGCUUCCCUAUUAAUUUGCCUUUCAUCAGGUGUGUAAGUAACCUUGUUCCUAUGAAAUUUGCAAACUAUAAAAUGGCUCGCCUUUCUCCCCUAGUCCUUCUAGUUCCUGUGACCAUGUCAAAAUACUCAAGUCAUAGCAUACGAUUAGGUACAAAAGAUUUGAAUAUCUAGAUACUGCACAAACGUUUUUCAUUUAUUUAUUUUUUUAAAAAAUGAUAUUCCGCUUUCCACCAUGUAGGUCUCAAAGCAGCUUAGAACAAUAAAAUAUACACUAUACAAAAGUUCUGGCACUUCCAGAAUUGCCAGCCAAUCUUCUAUGCAACUUCUAGGACAUUUAGCAGAUCUCAAAGCACGUUUCCAAGACCCAUAAUUAUGUCAUAAGGUACAUGGAUGAAACAAAUUGUAUCUGAUGGGGAAUAGUGUGCCUAAUUCCAGACUCUCCAAUAUGACUGACUGAGUUGAUAUUUGCCCCCUUUCUGAUGCCUCCCAAAAAUGAUGAAUAGGGGCCUUAAAUUGCAUCAUAAGGAACAAAGCUGAAAUGGAUACCAGUUGACAGAUAGUACCUUUCUGAAUCUUAAAAUAUCCAGUUUGAUUGCUUCAAAACAGUCAAUUUAUAUGGACUGAGCAAUAUCACUCUUCCCAUUGUAUUUCGUUGGUACUAUGCACAUUGGUUCUGAAAUUAUGAACAGCCUUAUAAUAAAGUCAAAGCAUAUAGCUAUUUUUUGGCUUUAGGAAUAAAUACUUUUGCAUUCUUUUAUUUUUACAAGCUAUGGAAACAUUAGAAAAUAUAAAUAUACAACACCUGAAAUCUACAACACAAAUUCCUCAAACCCCACUUUUGCUUAAACACCAAGCCACUCAUCAGUUCCCUGUUUUAAGGUAAUAUGGAUAUGGUAAAUGGAAUCCACAAAAGCAAUACGUAACUGAUUCAGCAUAUAUUUCUUCCUCCCCACUGUAAGGUUGGCAGAAGUGCCAAAGCAUUUGUAUGAUACCUAGAUAGCCAAACUUGUUAUACUUUAUGAUGUAAGUAUUUUUGACACAGGUUCUUGGAGUAUUCCACAACCUACAUCAUAUGCUAAUGCAUUUCACUGAUCAAGUAACGUAGGCAGACAAGAGAAAACUCACUGGUCCAUAUUUCAACAUGCAGUUUGACUUGGGAUGAAAACUAUGUGCUAUUCCGUUGCUUUAGAAAACAAAAAGAUACUGGGCUUUGUUGGUUUAUGAAUUAUUCCUAUGUAUCAAGAUAAUUGAUGCUCAGCUUUAAUUUUUGUUUAGACUAUACAAGUUUUCCUAGAUUAGGUAUCCUCAAGGUUCAACAUCUCAAGGUUGUUUCUUUAUUUCUCUGGAGUCCAAGUAUGGAAAGAAUCCAAACUACAAAUUGUUGUUUGCUUAUUUAACUAUUCAUUGCACCCAGCUUACCUCCUGCACAUUUUCAGCUUAAAAGCCAGUAUGGAGAGGUACCAUACUAAAAUCAGGGGAUGACUAUGAAUAUUCUGAUUAAUCUGAACUUGUGGAUGCCCAUUAUCUUGUACAUAUGAAUAGGAGUGGUUUAUAAAGAUAGUGUUUUGCCUCCUAGUCUGGGGAAUGGCCUUUUCUAGUUUAGAAAAGUUUAGAAAAGUAUGGGUUUGUUAUUUCUUAGAGUGGCUCUGCUUGUCUUGAAGAAGCAGAGUACAGAAAGCUAAGAUUCCUAUUUCUGCAUUAUUUCUUAAAGUACAUAAGAAAAGUUCUGCUGUAUCAAAUCAAAAGCUCACCCAGUCCAUAUUGCAGAUAUUAAUGUUACACCGCAUUAAGUGACUGGAUUCAUAAGAACUGAUUCCUUUUGGAAAUGAACCCAUUAAAAAAUCAUUCAAAGUUUACCUCCAGAACUCUUCAAAAACAUAACAUAAGUAUCAAAGAUAAAUCCAAAAUGUCCAUACAAUGGUUUGUACUAUCCAGCACAGGCUCAGCCUCUUAAAAAUAAAAGAUAGCUCUAAAAAUCAAAACACUUUCUCUAUCACCCAUUCCAGCUGGCCUCAGGCUGCCUAAGGCUAUACAGCUUCUUGGAGAGCUUCCUUUACAUCCUUUUGUUCUCUGUGGCAUUCAGAGAAAGACUAAAAGCCACCACCCUUUCAAGAUGGUGUAUUUGCAACUCACUAGGUUACAUUACUAGAGGGACACGGCUGGCGCUGUGGGUUAAACCACAGAGCCUAGGACUUGCCCAUCAAAAGGUCGGUGGUUCAAAUCCCCAUGAAGGGGUGAGCUCCCAUUGCUCAGUCCCUGCUCCUGCCAACCUCGCAGUUCGAAAGCACGUCAAAGUGCAAGUAGAUAAAUACGUACCACUCCGGCGGGAAGGUAAACAGCAUUUCUGGUUCGCCAGAAGCGGCUUAGUCAUGCUGGCCACAUGACCCUGAAGCUGUACACCGGCUCCCUCGGCCUAUAGAGCGAGAUGAGUGCUGCAACCCCAGAGUCGUCUGCGACUGGACCUAAUGGUCAGGGGUACCUUUACCUUUACCUUUAGGUUACAUUCAGUUUAGAGUAACAGAAAACAAUCAACAGGUAAUCAUUAACCCAUUUAGGCACUUAGAUUCUCUUAGAAAAUUACUGUGGAAAAACCCCAAUGUUAGUGCUACACAUUUAGCCAUUUUCCAUUUUAAACCUUCAUUAAUACACAUAGGCAUUUUCCCAUUUCUGUGUGAAUUAAACCAAUUAAACUCCAGUCUCAUAGUUGCCAAUCAGAUGCUGAUGGCAAGCCUGCAAGUGUGACACACACUUUAGAUAGCAUCACUAUUUGGGACCACUUACUGUGAGGGACGUGGGUGGCGCUGUGGUCUAAACCACUGAGCCUAGGGCUUGCCGAUUGGAAGGUUGGAGGUUCGAAUCCCUUCGAUGGGGUGAGCUCCCGUUGCUCAGUCCCAGCUCCUGCCAACCUAGCAGUUUGAAAGCACAUCAAACUGCAAGUAGAUAAAUAGGUACUGCUCCAGUGGGAAGGUAAAUGGCGUUUCCGUGCACUGCUCUGGUUUCGCCAGAAGCAGCUUAGUCAUGCUGGCCACAUGAUCUGGAAAAACUGUCUGCAGACAAAUGCCGGCUCCCUCAGCCAGUAAAGUGAGAUGAGGGCCGCAAUUCCAGAGUCAUUCACGACUGGACUUAACUCUCAGGGGUCCUUUACCUUUACCUUUACCACUGCGAGCAGUUCUUCCCAAUGUUAACUGAUAUGAAGAACUUUAUCAUUCAUAACUCAUAGGAAAAGGGCUAAAAAUUAUGUCGUUCUACACUUCAGCCAUGCCCACUUUCGACUGAAAUUUUGCCAUGGGUCCUUUGUCCAAAAAAGAAUAGCCACCCCAAUUUAAAGCAUUUUUAUCUCCCUAUUCAGCUGAAACGUUCCCAGAGUAGUUUACAAAAAUCUGAAAUCAGACAAUCUCUAUCCUCAGGUUUACAAUAUAAAUACAUGACAAAGGGAUUGGGAAGGAAGUUCUUAGAUUGCAUAUUCUAGAACCAAUGGAGAAUUGUAUACUGGGUUUUUUCUGCGUAGUUCACACAGAAUCUAGAUAUACUGCAUAUUUUUUGCCCCUGAAAAGUGCUUCUUGAGAAACUGGUUUCAUUCCGAAUAUAAAAGCUCAUUAAAUAAAAUGUUGAUUCUGUGUUACUCUACAGUGUGUCCAUUUGGGAACAGCUGUAAGUGGUUCUAUCAAUGGGUUCGUGCAUAACCACACUUUCCCAGUGGCAUUGUGGUGAUCACAAUCUCGACUACCAUCUUCAUUCACCUGGGGCAUGUGCAGAGAAGAAAGGGUGUGGAUAACCUAACCAGGGGCAAGGUUUUCAAACAUGUAUCAAGAAACCACACCCAUCUUUUUGGACAGCAGAAUCUAGAAUCAAUCUAAAUUGAAAGCAGAAUGUUGAGGAUGACUGUGAAUGAUUCUGGGUGGAGAAAAACUACAUUUUGUUGCUACGGGUGGGCUAGCGUGUAUGCAGACUUAGUUAGAAAGUUUUUAAAAUGGCUAGCUGAAAUGGAAGCAGUUCAAGCAGAAGAGAAGCCCAAAGUUGAUGGUCUCUCAGCAGAAUCCUGCUCCCCAGCUCUUCUUCAGCAACCUAAUGGAAUUGAGGGAAAGGAGGAUGCAGUAACUGACUUCCUAGCAGAGUUGAUGGAGUGACCUUCCUUCCCUUCUUCUGUUGCAUCCUGGAGAUGGGAAGGUAUAUGCCCAAGGCAAGAUAUAUGUUCUUCCUAGCAUGGACAUAAUGUUCAUUUCUCUAUAACUGAUAUACUUCUUUCCUUCCCACCACUCAUGCCAGGGGGCAGAAGCAUGAGUCAUUCGCAUUUCCCCUCCACGUCUCCUGCAAAGGCAUGAAGCGUAAUUUCUCUGUAACUUCCCCCCUUGUUUUAAACUUAAAAUUGUCUGGUUUUAAAAUGUGUAAUGAUUUAUAUUAAAAGCAAGUAAUAGACUGAAAAUGAGACAGUUAUACUUUGCAAGAAAAUUUUCCACACAGUGAGUCUUCAACCCUGUGCCAAAGCAUAGCAGCAUCCGAAUAUAGCAUACUAAAAUUGUUCCAACAGAAGAGAGAUGUUACGUGCCAGCUGAGAAAUACUGUAGGUUCUGUGAAAGAGAGCAAAUCAUGAUAAAAGCUAAACUAUGCUGAGCAACAAGCUGAAUUAAAAGGAGGUAAUUAUGGGACAGUGUUCUCUCCUCACGGAAUUUGCUGCUUAAUGCUUCAGCUAACGUAGAAUUGAUGCUCAAACUCAGUGUCAACAGGUGUUCUCAAGCUGUUAGGUACUCUGGUCCAAAAUGUAAUGUCUUGUGUAUCGUCACUGCCAUGUCCUCUUUGGCCAGUUAUAUAUGCCACAUCUACUGAACAGAAUUUUUUUUUGCUUAAAAAUUAGACAACCCACAUUUGUCUUGAUUUAUUAUUUUAUUUCCAUUCUCCUUGAAACACACAUAUACGCACAGAGAAACAAUGUGCCUGAUUCAUGGCUUAAGAAAUAGCACAGGUACGUAAGUAGGGCUCUUCUGGAUCAGACCAGUGGCCCAUCUAGUCCAGCAUCCUGUUCUGACAGUGGCAAACCAGAUGUCUGUUGGAAACCCAUAAUUUGAUUUUAGUACAAACACAAUCUCUCCUCCUGUGGUUUCCAGCAACUGGUAUUCAGAAGCAUUAUUGCCUCCAGCUGUGGAGGCACAGCAUCGUGAUUAGCAACUGUGUAUACUGCUCAGCUGGUCUUGUGUCACUCUGCCCUGCCUAGAGCCAGGAGGAACAAACCAUGAUACUUCACUUAGCAGUACGUACAUGUGAGCAAGCAUUCAUGGUUUGUUUUUCUAUAAGCAAACCACAAGAAGACGCCAUUAGCACUAUGGUUUUUCCAUUCUAAGUCAUAGGUCCUUUCUUGCUGUGGCUAACAGGACACGUGAACUAAUGAUGUAUAUGUAUAUGUAUAUGUAUAGAUAUAGGUAUGGAUAUACAGUGGUACCUUGGGUUACAGACACUUCAGGUUACAGACUCUGCUAACCCAGAAAUAGUACCUUGGGUUAAGAACUUUGCUUCAGGAUGAGAACAGAAAUCACACAGUGGUGGCGCAGCGGCAGCGGGAGGCCCCAUUAGCUAAAGUGGUACCUCAGGUUAAGAACAGUUUCAGGUUAAGAAUGGACCUCCAGAACAAAUUAAGUUCUUAACCCGAGGUACCACUGUGGAUAUACUCACUCUUUUCUCCUUCUUACUCUCUUUGUACACAUUUUUAUAUUAACAUGCAAUAAUAGUAAUAAUAAUAAUAAUAAUUUAUUAUUUAUACACCACCCAUCUGGUUGGGUUUCUCCAGCCACUCUGGGUGCUCCCAACAGAAUAUUAAAAAUAGAAUCAAACAUUAAAAACUUCCCUAAAGAGGGCUGCCUUCAGAUGUCUUCUAAAAGUCAGAUAGUUAUUUAUUUCCAUGACAUCUGAUGGGAGGGCAUUCCACAGGGCGGGCGCUGCUACUGAGAAGGCCCUCUGUCUGGUUCCCUGUAACUUCACUUCAUGCAGUGAGGGAACCCUCAGAAGGCCCUCAGAGCUGGACCUCAGUGUCCAGGCUGAACGAUGGGGGUGGAGACGCUCCUUCAAGUAUACUGGUAUAACACCAUGAAGGUAUGCUUCUCAAGCUAUACUUCAAAGCAGCUAUGGUAACAUGUAAAAUAUGAACUCACAAGUGACUAGUUCAGAGCUUUCCAAACUUUUCAUCUUGGUGACACACUUUUUAGACGUGUAUCUUUUUGCAACACAGUAAUUCAGUUUUUCUAGCAAACCGUAGGUUAAACUAACCCCUUUCCAGCCCUGGGAGGAGUGGGGGAGCAUUCACACAACACACCUACACACUGCAGUCAACACACCAACAUGUCACAAUGCACAGUUUGGAAAGCUCUGAACUAGUUACUUGUUUUAUUCUCAGCACUUUGUUCUUUAUCCUGUUUUUGUCUUAGAUUUUGAGCUUUCCUUCAUGCUGCAUCACAUCUUGUUGUAUUAUUUAUCUUUAUGUAUCUUUUAUUGCUUUUAACAUCUUUUUUAAAAAUAAUAAUAAUAAUCUUGUAAGCCACGCUGAGAAAUUUCUGUUAUAGGGAGGACUCUAAAAAUGACAAUAACAUAAAAAGCUAUAUACCAAUAUUCAUAUAGGGAUAUUUAUCUAACCACAUAUUUCAUUGAUGUGGUGUGGUAGGGCAGAGCUGACACCAGUGUCACUAUAGUUUGCCUGGGCAGAAUGGGGCAGGGCAGGGCAGGGGUGAGGCUAAGAUGGUGCAGAUGCACUGAUGGAGCCAAUCUGGUGCUCCUGAUAGUGCAUCUGCACAAUCCCAACUUUAUCCCAGUCAUGGACAGGUAAGAUGUAGUGAUGCCUGUUUUGGGAUGGUAGCUCCAUGACUCUGCUUCAUUGUACCAGCUGCUACUUGUUUCAAGCAAUGCAGUGAGGAUAGCAAGCAAUCAUAUUUGGAUGCAAUUUCUAAUGUGGAUUUUGAUGGGUAUCUGAUUCCCCUCCCCCCCUGAAGUUGUAUACAUACAAAAGUCUACUUUCAUGCACUGAUUUCUUUCUUUUUUUUUUAAAGUAAUAUUUAUUGAGUUUUAAAGUGUUACAAAAAGAAAGAAUUAAAAAAAGCAUGUUUAAGAAAUACAAAACAUCACAUCACGAUAUUAAAAAGAAAACAAGAAAAAAAGAGAGAGAAAAGAAAAAAAUACAAUAAAUCUUCCCAUAACUUAUCUUUCAUUUGCUUAUUUCCUUGACCUCCUCACACCUCCCUUUUUUGUAUUCUAGUUCAAUUAACUAUUUCAGCAAAUCCUUUCCAUCUUUUCCAGUUUUUGUCCUCUAUUCUAUCUUAAUAUAAUGUAACUUUACUUUCCCUCCUUCACCAUUUAGCAAUCUAUUUUUCCUUAAUCCUUUAUAGCAUUUCUGCUAAAACCGCAUUAUUUCAUUCCAACAUCCUUCUAACAUUCCUUAAUUUUACAAUGUUUCUGUAAAUAAACUUUAAAUUUCUUCCAAUCUUCUUCCACCAACUCUUCUCCCUGGUCAUGCACUGAUUUCUUAGCUGGAACAGGACCUGCUUAAAUAACAUGUUGCAAAUCUUGAUGAGUUUUGGCAUCCAGACCAGACAAAAAAAAGGGGGGGGUAUAAGAGGUUUUCUCAUUAUCUUUCAUUGGGAAGAAGAGACUUGAACAGAAUGCUUAGACAUAGAUAUAUGCACACAGCUGCUAAAUGAGCAACUUCUGCCAAGUUUAGAGAGUGGGCAAGGCAGAGGCAAAAACAUUUUAUUACAGUGUCCAAAGUUAUACCAUAUUAACUUGCUACAGUAAUUAAGGAGAUGUUGAUGCUUUGUCAAUUCACUGAUGGGUAUACAAAACUGAAGGGUCCAACCUUAAUAUAUAUGAUGUUGGAGAUAUAGGUUUGGAAGAAAGAGUCUUACUCUUUUAUAGCAGAGUUAGCACAAUGGUGAUUGCUCUAAGCACAUUAAAACUUGGUUAGAUUUGCAUCUGCCCUCAUCCACCUUUAAACAAACGUUCCCCACAAAAAUACUUAGGCUAAAAUCAAUCACAGUCACUUAGCUUUGCAAAUAAGUGGAUGUUUUACUCAGAAUUUCUAGAAGUUACAGCCAACAAGUCUCCAUCCGUUAGCAGUAAAAUGAAGAUGAAAAAGUUUUUCUUACAAAAAGGAUCAUGCAGUCUUUGGGUUAACAAAGAUGCAGGCUAUAAAAUGUCCCUUUUGGAGAGAUUUUGUUCACUUGGUGGUUCUUGCAGCUUGGAGCCACUGGCUGCAUGGCUCAUUGUUUGUUCCAGGAAGCACCAAGGAGGAAAAAAGAAUGGGAGGGCGGAAAAAAAGGCUGCAGGAGGCCUGCUAAGUUCCACCUGCAUUGGCAACCUGAGCCCAGCUUACACCUUUCAUGCACACAAGUGUGAGUCAGUAACUGUAUAUUGCAAAAUACAAUUCAAGUGCCACUGAAUUAAUUAUAUUUAGCAAAACAUGGCAUACAUUAUGUGAACAGUUCAAGUAAAAUCUUCAGCUUCAGUAAAGUUGGUGGGGUUUUGUUUCUGUAUGGUCUUGAGGGUGUGCAGUGAAAAAUAAUGAGUUCAUAUUGUACGAGUAGAUUAUUUAGUGGCUGUCUAUGAGUAUCUGGUUCUCUUAAAGCACCAGAAAAAUCUUCUUUGAAAUGAAUUUCCCCAAGAAAGCCUCUAUAGUGAUAUCAUUUGUAAAGAGUAACAGGGCUCUUCAGUGGCAGUUUCACUGUGUUAGAAAGACAAAUUGUUUCCUUGCAGAACACCCAAGUGCAGUUCAGUUUUAAGUGAGUUUAGCAAUCCAAUUAGGGUAAGAUCUCCAUAUGAAUGUUUUAAUGUGAUAUAUACUCCUAGGGAACAUUUAAAAAGUGUCCUUAUCUGCAGUACAAAUUAGAUGUGUAAUUUAAUGCCUUUAACUGAUUUAUCAACAGCUCAAGUUGUUUGUAAUUUAGGAUUUGGGAACAGCUCGCCACGUACAAAAGGUGGAAAGAUAUUCUGCAUCAUUUAUGCCUUACUGGGAAUUCCUCUCUUUGGUUUUCUGUUGGCUGGAGUUGGAGAUCAACUUGGGACCAUAUUUGGGAAAGGAAUCGCCAAAGUAGAAGACACGUUUGUUGUAAGUAUGCUAAACAUGUUGUCUUGAACCACAAAUAAUUUCUGUAAUUUACAAUAAUAAUAAUAAUAAUAUAAAGCAUAUAACGGGAUCCACUACAAAACUACAAGAAUGCAAUUAAUCAUUUUACAUGGUGGAAAAGCUUUAGAAGUUGUCAAGAGGUAAAGUGUGUACAGCUACAUGUAGCAUGAACAAGUACAUGUUUAGGUUCCCAGAGCAAAGACCAUACCUACUGCAUUUCUUCUCUGGCUGUGCUGCUGCCCUGCUACCAAGGACUGUGCUAUGGGGUGGAUUAUUUGGAGCAGAGAUGUAAAGGUGCACAAAGGGCUAAACAUCUCUUGCACUUCUCUGCAUCAUGAUGCCACCUCCCAAAACUACUUUCCCCAAUAAAAUAAUAGUAAGAAAAAUGGCCAUGGGGUGAAUUGUACUACUUUUUCUGCAGUAUCUCUCUAAGUUGCCUAAGACAAUUGUAAAACCCUGGUGCCUUUACCAAUGGGCUUUUGGCCUUGAAAGUUAUAAAAACACAUUGCACAAGAAAGCAAGGAGGGAAAAGGAAGCUGAAUAAGAAGGCACUUGAGUUGGGGGAAAAUGCACAAGAAUCAUUGCACUCACUUUAAUAAUAAGAGCCUUCCCAGAGCACAUGUAAAGAUUUACUUUAGUUUCACCUGUGGAGUUUAUGUAUCAUGACCACAGACCUAAAAGGGUAAGAGUUGAAUUCCUCACUCCCGACAUUGAAUUCCUGCAGCGACUUUGGUGCCAUUUUUUUUAGCCAACAUCACACUAUAUUAUCCUGGGAAAUAAAUUCCUUGAAGGCAAAAUGUGUAGAACCCAAAUGAGACUAAUUUAUAUAACCAAAACAACCUAAGACAUAAGAAAAUAAAGCACAUCAAUUUUACUUUAUUCUGCAUUUUUCGCAAUCAUGUAUUUCUAUUGUCAGCCCACGCUGUCUUCUUAUGAGACUUGUCUCCUUGGGUCUCGGGGAGACUCAUUGCUGAAACUUGUUUACCUUGUACCCAUGAAAGGUCCCCCCCCCCACUACGUCAACCUUGUGCUUUUGCUCUUAGUGCUGUUUUGCUGCAUGCUUUGUUUUCUUAGAAACUUUUAAACGUUGUGCCUAGAGGUUUUUAGUAAAAACAUUAACAUUCAAUAAACACAUACAUGCACACAUAAAAAGCCACUGUUUUACUAAUAAUGGAUUCUUCUCUUCUUCCACCCACCUUUCCCUUUCUUUGUUCUUCCGCCCCUCCCAGAAAUGGAAUGUGAGUCAGACAAAGAUUCGCAUCAUAUCGACAAUAAUAUUCAUACUGUUUGGUUGUGUGCUGUUUGUUGCUCUCCCUGCAGUCAUAUUCAAGCACAUAGAAGACUGGGACACACUAGAUGCAAUAUAUUUUGUAGUUAUCACCCUAUCAACGAUUGGGUUUGGUGACUACGUUGCAGGUAAGUUUUUUAUAAUUUUUUUACUAAAGUCUGCUGUUUCAGUUUUUUAAAAAUAUACAGAGAUGUGUACACUAUUUAUUUAUUUUAUUCCUUAAUAUUUAUAUACUGCUUGUUAGUAAACAACAAACAAACAAACAAACAAACAAACAAACAAACCCAACAACCUCCAAGCAGUAUAGUGUCUUAUUUAUUUACUAAAUUGUUAUUUCAUUUAUAUACCACUCUUUAUAUAAAAGAAAAAUCAGUGUGAUUUACAGAUUGUAACAUGGAAUAUACAGCCACAACAACUAAGAAAUGUAUGUUGUGGUGUUAUCUUGUAUUUUUAUGCUGCGAACUGUCCUGAGCUCUACGAAUGAAAGGCACUAUACAAAUGUAAUAAACAAACAAACAAACAAACAAAAUAAGAAAAACAUUAAAAUAUUGGAUACCAGGCUAUCAGCAGCAAAAUACAACCAACCAACUGCCUCAAUUAUCUCUGUAAAACAUUAUCAUAAGGACCUGAAAGGCUUUUGAAAUAUAGACUCUGACAUAUGAGAAUAUGUCAUAAUGUUUUCAUCUAUAUAGGCUCAUACCCGACUACUGAAAUGUGUAUGUCUUAAAAUGUGAAAAUGUUCUAUUGCUGUCAUUUUCUUCUUGUAUGAAACAUGCAUGAAAAACUUGAUUCCUUUAUCUGCUUUCAUAUGCAUAUAUUAUACAAAAAUGACAUUGGGAUUCUAUUUCCAUGCUCAAAAAACUGUGAUCCUCAUAGACAAGAAUGGACCAUGGUAUGGUUAUGUCGAUAAAACCAACAUAGAAGGAAGCAUAAAUCAUUCCCAAAGGCAUCUAUUCUCCUGGCUGGUGUUCUAUCAAAACUGGUAUAUUAUUGAAAGCCAUAGAACUGGUAUUUUUAUCUUGCUUUUAUGCAAUGAAAUGCUUACCCUGGUUAUGUUUACAGUAGGAACAUUAUGUGCAAAGGCUCACUUAACUGUAGAACAUUGACUAGAACAUAGAGUAUGUUAGUAAUUUCUGUUAGUAUAAUUUUUUGCACAUUUUCCACUUCAUGGACCACUUGAUGCAAAAAGUUUUCAUACAGUUUUAGUGUCAUAUCAAGAAAAGACUAAUUUUUAAAAAAAUAUCCUGAUGUAGACUUCCGUACAUUGGGAUUCUCUCUGUGGCUCAGUGGUAGACCAUCUGCUUUGCAUGUAACAGCUCCCAGCUUCAAUCCCAGGGAUCUCCAGAGAGGGCAGAGAGAGAUUCCUUGCCUGAAAUCCGGUCAGUAAAAACAAUACUGAACUAAAUGAACCAAUAGCCUUGAUUCAGUGGCAGCUUCAUAUGGAUUUUGCUGCUAACUAUACUGCUAUCUAGGGACGCGGGUGGCGCUGUGGUUUAACCCACAGAGCCUAGGAAUUGCCGAUCAGAAGGUCGGUGGUUCGAAUCCCCGCGAUGGGGUGAGCUCCCGUUGCUCGGUCCCUGCUCCUGCCAACCUAGCAGUUUGAAAGCACAUCAAAGUGCAAGUAGAUAAAUAGGUACUUCUCCAGUGGGAAGGUAAACGGCGUUUCCGUGCGCUGCUCUGGUUCACCAGAAGCGGCUUAGUCAUGCUGGCCACAUGACCCAGAAGCUUUACGCCGGCUCCCUCGGCCAAUAAAGCAAGAUGAGCGCUGCAACCCCAGAGUCAGCCAUGACUGGACCUAAUGGUCAGGGGUCCCUUUACCUUUAUAGGGCUAUCUGCACUGUUGGUUUGACUCUCUACCAAAAAGUAAAAAGUGGAGGACUUAAAGUAAGAACUACAAAGGACCCCUCCUGGCAUUUUUUUUUAAUUGCACAUGUAUGUGCUCAUGAUGCUAUACUAUGCAUCAUAGUGUGUGCUCAUGGGGGCAGUCACAUGUGACCCAGUUUUCAAUGCACAUGCAAUUGCUUUGGGGUUGUCACACUGUUUCGUUUCCAAUCCAUGCAUAUCCUGUAACUUUCUGCUGAAAUCCCUUAACAGUUACACCGCAAAUGCUCUGGUUAAUUUUUGUCCCACGUUCGCUGCACUGUAGACCCUCUGGACAGCAAUAAUGUGGUAGCAUUGGGGAAGCAUUGCAGAAUAAACUGAAGCAGAGUACAAUCACCACUAAUGGACAGUUAUUAGUCCAAAGCCAUGGUUGCAGACUUCACCUGCAAUAAAAUAUCAGUCUGAAGGGGUCCUACAGCAGGAUUUCAAAUUCCCAAGUGCCAAAGUAUUCUUUUUAGGAACUAACUGUCAGGUUCUUUUGCAGAAGAGACCAGGCUAAACAUGGAUGUGUCAGUGUUUGUAAAAAGCAAAAAAAGAAGGAAAGGGUUCGGACCUCCCUUUGUCUCUUCAGCCUGGUCCUCGGACCCUUGUCUGCAUAAAAGAGUCCACGAGAAUAUCCUUGCAGAGUUUUAUUCUUAAAAGUCUUUGUGCAAAACACGACUGAAUAACUAUACACACCAGCACGCACUAACCAACCAACCAACCAACCAACCCAAACACCAGCCUCAGCAACAAACUAGCAUUUCUCAUUCUAUAUAUACAACCUGGUGCAAGCUGCUGACUCAUGCUGACCCAGCUUUAUUCGCAUUAAAGAAACAGCGGCCAUUUUAGCCGUGACAGGAUGCUGAACAGGUCACAACUUUAUUGGUAAGAGUAGUCUAGAUCGGGAUCAAAGCUGACUGAGACUGUUCUGACAUAGUGUCUCCUUUAGAUGAAAUAAAAGCAUAACAGAUUAAACUUUGAAGAAAAUGUUGAGGCUCUAAUCCCACUGCACAGAAAGAAAACAUGGCAAAAUGUGUAGGUUCCAGCAUUAUAUCCAUAGGUAUACAAAAGAAGAUUAAUACUUAAAUUUGGAUUAUACUUAUAUAUUGCUUUAUCUUUCUUUGCUGGAUCACUUCAUAUUGCAUGCUUUAAGAGUAUACAUUAUAUCUGUGUGUCUGUGAGUGAGAGAGUUUGUGGUUUUUCUUUUAUGAUUUUAAUUAUACAUUAUACUUAUAUUAAUUUUUAUAUUUUUACAACUUGUCCUAGGUACAUUUGGUAAAGUGUGGGCUCUAAAUGCAAAUCAUAAAUAAACAAACACAACUUGAAUUGAUCAGACCUUUGCCCAGGCUUUUAAUAGAAAAGGGACCCAAAGUAAUCUUGUCUACUCACUAAGUAAUUGAUCCACUCACUAAUCUUCCAUAGGUCACAGUAGACAAUCCAGACCAAGUUGUUACUUGGAGGGCGCAGACUUGUGUCUGCAUCUCUUGCAACUUAUGGAAAAGAUUUAAGCCAUAUACAGGUACUGCAGGUAAAGACGAAACCACACACACACACACACACACACACACACACUUCAUAUGCUUGACUUAAUUCUUGCUUUGCUUAAUGUGUUUUUGGUGACAUUCAAACCAGAAAGCUAUGGUCUAGGCACACGCUUCAAACCAGGAUCAUAAGAAGAACCCUGCUGAUUCGUUCCAAAUGCCAAUCUAGUCCACCAGCUUCUAUCUCAUAGUGAUGAACCAGAAGUCUACAAACAGGAUAUGAGGACAAUAGCCCUCUUGCUGUUGUUCUCUGGCAACUUAUAUAAGAAGCAUGUUACCUGUGAUCCUGGAAGGAGCAUAAAGCCAUCAUGACUAGUAGUCUUUGACAGCUUUAUCAUUCUUCUGCUUGUCCAGUCCAUAUUUAUUUAUUAAAUUUGUAUCCCAUCCUUCAUCUCAGGGCAGUUCACAAUGUAAAAAUGCAAGAUAAAAACACAAAAUACAUAAUAAAAAGAAGAGCAGAAAAAACAACAGCCCAAACUACCAACCAACAAACCCCACUCCCCGCCUCCCUCUAAGUUGAUGGUUGUCACCACAUAUAUGAAAAUAGAUUCCAUAAUUUAAGUAUGGGCUGUGGGAAGGAGUACAUCCUUUUAUUUGUCCUGAAUUUUCCACUACUCCACUUCAUUUGAUGAGUCUAUGUUCUGGUAAUUUUAUGCAUGUCUAUCAUGCUCUACAUCCCCAGUUGCCUUUUUCUAAAUGAAAUAAGUAGCUGCAAACUUUAGGACCUUUCCUUACAGGAGAGCGGAUCCAGCCCUUGAUGAUUUUGGUAGCCAUUUUCUCAGCUGUACAAUAUCCUUUUAGAGAUGCAGCAACCAGAACUAUACACAGUAUUCCAAGUAAAGACAUUAUGACACUAGCAAGUUUAUUUUCCUUAAUAAUAACCCCUAACACGCAAUUUCAAAAGGUUACCCACCAUGGCCCUAUGAUGUGAGGAUUGUUUGCUCCCCUGCACACGGCCUUACACUUAACUGAAUUUGACCAUAAUGCCCAUUCCACAGGUCUGGAAAUAUUUGGUUGGAGCUCUUCAAAAUCCCUUUUUGUUGUUACCACCUGAAUAAUUUGGUAUCAUUUGCAAACUUAGCCACCUUGUGACUUGUUUCUAACUCCAGAAAAAGUUAUGAUCAAGGGGAAUUGCACGAGUCUCACUCCCAAUACAGAUCCUUUGAGAACUUGGCUUCUUACAUUCUUUUAUUGUGAGAACUUAUUUAUUCAUUCCUAUUCUCUACUUCCUGAUCUUUAACAAGUUGCUGAUCAAGAAGAGGACCCAUAAUCUUAUUCCAUGGCUGCUAAAUUUGUUCAGAAGCCUUUUUUGGCAAGAGCCUUUGUCAAAAUCUUUUUUCAAAGCCCAGCCACACAAAGUUCACUGGGUCACUUCUGUCUGUAUGCUUCUAAUACUAUCAAAUAACUCUGAAAGACUAAUGAGACUACCUUUUCAGUAGUCAUAUUGAUUCUUCAUCAGCAAUACAUUCUUCUAUAUUCUUUAUAUUAUCUUUAGAAAUGCUUUCCACAAACUUUCCCAGAACUGCUGGCCUAUAAUUUUCCUGUUUCUUCCUGAAUCCCUUCAUUAAAAACUUGUGUUACAUUGUCUGCUUUCCACUUCUCAGGUGCAGGGGCCAAUCAUAGGUACAAUAAUCAUAGGUACAAUUUGUAUCUUUUUGUUGGCAGUUGAGCAAUAUCAAUGCAAUAGUUGAACUUUUAAGCUUUUUCUUUAACAGCUACUUCUAAUGUCAUCACUUUUAUUAUUUUUUAUUAAACCAAUUUCAAAAGCAGUUUUCCAUGCUGCAUGUGGUCUGGUAUACGAGGAAAACUAAUCUAAAGCUCCAUAUGGUUCAAUUUUGAUGGCUCUUUAAAACAACUCUCCAUAUCAGGUAUACAGAAAGAUAAUUUUAUACAAGUUAACAUAGUAAUAUGAUGGAGAUUUGAAGUUCUCUGCUAUUAGUUUACUUUGCUUGUUUGAAACAUUUAUAUCCUGUCUUCCCUAAAUGUUCAAGCUUGCCAGUACAAGGGGGUAAUUUGUAUAAAAUAAAAACUGAACAAUUUUGUACUAUAAAACAUUAACAAAUACAAUAAAAGGCUAAAGGCAUAAUUCAAAAGAAGAAACAACGCAGUGGAAGACUGGAAGAGCAAUCCAUAAGAACAGGAAUAAAACCAAUCAAGCUGCUUUUAAGAAAGGCACUAAAAAUUGACAUUUCUUCCCCAAAAGAAAGGUCAACCAUGCACCGUAGUGAAAUCCCAUCAGGAUUAGCAGCAUGGUGGACUUUUCUGUACAGGAACUCCAGAGUCUGGACACUAUCACCAAAAGAGUCCCCUCCCUGGUCUCAGCUAUACAUGAUUUGGGGAAACACGGGGGGGGGGGGGGGCUCUGCAGAUUCGAUAAGGUGGUCCUUGGUACUAUGGGUCCAAGCCAUAUAGAGCUUCAAAGGUGCAUUACUAGUGUUUUGAAGUGAGCCUGGAAAUAAACUGGGAGAAAUGCAGCUCAGAAAUGAUGUACUGUAAUAUGCUUCUGAUCACAAGCAUUCUUCAAAGUCAGCACCAUGUGAAACACUUUGAAGUACUUCAGAUGUGAUGCUAUUAAGACAAGUAUCACAAUGGGCAUACUUGAAUUAGAUUUUACCUGCCUACUGCAGGAUUAGAGUUAGUUGGUCCACUAGUCUAAGUGAGGCAUCAGCACAUCUGGUCAUAGAUGUCACCUGAGCAUUCAGGGUCAAUACUAUAUACAUAGGCAUUCCCAAACUAUGAAUCUGUGCUUUCCAGAAAACACCACAGGGCUGAGUCCUGAUUCCUGGAGUAGCUAUUCUGCUGACCAGAAUCUCAUCUGUCUUCUUAGCAUCAAGCCUUAUUUUUUAGUCUCCAUCAUUACUGGCUCCAGAACUUCAACAGCAUUUCUGGAAUGUGAUGGAAAUGAGAGAUAAGAGUUGGGCAUCUUCUCCAAAUUGGUGGCAUCACAAUUCAGAUCUCCUGACAAACCCUCACAGUCAUUUCACAUAGAUGUUAAGUAGUAUGGGAAAACAGACUGGGAACCUAAGAUAACCCAGAUAGGCCAGCAGCCAUUGAGUCAACAGGUAUCCCAUAAGUACCACCUUCUGAAAUUUCCUCUUUGGUGAAUGAGUGGAAACAUCUAAUAUAGUUUCCCAAAGCCCCAUGUGAGAGGAGCUCCAGAAGAAUACCAUACACCACUGAGAUUUCUUGAACAACCAGCAAGGAUAACCUUCCCUUGCUCAGGUGUGUCCCUGUGUGGUUUUUAUACUUUCAUUCAUUCUGCAAACAAAAUAAAAUAAUGGCGUAUGUAUCCUGAACAAAUAACUUGGCAGAACAAAGCAAAUGUAAUUGCAUAGGUCAGGGCUACUUUAAUAUGUGAAAAGAUUUCUGAUGGUGAUGAGUCAUGCAUCUCAUUCAAGAACUGGCAUUUGAAGACAGCUGUCUGGCUUCUACCUAUUCUGGUCAAAAAUGCCCAGCCAAAUUUUUAUUUAUUUUUUGUUAGCGUGUAUAUUAUCUCCUCUCCUCUUAUAGAUGUUAAUGUUAUUUCACUUCAACUCUCCACGUUGCCUUUUGUUUGUUUUUUAAAAUAAUAUUUAUUAGUAGUUUCAAAGUUAUAAAGAAAAAAGAAAAAUUAAAAACAACACUAUAAUACAUAGAAAACAACAACAACAAUAUAACAAAAAAGAAAAAGAAAAAUGGAAAACAAAAGAAAAAAGAAAACAACAUAGAUCCCAAAUUACAUAUCUAUAACUUCCAUUUGCUUGUUUCAUUGACCUCCUCACACCUCCCUUUUUGUAUUCUAGUUUAAUUAGUUAUUUCAGCAAAUUCUUUCCAUCUUUCUCAAUUUUUGUUAAAAAUUUAUAUUGACAGUUUAACUUAAUAAUUAGCUCAGCAAAUCCUUACCAUCUUUCCCCAUAUUCUGUUAUUCAAAUUACCUUAAUUUAUUUAACCUUAUCUUACCCUAAAAUACCUUAAAGCUUAAAUCUUAGUUUUCAAAUAUACAUAACUCCUGAUAUCAUUUCUGCUAGAGUCAUAUAGUUUCAUUCCAACAUUUUCCCUAAUAUUCAUUAAUUUUUAACUAAUUCCCUAAAUAAAAAGUUUCCUUUAUAAAUUUUCUUCCAAUCUUCAUCCAACGUCUCAUCUUCCUGGUCUCGGAUCGUGUCAGUCCUUACUGUCCAAUCCAUCUAGUCCAUCAACCUGGAAGCCUUAUGUCCGAGGCCCUUAAGUCUCUUCCAUGUCCCUUCUGCAUUUCUUCUUCUUCUUGUUUAUACUUGCCCUUUUCCUUGUCUUUUGUUGGUCUCUUUCUUAAUUCCUUUCCUUUCUCAUUGAGGAGUAGUUCUCUGGGGGGUUCCAACCCAGAUUUGUCUCCAUCUCCCUUCAUCAGACCCACCCAUUCCCCAAAGUCCCACUCCCCACAGUCCUCGAUAAAAUCCAAAAAGUAUUUAAAAACAUAUUUCAAGGUCUCUCCAAAGUUAGGAACCUCCUCAGCACCAGACUCCCCCUGGCCCAUUCCAACUUCAAUCUUCAAUGACAGCAGCUUAUGCUCCUGUAGGGCCUCGGGUCUCUCCAUUUGUAUUAUUUGAGGUGCAACCGCAUCCUCCUCCAUUAUCUUCUGUUCUUGCCCAGUCAGUACAGAUUCAUGAGUUGGUCCCUGAAUAAUUUCUGUAUCAAUGUUCCCUGUUUGUCCACAGUUAUUAACCACAACAGUCAAAUCCAUUUUUCAUUCAUCAAGUCCAUCUUCUCAUGCAUCUGUUCCAACAGGGCACUUGUCUUGCAUAAGGCAAGCACCCAAUCUUCCUCCCAGCUCAUCUUUAGGCAAGGUCAGAAAAGACUGUUCCCACGGUCUUAAUCUCACAGCUGUUGAGUCCUCAAGUAUACUGCUGCAACAAUUUAACAAGCUCCCUCUAGAGGAGACAAUUUCUAUUUGUAUCCAUUUUUUUUUUUUAAGGCAAGUCCAACAAAGGAAAAUUACUUUCAUUUUUCAGAUAUUUUUUGGAUAUUUUGUUUCUUUAAGAUGCAAAAGGCAACAUUGGAAUCAGCUUGUUUCUCUUCUUUAACUAUCUGUCAAAAUAUUCCAUUCACAGUCAAUGAACCUACAAUUUCUGUCUCUGACACCCCGUCCACAGGUUAGAGAUGGUGGAAACUCUUCCUUCUCACUCCCUCUCCUGCAGGGGUUAAACAAAAUCCCCCCCCCUUUUCUCCUGCUUCCAAGGGUGUUUCAGUAGUUCUGAAUGAAGGAAAUUUAGACUUUUUUGACAGCUUUCCAGGCUUUAGCUCCGCCAUUCACCGAUGGCGCUGACCCGGAAGUCUCUCCACGUUGCCUUUUGAUGGCCAAAACAUAUUAAACCCCCAAACCCUUUCGCAGUGGACUUUGUAGUGGCAGGGCAACAGUUGGAUUGGAUAGAAGUUUCCCUUUGCUAUUCCUGGCCUUCACCCACAGAGUGAUACCAGUGUCACUCCACUAGCAUGCAGCUCCCCAUUGUACCCACCAAACAUACUUUUGCCUGCUGAAAUCACUCUGCCAGCUCCGUGCUGGUGCAGCAAUUUACCUGCCUGCCCUCCUUCUGCCCCAGCAUGAGUGUCAAGGCUGUUGUGGUUCCACUGCUUCAUUACACCUCACCACUUUUAAUCAACCUGCUAGUCACCAGCCAGGUAUCCUUGAACAUUAAAACAUUAAAUCCACUAUUUGAAAAUGUGCUUUGGAAAAUUAUGCUUCUGAAAGGACUGAGUAGGAAGCUUAGAGAAUCCUUACAGAGAUAAGUGGCAGAAGCAUUUGCAAAUAGAUCAAUAAAUGAAAUAGACCUGGAGAGGUUUUUACCUUUAUUAGAAAUGCUAGUAGAAUCUUUUUUGAAAUAACAAUAGACGAUAAAGAGAUGGAAGAUGGAUGGUGUUGAUAGCUGAUUAUUCAGCUGCAGGAAUAUAUUUGUUCCCACUUUUAUUUUUUUUUUAAGGAAUGCUUUCACUUCUUCUCUACAGUCUGUUGCUGAAAGAUAUCACUUUUUGUACAAUAAUGACAAUAUUUCCACUUGUGUAAAGUAUCUCUACUUCUUUCAUCCAGCAAGAUGCUGUAUAUAAUUGCAGGUGAUGUUAAGACUCUUCUUUCUUUCAGCAUGUGCUACUGCCAAAUGGCAAGCUACUCUUUAAUCUCGGAGAGUGUAAAAGUUGGUUGACUAGUGAGGAGAUUUACUGAAAGAAAAAUAAUUUAGACAAAUCCCAGAGUAUGCAUGGAUAGGUAUAACACAACCAUUUAUGCAAUCAUCUUAAGAUCAGAUCUGUAUACAAUAUAUCUAUGCCUAAUGUCUAUACACAGAUGUGCCAAUCCAAAAAUUGAUGCAUGCUCCCAUUUUUAUAUGGCUUUCUUGUGCAUGUAGAACACUCCAUUCAUUUCAGUAGAGGGAUUUCUUCAUGCAAACAAUGUUUGAAUAUGUUCUCCCUAUUUAAAUGAAUAGACUAACCUGUUCAAGUUAUGGGAUCCUUUUGCUUUUAUGGGAUUGCUUUGUAUAUAUUUCGUACUUUGCCUGAAAAAAAUCUCAGAAUCUGAGAGAAAAGGGUAAUGCAACAACCAGAGAAAUUUGCAUUUGGUGAACUGCUUUAUGCUGCAAUACCUGUACGAACAUUUACAGGACAGAAUUUCCCAAUGAAUCUAGAUGCUUAUGAUAAAUAUUCAUUUUUCUUUAUACCUGUUUUGAAAACAAUCUAAUUCAAUCUAUUAUUCCUUACAUUUCAACUGUGACUUUUGUCACUGAACAAAUUAUUUACUGCUGGCUUAAAAUGCCCAUAAUUGAAGUAGAUGUCUAAAUUAAUAGUCCACAUGAAUGAGAAAGAGGUCAUUUUUGAUGCAUUGAAAUCUUUAUGGUUGCAAUUAUCAUCUGAUAAAUGAGCUGAGAAAAGCACCUUGAGAAACAAUUCAUAGCCUUGCUUGAAGAAUUAGGGUACAAUAAGGUCACAUCCACUCCAUACAUUUAAAGCAUGUGACUUCCGAAAGAAUUUUGGGAACUGUAGUUUAAAGGUGCUGGGAACUGUAACUGUGUGAAGGAGUAAAUUACAGAAUUCUUUGAGGGAAGCCAUGUGUUUUAAAUGUAUGGUGUGGUUGUGACCUGAGUGUAAAUUCUCUUCUGGUUUGAAAUGAAACAAUUCCAUUAACAAUUCCAGAAAAAUACAUUGCUCUGUGAAGGUGAAAAGUUAGAACGCUUUUCCAUGUACAUUGUCAUCUUCCAACAUGAUGACAGAGGUCAUGCUAAAUAUAGUAACAAAGCUACAUGAGACUAUGUUACGAGCAAAUGAAAACAGAAACAUAUUAAAGACUAUAGAAUUAGAGCUAAUUCUCUCUGAAGCAUAAUUUCAAGCAGGCAAAGUGUGGUACAGUUUCGUGUUUAGAUGUAGACGGCAGAGGUUCACAUUCCUGUUCUGCCAUGAAACCCUCAUUGUAGACUUUGACAAGUCAUUAUCUCAGCCUGAUCUGCUUUGCAAGAUUAUUGCAAGGGAAGAGCUGUGAAAAGUGACAUGGUGUCAUGGAUCGAGGUGUUGUAGAACUCACAUGAUGAGCAGAGGUGUUGCAACAGUGCUCACUAGAAAUGGAUAAGUAAUGGAUAAUAUAAUGCAAAGGCCAUUUCCUUCUGGCCAGACUGACUGCUGCUGCUGCGUAGCACUAUCUGGGCAAACUACAGAGAUUCAGUUGACUAGGAAAUGAAAUGAAAUAAAAGGAAGGAAAAUCACAGCUUUUUAGGGCCCAGGGAUUCCUAACUCCUGGUGCUGAAACAAAUCACUCCUCAUUCACAACUCACCUCACUUGGUUGGCUAAAAUAUGCUGAAAGGCAGGAGCUAGUUCAUCAGCUACAUUAUUAUUAUUAUUAUUAUUAUUAUUAUUAUUAUUAUUAUCAUUAUUAAUACCCCACCCUCCCCAGCCAAGGCCGGGCUCAGGGCGGCUAACAAGCAAUAAUAAAAACAAGUUGAAUGAAUACUUUGAACGAAUGCUUUGCUUCCUAAUAUUCUUCCUGGAAUUCCAACAGACGUGUUCCCCCACCCCCAAUGAAAGAUGAUAGCGUGAACCCCCUUACAGGCAGGACCCUCGUGCAAUUGCUCCAACUGCACCAUUGAUAAUCUGGCCUUGCCUAGAAUAACAGCAGUGUGACACAGAUUCUUAAUUUAAUUUCUGAGGCUCUUUAGACCUGAGGCUUUGCUUAGUAGAACGUAGUAAAGAUCCCUGGGUCCUUCUAAAAUUUUAAGUGUUGCAGCCACCCCUAAGUUCAGCUUGCUAGGUCUUUACUAAGAUUGUUUCCUUAGCAAAUGUAGCAUUUUAAGGGAAAUGUGCAAAGUAUUGUACAACAAUAUAUUUUGUUCACAUCUUGAAGGCUAGCUGCAGAUCAUUUGCCUCUGCUUUAAAGUUCUUCUGCAAUGCCUACAUUCGGUUGGUGUUAAUGAUAGAGCUGCCAGCUGGCUGCAGACUACAGCAGUGGCCUAAGAAUGUUAAGAGGAAGACUUAAACAAUUUCACUAAUGUACUGGAGUCAAUGAAAUUGCUUACCCUGUAAUUGAAAGCAGUGUUAAAUACUCACGACAGGUUUAUCCUCACGUAACCUCAAAAUGCCUGGAACAUUAAGUGCCUGUCAUUGCAGUCAGCUUGGCCUACCACUAGGUGACAAUGCUUAACUUAGAAAAUAUGGAGGUGUGCAAAAAUUCACAUCAGUCAAAAGUGCAAAACUUGAGGUGAACCUUCUUAGCAUUUUUUUUAAAGAAUUGUAUUCAAAGCUUUGCCAGUCCUGGUGUCAAGGUUGGCCUUAGGCAUUUCUGAUAUCCAAAAUAUUAAAAUGGCACCUACCUUUUUGUUUGCACUGGAUCCCUAGGAAGCCUAGAUGAGGCUUCCUUCUCCCUACCCCAGUUUAAUUUAUGAAACUGUGCCAGCCCUUGCUGAAUUCCUGGUUUUGCCUUCUGUAACUCUCCAGUGAGCCCUUGCACUCAGAAUGGAUUCCUGGUGCUCAUAUACAUUUCAUCCUGAGCUUUCUGAACUCGCUACCAAUACCUGGCCUCCUUUGCUCCCCCUUUUGAAUAAAACCCUGUAUCCUUAGUCAACUUUUUGCUUCUUCUUUGGAAUUCCCACCUGGUAAGCAUAGCGUUGCCUCCUAGGGUUGGGUAGUGAUGAAUUCAGACCCAGUGCUAGACUAUGACAUCGUUUCUUCUUAUCCCUGGCCAUAAAUGCUUCAGUCAAUAUAAAACCCUCACUGAAUGGUGACCCUGAAUAUUGCAAAUGUAAAACAGAAUUACUAAAAUGGGUUAUGUAUUCCAGAGUAGCGACUAUUUAAUUCAUUCAUUCAUUUAAACAUUUUAUAUGCCACUUAACUAUAAUAGUUUGUAGGCUGUUUUCAAAAGUACAAUACAAAGAAUAAAAAGAAAUGAAAACUAUAAGAUCAGACUGCCCUGAAGAUCUCAAUGAUUGGGCAGAGAUAUAAGGGAUCUUCAGGUAGCCUUCUGCUUAUAAUGCACAAAGCCUUAAAACAAACUUCCAUUGUCAUUUUCGUUUCACUUUUAAUCUGUAUACAACAAAUGUAUACUAGUAUACCAUACUUUUGAACCAUGCUGUAUAGUGGAUUGAUAUGUUAGCCCGCAGAAAUUUCAGGUAUUUGCCUUUUAUUAUUUGUCAGUGGUUCUCAGUUCUUUUAAGCCAAAUAGUAGUACUUUAACAACCAUUGCCUGCAGUGUAGAACUGGAGCUUUUUUCUUUUGUUCUUCUUUUUCUUUUCAUUUUUGGUAAAACUGCUUUCCAUAGAUUUUUAAAGACUGCUGUAAUGUAUAUGGAAUGGGCCAGCAUUGAGUAGUUGUAUCAAGUAUUCAGAUGUAGCCAAACUGGUUUUUGGAGCAAGCUGAAUGUGUGUAAGACAGCAUCCUUUGUGAUUCCAGCUUUUAAUUCAUUACUGCUAAAAUCCAUUGGUUUCAGUGGUAAUAAGUGAAUGUUAAUGGACACAUGAGUCUGUAUGUGGAAUAUGGAAACUGUUUUUCACAUGUUUAAUACAAAAAUAGUCUGAAUUCAAAUAUUUUACAGUACAGUUGUAUCACAUCUACCGUACUCAGAAUUUAGUUGCAUUGAAGCAUAGGAUUGCAACCCUAGUUGCACAGUUUACCUAUGAUUCUGUGGCCUGCUUAACAAAAGGAGGGGGAGGGAAUUGUGGAUGCAAUCCAGCUAUUUUAAAGUUUAAUUGAGAUUUUUGCUAAAUAAUAGUUUAGAAUUAUAUGAAUGAGCCCUCAUAAGACCAUCUUGUGGCCAGGAGGAGAGUGGAAACCUUCAUUUGCACUUUAAAACUAAUGACUUCCUCAUUGUGUAAACCUCAGGAACACUAGCUAGUUAAAACUGUGGUUUGUACAAACAAAUUAGGGUCCACUUGUGGUUCAUGAUUCCAGUCUGUUCACUAAACUGGAGUUUAAACUUGGCAGAAUUCCCCUGAAUCCAGAUGAAAUUAGGAACUCUUGGUGAGUUUAAUAUGUUUCUGGUCUUCUCUCAGCCAUGCCAAAGCUGGAGAGAGAAAAGGGAGCUUUAAAGCUUACACAUGCCAUGUUAAACCAUCAUUUAGUAUUAUUUUCAAACCAGGCAACUGAGUUCAGUGGGAAAGAUUUAAGAUAGUGCAUGCCAUUGUCACAAAAAUAAAUGAAACUUACAAGUUACCUGCUUUUGGUAAGAAAGUUGGCUGAAUUUUGGCCUCAUUGGGGCUUUCAUUUGUAUGCUUCAUGGUUGAAUUUCUUUCUACUAAAGUUAUUGUUCUGCAAAGUUCAUGAUAAGUUCAUAGAAAAGGAAUGGCCAAUAUUUUUCAUGACUUGGAAUGAAAAGUAAAUAAAGUAUGAUCAGUAUAAAUUGGAAAGCUAUAUUUAUGUGCAUUUUUUUUUUUAAAAAAGGAACUUUGUCUUUUCAGGGGGGUCAGAUAUUGAAUAUUCUGAUGUCUACAAACCAAUGGUAUGGUUCUGGAUCCUUGUAGGCCUUGCAUAUUUUGCUGCUGUCCUGAGCAUGAUCGGUGAUUGGCUACGAGUUAUAUCCAAAAAGACCAAGGAAGAGGUAAGGAAUUUGAAGUAGUCUGGUUAUGACUCAAAUAUUCUCCAUUUUUACAAAGUUUAAGUUUGUAAGCCUAGUUUAAGAAUUUUUAUUUAGUUAAUAUCAAACAGCGCUACAAAAUACUACUACAAGAAUGUAGAAACUGCUCUAGUAACUUCUUAAUUCUUGUCUACAGUUUCAUUUCUACAAACCUGAUAACAAGUUGUUCUAGCUGCAACAUAAUAAAACACAUUUUAACAUUUUAGCAUCUUAACAUUUCUAGAGCUAUUUUAGUCUUUGUUUAAUAGAUUCAUAAUUAGAUAUUGCUGCGAUUUAUUUUUCUUUUACCAUUCAUCCCUGCUGGUGUACAUUGUUUCAGAUUUCUGCAUAUUUAUCUAAAUUUUCCACAUAGCUUCCAAAAUCUUUUCUCCCAUAUCCCCCCCCCCAUUUUUGAAUGUAAUCCACUUUUAUCCUCUUCCUUAUACAUUAUCAUUUGAUAUAUUUGAGACAACGUGGCUGAUAAAAAUAUUAAUCUUUCCAAAGAAUACAUCUGUCUCAAUCCACUUUCUUGUGUUCUUAGCCAAUUGUUUAGAAAAUCUUUUAUUUGACAAUGUUCAAAUAAUAUGGGCCUUGUAUCACUCAGCUUUUCCCUUGGAUGACUGAAGAACUUGAUCUGGCCAUUAUUAAUCCAAUCAACAAAUUUGUCAGUGUCAUUUCCAAUUUUGUUAAAUUGUGGCUAAAAUAGCUGAAAAGUUAAUGGGCAUUUUGAAAUGCAAAGUAGUUUUUUUAAAAAAUUCCCAUAAAACAGGGGACAGGGGGCACUACUAAUCCUUUUUGCUACAUUUCUAUUUUUAUUUUCCAAAAGCACUUUCUGUCAGCUUCCAACAAAACAUUGUACCAAAUGAUUUCUGAAAUUUUUAUUUAGUUAAAAAUACCAAUCUACAAUCCUUCCCAAACAAUCAACAUGAUAAUUAGCUGGAAAUGAAAGAUCUUCUUCAGCCCUGUUGGUGCACAUUAUUUUAGAAAAAACCAUUCACAAUUCACUGUCAUGCAUCCAUUUUUAGCUCUCUUUUAGCUAUUUGUGUAUGCAGCAACAAAAAUGUUAUUUUACAAAGAAUAUUACUUUUAAUGUUGAUAUUCUUCCAAAAAUAAUAAAUUUAAUAAAUCUCCAUAUUUCCUGCUCUGCUUUCAUAUUUGCUUCUAACAUAUAUUUCAGGUUUUAAAAACACCAAUCUGGAUUUUUCUUUUUAUUCUCUUAAUCUUCUUAAUUGUUGUCCUGAAAGCUGUAAGAUAACAAUUAUAUUUUAUUAAUAUUAAUUUUAUAUUCCGCUACUUUUCUAAAAAGGGACGCGGGUGGCGCUGUGGGUGAAACCUCAGCGCCUAGGACUUGCCGAUCGCAUGGUCGGCGGUUCGAAUCCCCGCGGCGGGGUGCGCUCCCGUCGUUCGGUCCCAGCGCCUGCCAACCUAGCAGUUUGAAAGCACCCCCGGGUGCAAGUAGAUAAAUAGGGACCGCUUACCAGCAGGAAGGUAAACGGCGUUCCGUGUGCUGCGCUGGCUCGCCAGAUGCAGCUUGUCACGCUGGCCACGUGACCCGGAAGUGUCUGCGGACAGCGCUGGCUCCCGGCCUAUAGAGUGAGAUGAGUGCACAACUCUAGAGUCUGUCAAGACUGGCCCUUUACCUUUACCUUUACUUUUCUAAAAAAAUCUAACAAAUUCAUAAACUAAGCUAGUGACCUUUCUGGUUCAGUAAUUAUUAGAGCUACGUUAUCUGCAUAUCCACAAAGUUUAAAUUUCUGCUUUGCCAUCUUCUGCUCUUUCAUUUUAGUGUUAUCCCAUAUCUUAAUCAGGAAACAAUCUAAAUACAAUGGAAAAGUAUGAUGAUACUGGGCAAUCUUGUCUUUUUCCUUUCUGCAAGUAAAACUAUGAUGACAAUCUAUCAUUCACUAAUUAUAUUGUCUGUGUGGCCAGAAUCAUACUUCUGCAUCACCUGAAAAAGAUAGAACCACUUGAUCCUAUCAAAAGCUUUUUCACAUCUAUAAAAGUUAUAAUUGCAUUUCCUUCUGCCCCUAUUUAUAUAAUCCAACAGUUUUAUCACUUGUUGUUCCAUUAAAGUUCUAUCUCUCCCACCCAAAGGAGCCUAGGACAACAAAAAUCAAAGCAGUAAAACAGCACAAGUAAAAGCAAAACCACAUUUAAAACAUUUACAAACAGCCACAUACACACACACCUAAUAAUUUAAAGGUUGCUGGAAACAAUAUCUUUCAGCCAUCAAGUGCCUGGGUGUACAGGUAUAUUUAAAAAUUCCUCCUGAAGGUUAAUGAGAGAGACAGAUGCAUGUCACUAGGGAGUCUGUACACAAAAGAAGAAUCAUCCCUGAGAAGGCAUCACCGCCAUCAGGGUCUCCUCUGCUAAUCAUAAAGUCUGAGUUGUUUAAUAUUGGAGUUGAUGCUGUCUUAAUGAAUUAAUUAUAAGAACUAUGGAUGGAGAUUCAUAACAUUAUACAGGAGGCAGCAACGAAAACCAUCCCAAUGAAAAGGAAAUGCAAGAAAGCAAAGUGACUGUCCAACAAGGCCUUACAAAUAGUGGGGGAGAGAAGGCAAGCAAAAUGCGAGGGAGAUAGUGAAAGAUACAGGAAAUUGAAUGCAGAUUUCCAAAAAAUAGCAAGGAGAGACAAGAGGGCCUUCUUAAACGAGCAAUGCAAAGAAAUAGAGGAAAACAAUAGAAUGGGGAAAACCAGAGAUCAAGAAAAUUGGAGAAAUGAAAGAAGCAUUUUGUACAAAGAUUACCAUAAUAAAGGACAAAAAUGGUAAGGAACUAACAGAAGCAGAAGACAUCAAGAAGAAGAGGUGGAAAGAAUACACAGAGGAAUUAUACCAGAAAGAUAUGGAUGUCUCGUUUGCUUGAGACAGACAUCCCGGAGGGUGAAGUCAAAUGGGCCUUAGAAAGCACUGCUAAUAACAAGGCCAGUGGAAGUGAUAAUAUUCCAGCUGAACUACUUAAAAUUUUAAAAAAUGAUGCUGUUAAGGUGCUACACUCAAUAUGCCAGCAAGUUUGGAAAACUCAGCAGUGGCCAGAGGAUUGGAGAAGAUCAGUCUACAUCCCAAUCCCAAAGAAGGGCAGUGCCAAAGAAUGAUCCAACUACUGCACAAUUGCACUCAUUUCACACACUAGCAAGGUUAUGCUUAAAAUUCUACAAGGCAGGCUAAGCAGUAUGUGGACCGAGAACUCCCAGAAGUGCAAGCCAGAUUUCGAAGGGACAGAGGAACCAGAGACCAAAUUGCAAACAUGCACUGGAUUAUGGAGAAAGCUAGAGAGUUCCAGAAAAAGAUCUACUUCUGCUUCAUUGACUAUGCAAAAGCAUUUGACUGUGUCGACCACAGCAAACUAUGGCAAGUUCUUAAAGAAAUGGGAGUGCCUGAUCACCUCAUCUGUCUCCUGAGAAAUCUCUAUGUGGGACAAGAAGCUACAGUUAGAACUGGAUAUGGAACAACUGAUCGGUUCAAAAUUGGGAAAGGAGUGCAAGGCUGUACAGUGGUACCGCGGGUUACAUACGCUUCAGGUUACAUAUGCUUCAGGUUACAGACUCCGUUAAUCCAGAAUAUUACAUCGGGUUAAGAACUUUGCUUCAGGAUAAGAACAGAAAUAGUGCUCUGGCGGUGCGGCGGCAGUGGGAGGCCCCAUUAGCUAAAGUGGUGCUUCAGGUUAAGAACAGUUUCAGGUUAAAGAAUGGACCUCCAGAACGAAUUAAGUACUUAACCCGAGGUACCACUGUAUAUUGUCUCCCUGUUUAUUUAAUCUAUAUGCAGAAUUCAUCAUGCUAAAGACUGGGCUGGAUGAAUCCCAAACUGGAAUUAAGAUUGCCAGAAGAAAUAUCAACAACCUCAGAUAUGCAGAUGACACAACCUUGAUGGCAGAAAGUGAGGAGGAAUUAAAGAACCUUUUAAUGAGGUUGAAAGACAAGAGUGCAAAAUAUGGUCUGAAGGUCAACAUCAAAAAAACUAAGAUCAUGGCCACUGGUCCCAUCACUUCCUGGCAAAUAGAAGGGGAAGAAAUGGAGGCAGUGAAAGAUUUUACUUUCUUGGGCUCCAUGAUCACUGCAGAUGGUGACAGCAGUCACGAAAUUAAAAGACGCCUGCUUCUUGGGAGAAAAGCAAUGACAAACCUAGACAGCAUCUUAAAAAGCAGAGACAUCACCUUGACGACAAAGGUCCGUAUAGUUAAAGCUAUGGUUUUCCCAGUAGUGAUGUAUGGAAGUGAGAGCUGGAGCAUAAAGAAGGCUGAUUCUCGAAGAAUUGAUGCUUUUGAAUUAUGGUGCUGGAGGAGACUCUUGAGAGUCCCAUGGACUGCAAGAAGAUCAAACCUAUCCAUUCUGAAGGAAAUCAGCCCUGAGUGCUCACUGGAAGGACAGGUCGUGAAGCUGAGGCGCCAAUAUGGCCACCACAUGAGAAGAGAAGACUCCCUGGAAAAGACCCUGAUGUUGGAAAAGAUUGAGGGCACAAGGAGAAGGGGACAACAGAGGAUGAGAUGGUUGUGUUGGGAUCUAACGAAUCCCAACAGGUUGGACAGUGUUCUCAAAGCUACCAACAUGAGUUUGACCAAACUGCGGGAGGCAGUGGAAGACAGGAGUGCCUGGUGUGUGCUGGUCCAUGGGGUCACGAAGAGUCGGACACGACUAAACGACUAAACAACAACAACCACCUAAUACCCGCAGGUCUCAGAGCAGUUCGAUGAAAACUAGCACUUAACAGUAGCACACACAAAAAUUAGUCAAACAAAUCUUGCUAAUUCUGCUGCUUUAAAGAAAAGAUAUUCUAGGUUUAAAGAAAUUUUCCUAUUCUGUUACUGUCAUGAUUCUUAGUUAUGCAGGAAAACAUAUAAAAAACAGUCUUCUAAAACAGAAAGUCAUUAAUGAAGAAAUAGAUAUAAAAGCCAAUAUUAGUAGUUGUUUGUAUUUGUAGUGAAGACAUGUUCAGAAAUGCAAAUAGUCCAGAACUACAGAGGUUAUUUGGCCAGAUAAUUAUUUUUGUUAUUAGUAUUCUGUCCUACGUAAAGCAUCAUUGUGUUAGUUCACUAAUUUACUAAUAAAUAAAAAGGUAGCAGAAGUUCAAUACAAGAAAUUAACAGAGGGAAGAAAUAGAUCAUUUCAUUUGAAACUGUAAGUUCUGCUUAGCAGUUCAUUAGCAGCAGUCACAAAAUAAAUAUCCCUUAGUGGUAAACAGAAGGAAGGUUGAUAUCUUCAUGGUUUCUCAGUAUAAGAGCUGUCCUUAUCAUGAGUUUAAAUUGUCCUAAAAGAGGAAGUAGCAGCCUCACAUGCUAUUCCUUUAUCCUCUUGCUACUAGUCCUGUGUGGAUCAUCGUCAGUGUCCCCUUGGCUCCUCUCCUGCGUGUGACACUGAGUGUGAGCUUUGUGCUGCACUUCACAACACCACAGCACAAGCUGCAACUUUUCUUAUGGAGGGUGACCUCUCACCAAUGUGAUCUCUCUCUUCUACCCUCCCAACUGACCUGAGCAAGGGCCCUGAUCCCACUGGAGACCAAGAAACAGCAGCAAGUGGUUGAGUAAAAAUCCUCUUUUGCCACCCUGAUAGAAUUUGUUCUUCGGCAUUAAUUCCCAUGUGGCAACACAAGUAGUAAACCUUCUCAGAGACAGUCACUGAAAAAGCAGUAAUACAGGGCUCUUAUAUUGUAUUCAGACCUCUUAAGGGUUCAAGAGGGUAGAAGAGAAAGGUGACAUUUUAAACUUUCCCCAUCCCUAAUAUCACCCUUCUCUGUGUUAGCAUGAGCCAGAGCAUCUCACAGCUAUGUAGUGAUGUAGAGAUGGAUUCUGGGAACUGAGAAAGGGAGAAAAUGAACUACUUUUCUUCCUCUUGAAACGCCCCUGUAUAAUGCAGGGAGGUGUUUUACGUUUAACUUCAUGGCACACAUUCCCAGGUACAAUAUCCCCCUCCAUGAUGUUUAUUAUAUGUUUUGAGCAGGUGAGACCCUGUUUUCUCUCUCAUACACACCUCACCUCUGAUCUUCCAUGCUCCAACUGAAACCUCAGCGUUCUACAUGUCCUGUUAGCUGACAGCGCCUUGUCAGCACAUUCUGAGGGUUUAAUUUACAUUCUGUUUUUCAUUUACAAACCAGUGUACUUCUAUGCACUUAACAAGUCCUCUGGGUAUGUAGAAAUGUGUGGCUCUCUUCCGCUUCCAAACUAAUAAGCACUCACCCACCUGAGUUUGCUAUUCAUACAUGACCAGCAGGACACGUAGAAUCCUUUCCUCUAAAAGAAGUUCUCCUGUUUAGGGUCCCAGAGAGAUAUUUCACUGUCCCCAGUUAUUCUUUUCCAAUUGUUACUCUACGUCCCAUGGCUACUAAGCCUGCUCAGUCCUUGCUUGUGAGAGGGUUGCCCCCUUAGGCUUUUAAAAAUUAUUUCUUUUUUACUUCUGCAAAUCUCAGUGUUCCUGCAGAUGUGCUGAUAACCGCCUCUGGUUGUUUAAUGGUCCCAUUUUGGCUACAAUCCGUCAGCAUUCAAAAGCCAAGUUCAUGGUUAGGAGUGCUGACGACGACAUUAGUACUCAGCAGUAGGAUGUAAUUUACAAUACUUGGACAAUUCUUAAAGAUUUUUAUACAAUACCCCCCCCCCCAUUUCUGCUCCUUUAAUUGGAGUGUUUUGUUACUGCAUAACUGAAUCAAGCAAUAGCUGUCAGCAAGUAAAGACAUAGCUGUUCAAUGCACUGUGUUGUUUUUUAAUUCUCUCUACUUUUAACCAAGUGAUAAUACUUAAGCUGAACAGUUAGAAAGACAUGCUAACUUCGGCAGCACAUAUACUAGAACAGUUAGACAGAAAUACAGAGUGAAUGUGAUAGGACCCAAAGGUUCAGUUGCGAGUUAUAUUUUCCACUUAUCAGUGAAAUGCAAAGAGGUUGUAGUGAUUGCAGCAUGGUAGAUUCCCAGAAUUAUUGGUCCUUUAAGGUUCUCAGCAUGUAAAUUUCUGAAAGGUUAUACCAAAUAUUAAGAUUAGUGAUUUGUGAAAGUAUGUAUUUCCUAUAAUGUAAGCAUUGGCCCACAUUUAUGGGCCAUUAAUCCAUCUUCUGACGUUUCUUCAUCUGUUAUCAUUUUGAGACAUGGAUAGUCAUUUGUAGGCAAAUAUAUUGGUUUCACUGCAGGUGUAUUUAUUUAUUUAUUUAUUUUUACAUGAUAAUGUGCAUCUGUUGGUGAUAGUGUGGCUAUAAAUUAUUUUAAUUAAAAUGUCAUUGGAGUUUUCUUGGGCGUUGGAUAAGAAAAUAUUUUAUUAGUAUAUAGAUUGUAUGAACAAAUCAUGUUUUACAAAAAGAGAAACACAUUCAGGAUAUUUUCUGCUCAGGAUAUCUGCUCAUUUGUACUUUCUGGGCACAAUUCAAAGUGUUGGUGCUGACCUUUAAAGCCCUAAACAGCCUCUGCCCAGUAUUCCUGAAGGAGAGUCUCCACCCCUAUCAUUCUGCCCAGACUGAGGUCCAGUGCCAAGGGCCUUCUGGCAGUUCCCUCACUGUGAGAAGUGAAGUUACAGGGAAUCAGGCAGAGGGCCUUCUCAGUAGUGGCGCCCACCCUGUGGAACGCCCUCUCAUCAGAAAUAAACAACUAUCGGACUUUUAGAAGACAUCUGAAGGCAGCCCUGUUUAGGGAAGCUUUUAAUACUGGAUGAAUCAUUGUAUUUUAAUAUUCUGCUGGAACCACCUAGAGAUGCUGGGGAAACCCAGCCAGAUGGGCGGGGUAUACAUAAUAAAUUAUUAUUAUUAUUAUUAUUAUUAUUAUUAUUUCCCCAAAACAAAAUGAAACCAAUCAUUUGUUAUAGAAGACAUAUUGGGUCAGCAAUCCUCUACAUGCCUUCUAUGUUCAGUAGUGCUACCUGAUCAGGAAGGUCUGGUAUGAGGGAACUUCAGUAUUUCCAUCCAUUUAUUCCCAGGAAAACCUUGCAUCCAGCUCGUAAUGGCACAGUAAUAUGAAGAUAUUUUUCUAGUAGAGAAAAGCAUAGUAUAACUGCUAGGGAGAAAGGCCUGCUCCCUUCCAGGGCCUUUUCCAACUGGCCCAGGGGGCGUGGCCAGGCCCUUUCUCCCAGCUAUAAAGGGACUCCUGCUGCGGGGAGGCCUCGGACCAUCGGCUGGGUGAGGACUGCAGGGCCUGCUCCCUUCCAGGGCCUUUUCCAACUGGCCCAGGGGGCGUGGCCAGGCCCUUUCUCCCAGCUAUAAAGGGACUCCUGCUGCGGGGAGGCCUCGGACCAUCGGCUGGGUGAGGACUGCAGGGCCUGCUCCCUUCCAGGGCCUUUUCCAACUGGCCCAGGGGGCGUGGCCCAGGCCCUUUCUCCCAGCUAUAAAGGGACUCCUGCUGCGGGGAAGCCUCGGACCAUCGGCUGGGUGAGGACUGCAGGGCCUGCUCCCUUCCAGGGCCUUUUCCAACUGGCCCAGGGGACGUGGCCCAGGCCCUUAUUUGGAACAAACUUUUGGGGAAGUGUGGGAAGUGUUCUGCCAUUGUUUCCCUGUUCCAGGCGGUUAAUGUGUCUUAAAAUGUCCUCAUGCAGUCGGUGGCAAUAUCAAUUUUUAUUCCUUUUUUCCCUUUUUUCCUUUGUUGGGGGUGGGUGGGUGGGAUGGAUGGUUGGGGAUUAAUUUUAGUAUAAUUGUUCUGUUCUUUUUUGUUGUUGUUGUUUUAUUGGUUCUGUAUUGUUUGUGUUUUGUUUUUAAGGGGCGGGAUCAGGGCUGCCUGGGAGUGGCUCCCCAGCCAACACGAUGGCUGGGACAAGUUCCACAGGGGGGGGAAGCACUGGGACAUCCGAUCUCGGUGAUCAUGGGCAGGAGGCGGAGUUACGCUAAGACCAGACCAUGUCAUUACCGAGGAGGCAGGUUUAGUCGUUGUUUGAAGACUAUCCCUGCCUCCGGGUCUGGCCUUGACCGGAUGGAUACUGGAAUCAACAGGGGAAACCCACAUGACCUGAAAGUGUUGCUGUGCAAUGCCAGGUCAAUGAUGAAUAAAACCACUGCCAUCCACGACUUGAUUGUGGAUGGAGGAUUUGACCUGGCAUGUGUGACGGAGACCUGGUUGGAGGAAGCAGAUGGGCCUGUCCUUGCCGCUGCUUGCCCACCAGGUUUCUCUUACGCACAGCAACCCAGGUCAUGUGGGCGGGGAGGGGGGGUUGCAGUGAUUUUUAGGAAGUCACUAGCUUGCACCGGGCGUCCUACUGGGAAGAUCCAGUUCUCUGAGUGCAUGUUCUGGAAGUUGGGCAAUAGGGGCAGUACAGGAUUCCUUUUGGUGUACCGACCUCCCGCUGCACCAAGGAUUCCCUGUCCGAGCUGCUUCAGGUCGUGGCGGAUUUUCUCCUGGAGACACCUAGUUUGGUUGUCCUAGGGGAUUUUAACAUCCAUGCCGACACGACCUUACAAGGGGCCGCUCGGGACUUCGUGGAAAGCAUGGCCUCCAUGGGGCUGUCCCUGAAUAAGUUUGGCCCAACUCAUAGUCAUGGACAUGCCUUAGACCUGGUGUUCACCUCUAGUGACGUGGGUGAUCUGACACUAAGUAAAAGUGAAACAAAAGAAGUGCCAUGGUCAGAUCACUUCCUGGUGCAACUGGACUUCUCUGCGACCCUUCCUCUGCAGGGAGGUGGGACCACUUCGGCGGGUCCGCCCCCGCCACUUAAUGGAUCCAAAUGGUUUCCAGAGAGUGGUAGGGGAUGCUUUAGCCCAUGUUGAUGGCCUUUCAGCUGAUUCCCUGGUGGCCCGCUGGAAUGCGGAGUUAACCAGGGCUAUCGACUGUCUGGCUCGAGCGCCCUCUCCGAUUGCAUGGAGCCCGGACAGCCCCGUGGUUUUCUUCGGAGCUGAGGGUGAUGAAACAAUCGCUGAGACGGCUAGAGCGUCGGUGGCAGAAAACUCACUCCAAAUCUGACCGGACACAGGUUAGAGCUCAACGUCGAGCCUACCAAGUGGCGAUAGCGACGGCGAAGAAGAGUUUCUUCACCGCCUCUAUUGCAUCUGCAGAAAAUAGUAGCAGGAGACUCUUUCAGGUGGUUCGCAAUUUAACGGAACCACCUUUACCACCGGGGCAUUGUAAAGGCCCCAAGAUCUCCUGCAACGAUUUUGCAAAGUUUUUUGCAGAUAAAAUCACUCAUAUUCGGAAGGAGCUAGACACCACCGUGGGAGCAGGGCUGGGGCGGGAGAGUGCUAGAGCCCUGUCUGGUCAAGUUGCAUGGAAUCAAUUUCAAUCCGUUACCCCCGAGGAUGUGGACAGGCUGCUUGGACGCGUGAAAGCAACCACCUGUCUCCUUGAUCCUUGCCCAUCCUGGCUAAUAAAAGCAAGCCGGGAAGGGCUGGGCGAUGGGCUCUGCGGGGUGGUGAAUGCUUCCCUCUGUGAGGGAACAUUCCCAGAUCCGCUGAAAGAGGCGGUCAUUAAGCCGCUUCUUAAAAACCAUCUUUAGACCCGGCCAGUAUGGCCAACUAUCGCCCAGUCUCAAAUCUUCCAUUCUUGGGCAAGGUGAUUGAGCGCGUGGAUUGCUGAACAACUCCAGGCACGCCUGGAGGAUGCGGACCAUUUGGAUCCCUUCCAAUCGGGAUUCAGGCCUCACCAUGGGACUGAAACUGCCUUGGUCGCGCUGGUUGAUGAUCUCCGGCGAGCUAGGGACAAAGGUGAGAGUUGUUUCCUGGUUCUGCUGGAUCUCUCAGCGGCCUUUGAUACAAUCGACCAUAACAUCCUUCUGGACCGUCUAGAGGGGCUGGGAGCUGGGGGCACUGUUAUACAGUGGUUUCGGCUCCUUCCUCCUGGGCCGUGUUCAGAAAGUGGUGGUGGGGAUGAGUGUUCGGACCCCUGGGCCCUCACUCUGUGGGGUGCCUCAGGGUUCCGUCCUCUCCCCAUGCUUUUUAACAUCUAUAUGAAGCCGCUGGGAGAGAUCAUCAGGGAUUUGGACUGGGUGUCCAUCAAUAUGCAGAUGAUACCCAGCUCUACCUCUCUUUCAAAUCAGAACCAGUGAAGGCGGUGAAGGUCCUGUGUGAGUGCCUGGAGGCGGUUGGAGGAUGGAUGGCGGCUAAUGGAUUGAAGUUGAAUCCUGACAAGACAGAAGUAUUGUUUUUGGGGGACAGGGGGCGGGCUGAUGUGGAGGACUCCCUGGUCCUGAAUAGGGUAACUGUGCCCCUGAAGGACCAGGUGCGCAGCCUGGGAGUCAUUUUGGACUCACAGCUGUCCAUGGAGGCGCAGGUCAAUUCUGUAUCCAGGGCAGCUGUCUACCAACUCCACCUGGUACGCAGGCUGAGACCCUACCUGCCCGCGGACUGUCUCGCCAGAGUGGUGCAUGCUCUAGUUAUCUCCCGCUUGGACUACUGCAAUGCGCUCUACGUGGGGCUACCUUUGAAGGUGACCCGGAAACUACAAUUAAUCCAGAAUGCGGCAGCUAGACUGGUGACUGGGGCGGCCGCCGAGACCACAUAACACCGGUCUUGAAAGACCUACAUUGGCUCCCAGUACGUUUCCGAGCACAAUUCAAAGUGUUGGUGUUGACCUUUAAAGCCCUAAACGGCCUCGGCCCAGUAUACCUGAAGGAGCCGCCUCCACCCCCAUCGUUCUGCCCAGACGCUGAGGUCCAGCGCCGAGGGCCUUCUGGCGGUUCCCUCAUUGCGAGAAGCAAAGCUACAGGGAACCAGGCAGAGGGCCUUCUCGGUAGUGACGCCCGCCCUGUGGAACGCCCUCCCAUCAGAUGUCAAAGCGAUAAAUAACUACCUGACAUUUAGAAGGCAUCUUAAGGCAGCCCUGUUUAGGGAAGCUUUUAAUCUGUGGUAUUUUACUGUAUUUUUUGUUUCUAUGGAAGCCGCCCAGAGUGGCUGGGGAAACCCAGCCAGAUGGGCGGGGUACAAGUGAUAAAUUAUUAUUAUUAUUAUUAUUACUGUGAAUCUGGGCCCUGAUCUGACAUAUGGCUCAGGGGUGUUAAACUCUUGUGUUCCUGUCACUGUCAAGAUACUAGGACAAAUCUUCCUGUACUUCUUUUAUAAAAUUAAUUGGAGUUCUUUAAGAAGACACCUGUUGUAAAGAGUUACAGUGGUAUCUCAGGUUACAUACGCUUCAGCUUACAUAUGCUUCAGGUUACAGACUCCGCUAACCCAGAAAUAGUUCUUCAGGUUAAGAACUUUGCUUCAGGAUGAGAACAGAGAUCGUGCUCUGGUGGCGCGGCGGCAGCAGGAGGCCCCAUUAGCUAAAGUGGUGCUUCAGGUUAAGAACAGUUUCAGGUUAAGUACGGAGCUCCGGACCGAAUUAAGUACUUAACCCGAGGUACCACUGUAUAUGGUUACAUGCCCCUGAAUAGCAUAUAUUAGUUUUAGGCUUUCUGGAUACAUCUGGUUGGCCAUGUUAGGAAACAGGAUACUGUGCCAAAUAGGCCUUUGGUCUGGUAUAGCAGCGCUCUCCUUAUAUUCAGAUGAUAAUAAUAAUAAUUUAUUAUUCGUACCCCACCCAUCUGCCUGGGUUGCCCCAGCCACUCUGGGCGACUUCCAGCAUAUAUAAAGGCAUAAUAAAAGAUUAAACCUUAAAAAGCUUCCCUAUAUAUGGCUGCCUUCUGAUGUUUCCUAAAUGUUAUAUAAUUACUCAUCUCCUUAACAUCUGGUAGGAGGGCAUUCCACAGGGUGGGCACCACUACCAAGAAGGCCCUGUGCCAGAUUCCCUAUGAGACAUUCUUAGAGGCUAUUUGGAUACUAUUUCAUUCUCAUCAUUAAGAAGAAACACUGGGCAUAUCUGGUGCCCUUAAUCCAUUGUUGUUGUUUAGUCGUUUAGUCGUGUCCGACUCUUCGUGACCCCAUGGACCAGAGCACGCCAGGCACUCCUGUCUUAAUUCAUUAGCGGAAGGAUUUAUACUUGUGCAAUGAAAUGUUGUCUCCCCAAAUCUGCUCCAGAGGAUGGGGGGGGGACCCAGAACAGAUUGGGGGGCAAAGAGGGAGGAGAUGUGGAAAAGUUAUGUUGUGCAACUGUAAAUCAUUGUGCUGAUGGAACUACUUUGGAUACAAUCCACUUUUAGGCUAUUCUACUCCUUUUGCACCACUUACUUGCUUUCAGUUCUAGAUUGCUCUUUCUGUCUUAAUUCCUUAACCUGGCCUCUGAUAAUCUGGCAAUGCCCCCUAUCAGGUUUUUACUCUCAAAUCUGUGUCAUCAUGCUUUGAGAGUAUCUUGGUACUUGUAUCCUGGAAGGGAAAUUGAUCAAGAUUUCAGCUCGUCGCAUGGUGUCCACAUGCCCCACCUCAUGAGUAGUCAGCUAUACUAAGGCAGAAAGAAAAGAGAGACAAGUGAGUCACAUAAACUAGAUUGUGUGCAUGUGUUUGCAUUAAGUUAAAUAUUUUGCCCUUUAAAUGCUAUUUUGUAUACUACUGAAUAACACUGCUGAAUAACAUAUGCUGGGGACAAACAACAAGGAGGGGGUGUUGCUUUCAUGAAUGGCUUGUUGUGGAGUUCCUGGAAGCAUCUGUUUGGCCAGUGUUUAGGAAAGGAUUCCGAAGUAGAUGGAUAUAAGAAAGAACUUGAGCAAAACCCUGUUGGAUACCUACUCUACUCUAGCAUUGUGUUUCAACAGUGGCCAAGCAGAUGCUUCUGGGAAACCAUCUCUCAUUGUUUACCUCCCAGCAACUGGCAUUCAGAGGCACAUUCCCAUUUAUUCCAUUAGCCUGCAGGCUAAUACCCAUCAACAGACCUGUCCCCCAGAACUGUAUUCAAUUCUAUAAAUUAAUUAUGUAUUCAUCCAGCUUAAAUAUGCUGCCAACCCACUUCAUUGGGUAGUGCAUGAGUUCUAAUAUAUUUUUAAACAUAUUUUUUAAUAAAGCUCUAACAUAAUACUCACAAGCUGUCUUUUUUUCAAAAGUGACACUUUGGCAUAGAAAAGAAAUAUCCCACCACCUCUCUCUCUCAUCUGAUCCAACUGGAUUCUUGCACUCUUAAAUUAUUGCCCCUUUCCUUUAAGGGUCCUAUGUUGUAGUACAGCUAUUUUUCCUUCUAUGGUCAUGGUUGAAUAAGACAUAGCAUGGCAUUAAUUGUUGCUGGACCAAAAGUUACACUUAUAAUGGGCAGGCUGCUUGGAAUGGGGUGCCAUGUUGAGUGCUUUCUGCCAGAGGUUCCCUGCUCCUGGCAUAGAAACUCACAGUGUGAUAGUAGUGAUCCAUGUGAUAAGUAGUUCUUACUGUGGUUGUUGUUGUUAACAUUUAUUUAUAUAGCACCAUCAGCGUACAUGGCUACAUACACAAUUUAAACAGGAAAUUCUACCCCAAAGGGCAUACAGUCUGAAAACUGUGCUGUCCAGAAUGGAGAUAAAUGUAAACCAGCCACUAUGUUGAUUAAUAUCCUUAGUCAGUUAAAUGUGUGCUCUGACCCUUAAAAAGGAAAGAAUGUGUUUAGGUACAUUAAGUGCUUCAAUUACAGUACUUUUCUUUUGUCUACUCAGUGCACUACUACUUGAGAAGGGACUAUAACACAAAACUGUGCCAAACCUAGUUUGUUCAGCAACUGUUACAAAUGUGUUUUCACAUCAUUAUCUUUCUCACUUUUGCAGUCUAAACAAGUGUAUUCACUGUUUCUACAGAAAUGAAAAGCAUAUUGUGCUUUAGUUCAUGUUUCCUUGACUAAAGAAAGAUACUGUUACAUAAUGGCUUUCAUGUGGACUCCCUCCCCCUUUUAUUCCGAUUAUAUGAAGUCAAGGUACCACAGCAAACUUUCUGCUGUAAAUCAUAUAUAUCUAUUUCCUCUUGAAAUGCCUAGACCCAUUUGGCAUUCCUUUAAUCCAGAACACUAGCACUUGCAAUAAACGAACCCAUUCAUCACAAUGGUUUUGGAACUAUUGUUGGCAGUAAGUACAGAGUAAAUUAUAUGAUUUUUUGUGUGUGUUGCCGGGAAGCUCUAAUGCAUUGCAUUAACAUGCUACCUUGGAGGAUUUUUUUUAAAAAAGAAGGAAAUUACAUAAAAGGAUUUUGAUUUAGUUUGUUGGAGCAUUUGUAUUCUUUUGUAGGCAGAAGCUUUUCUGCCUUGCAAGCUCCCAGACAGCACAUAAAACAAGCUCUUUUUAUAUAUAUUUCCUAUGUGCCCUGCCAAUAUAGGAUUCUUUGUUGCAAUUGUGUUUGGCAGUCACUGAAGAAUUUACUUUCGCUUUUGGUGAAAGGGGAGUCGAUUUUUUAUCCUGCAAUACUAUUAAAUAUUGCUGGUCCCAAGUCCAAAUAGCUUGCAAACAUCAUCAUAGUCUUCAUGAGAGCAGCCCUGUGUUCUUUAGUUUCUUGUAGCUAGAAGCAAAAGGUGACUUGGAUGAAUGUAGAGAAGGAAGAAAACAAGACAGGGAGCUUGGCAACAGUGUGUAGCAGUAAAGUUGCUGGGAACAAUCAUGUUGGAAGUGCAACAGCUGAGAUCAUUCCAUGUGUGACUUAAGGGUUAAAUUCUGCUAUCAAGAAGUCAGUUAACCAAGAAGGGAUGGUGGAGCAGCCAAGCAAAGUGGUGCGAUUUUUGCUAAGGAAGCACACGACUGGAUUGGCUGUGUCGUUCUGAGAUUAUUUUCCUUUGCUGUAAAGCUAUUGGAGGGCUCAGGACUGCCAGAAGAGGAGUUCACUCUUGGGUACUCCUGGACCCAGCUUUGCUACUUAGGAAACUGGUGGUGACCAUUGUGUAUGUGGAGAAGGGCUUUUAACAGUUAGGUCAGCUCUGUUUCCUUCUGAAAAUCAAGCAUCUUGCCACUCUCAUCUGUGUCUUUGAAUAAAAGCAAGAAAUUUCACACAGAGAGAAAGAUAGCAAUCCUGAAGCAGCUGUGGCCAGACAUACGCAGUGGACUCUUUUCCCUAUGAAGGGACAGGCAAAUGUUUGGUAGGAUUUUAAGCACCAUUAAAUUUCUGUGGAAGAAUGAACUCUUGCCUAUGGAAAUCACUGAGAAAUAAAAGGCUAAGGUUUGGCUGGGAAGUCGGGAAUCAUGUAGAAACACAAGAGGACACCUGUUGUUUAUCUUCAUGAUUCAUUGCUCUGGCAUGGUCUCCUUUCAGUCAACCUCUACAUGGCACAUAUAAUUCUAUUAAGUCUUCAUAUUCACUGUGACUGGACUGUUCAAUCACUCCUAAAGGAGAAAUGCACCUCAAUUAUCCGGUCCUCAGAGGAAGCUGCCUGUCACAAAUUUUUAGCUUUAGCUUGCUUGCUUCCAAUCAUGGUGUAGGCUCCUCUGAGGAUGGGUAAUAUUUACACCUUGUAAAAGUAAACCACCCUACGUGUAACAGUGAUUGUGCUUUCCAUCUCAAAACAGAAAAAGUGUGCCUUGCUUAUCAGAAGUCUGAGAAACAAUAUAAUCUUCCUUACGUUCACAAGUGCAGAAGAGAGAGGCAAAUGGAUAUAUAAUAAAGCAUUUAUUGAUUGUAAGACUGUUUGUUACUAAACAAGACGAAUGUAGUCCAUACGUUAUGGCAGCCUCAUGUCUCUAGCAUUCAUUUUUAGCAUUACUCCCUCUCAGGGGUUUCAUGUUCUUUAUUAUACUAUUCAAUUACUCAAGCACCAAUUUGCUCUUUUGAUAUUGUGGCCCAUUGUUUUAAUAGGUGUUGUCCCUUGUAGUUCAUUUUCCUGGGCAAUCAAGGGCUGUACAACACACAUUGAUCACUCAAUUGCCUAUCAAAAAUAUGCUAAGAUCAAGAAGCUUAAUUAGCUGGAAUGAGAUUUCUGAUGAAGCUCAAUUUCAGAGGCAGCGGAGUGCCUCAUUUCCUUAAUAUGCAGUUUUCAAAUCAUGUCCUCCUCCAUUUUGUAAUACUGUAAAGUAAGUAGCAUGGAGAUUGGACUUCAUUCAUUAUUAUCAUUGACAAGGAUGAUAUUAUCUUAAGUCAGAAGUAGGGGAACUUUGUCUGUUUGAGGGCCACGUUCCCUUGUGGACAAUCUUUUUUAGGUGUUGGGACCAUAAAGUAGGCAGAGCAACACAUGCAAAAUUUGCCCUUAUAAAGUAGGCUACUUUCUGCAGACAAGCCUUAUUCUGUAGCUAAGUGUUAUCAGAGUUCACGGACACAAUCCAGCCAAGGAGGUCACGAAGCAGGGUUUGGCUUUUUUGCAACUCUGGGUUCUGGGGCAGACAGAGAGGUUGAAUAUAUGUGUAUGUUUAUAUAUUAUAUACAGUAUAUUAAUUCCUGAAUAUGAAUUUCUAUUCAAAGGUUCUUAUAUAUAGAAAGAAAUAGAAACUUGCCAAGCGUAAGACAUACUCUGUCUUUUGGUAUUUAGUAAUAGUGUGUAUUGUGUAGCUGGAACAUUAAACCUUAUGCUCUUUGAUGAAGGAUAUUGAGCAUUUAGGCAUAUAUUAACUUCUGCUCUUUGAUGUCUGUAUCAAAUGUGAGAUCAGCCACCAACGCUAUAUUAAUCUCAUGAACAAGUCUGAAGGGAAAUAACCCAAAUGUCCUUUUUAAAAAUAGCCUUUUUAAGAAUAAUGAGAACAAUGUUUUCAAACAUUUUACAUUUUACUGUUAGAGAAAUGCAAUGCUGUAUGCUUUAAAAUUCUUAUAACACCACUCCCACACUUCAGUUUAUCCAUUUUGAUAUCAUUAGUAGUUUAGCCCUGAGAACUUUGUCAUUGAUUUCAAUGAGAGGUGAAUUGCACAUGAGAGUGCAUUUAAAAUGCCAAAAAAUGCUUUGUGUUAAGAAGGGGUAGUAGUGGUGAAUUUUCAGUAAUUCUGCAUGUGAUAUGCUGUAGGCUAUUGUAUUUUUUAUUCAAUGAAUUUAUACAUAGCCUUUACAUUUUUUAAAAAAUUGUAUCUUCUUUAAUGCCCCCCGGUGAUAGCCAACCAUGUAUGAAUAAGAUUUGAUAUCACCCAACUUCAUUAAAAUACAAUACAAUUAUAAUACAAUACAAUACAAUUAUUAAAUACAAUAAAAUGCAAUACAAUACAAUUACCAGUUACAAUCUCACUAAACCAUCAGAACACAGCACAGAUCAAUGAAACAACAAUGAAUAUCUCAAAAGUAGCACUGAAAUUCAUUACAUCAAAUAGUUUUAACCUGUCACCUAAAACAAUUCAGAAUGGGUGCCAGACAAAUGUCGCUUGGAAAGGUAUUUUGCUACUAGGGUACAGAAAACUCUCUCCAGUUGCCACAUGUCUGACUUCUGAAGUUUGGACUCAAGACAAAAGGUAUCAAAAGAAGAUAUUGGUUAUUGGACAGAUUCAUAUGGGAGCAGAUAAUCCUUAGUUACCUAGUUCCCAUGUUGACAGGAACAUACAAAAGCAAACUGAGUAAGACAUUGAUGCUCAAGCAAGUCUUCACUGGAAAAACAGUUUAUUCUCCUUCCCCUCCAGGUUUAUCAAAGAGCUAUUCUGGGUGAGUGGGGGUCUGUUCAGGGUUGUUGUUGUUGUUAGAGUUUGUGUGUGGCCACCUAUGCUGAGGUUGCAAAAUGCAGUUCACCUGCAUGGUGAACCAAUGAACUGCAUAUUGCAGCCAUUGCAUAUGCCAUUUAGUAAUUUAUUUCUGGUACCCCACCCCUCUGACUGGGUUGCCCCAGCCACUUUGGGCAGCUUCCAACAGAGUGGAAAAGAACACGACACAAUAUCAAACAUUAACAGCUUCCUGAAACAGGGCUGCCUUCACAUGUCCCCCCCAAAUCACAUAAUUGUUUAUCUCUUUGGCAUCUGGCCCGAGGGGAAUCCACAGGGUGGGUACAACUACCUGCUAAAUUGGAGCUCCAGGAGCUCCUGGUAACAUGGCCCCCAUAGAAAGGAAAUAGCCUCUUUUGGGGACAGCAGAUUAUGGACUCCAGUACAGCAGAAGAGCCACCCAAUCAUUGUGAGUUUGGCACUAGUAGACCAGAUUAUCUGAGUUAUCUGAAGAGCCAACCUUUCAAUUGCCCAAGACUCCAUAUUCAUUUAUUCUCUCUUGACUGAAACAACAAUAGACUCUCCAGAAGAUGACAGAACUCCAGAGGUGUACUAGAUUAAAGGCCAGCUGUGGGUUAAACCACAGAGCCUAGGGCUUGCCGAUCAGAAGGUUGGCGGUUUGAAUCCCCACGAUGGGGUGAGCUCCUGUUGCUCGGUCCCUACUCCUGCCAACCUAGCAGUUCGAAAGCACGAAGUGCAAGUAGAUAAAUAGGUAGCGCUCUGCCGGGAAGGUGACCAGCAUUUCUGUGUGCUGCUCUGGUUCACCAGAAGAGGCUUAGUCAUGUUGGCCACAUGACCCGGAAGCUGUAUGCCGGCUCCCUCGGCCAGUAAAGUGAGAUGAGUGCCGCAACCCCAGAGUAGUCCGCGACUGGACCUAAUGGUCAGGGGUCCCUUUACCUUUAUCUUUAAGGGAAUGGUAUUUUGACAUGCCACAGGCCUAUCUAUGUUCUUCUCCAGAGAUUUACAGAACAGGGUGGUGGUUUUUUCCUUAUAAGGAGCUGUCCAUAGUACUGAAGUUCAUGUAUCUGGUCAACUUCCUGCCUUACCGCUUCUUUUCCUUGUCAUACUUCACCUUUGGUCCAGGUAUCUGCUUUCAAGUCACUGCUGAUUGCUGCUUCCAGGUGACGUCUAUCUCUGCCCAGUCCCUGAGGAUUGUGAUUAGCAGGAGUGGCUGUUUGUGUACCCCAAAUAACCAGGCAACUAGGGUUGAUUUGGGGUGGCUUUUCAGGUUACGAAGUCAGAUUGUGCCAUUAACAAGGCAUAUUGAAAUGGAGCAGAGACUACCUAAUCUUCUCAGUUGCCUCCUUUCUUCAUAAGCUUAAAUGCAGUCAUUUCCCACUACCUUUAAUUUUUUUGUGAAUCGAAACCAAGCUGACUGGGGAAACACCCAGAGCUCAAGAGCGAAGGGGAUGGAGAGGUUUGCAUACCUUUCAUUUUGAUGGACUGGUGCCACUUUUAAUCACAGUGCACUCCAAUCACCAUGAUUUAGGGAAGAGAUGUUGAAGUAAGCAUGUGGGUCAUCAUUCUGCUGCAAGUUUUGGGUGUGAGUGUAGGGUAAGCAUUGGAGUUAGAUUAUUGGGGCGGCCUGCUUCUUCUCCUUUCCUUUCAAACUUGAAGGAUUAUUCUCCAAAUAACAACAGAAAGAAAGUGGAAAUGUGCGGAAGUUUUGGAAUUAUGGAGUCUGAAUCAGCCAGGAAACUGGAUGGCUUUUUCGUGUAUUGAACAAAACCCACAGCCUUUUGUUCAUGGUAACCUCAUCAGAGGAACAAGAGGGUUCUUGAUGGAACAUUAGUGUUCCGGGACCUGCUUGACCAUCAGUAAAGCAAUAGAUGGUUAGCUUGUGUGUUCGAAAUUUAUUCCCAUCCCUCAUAAUCACCCAGAUGGAUUUUAAAAGAAACACAGGUUCCUUUAUUUGCUUUCUGAACCAUUAGGCCCUAUUGAAGUCAUAAUUUUAUGCCUUUGUCUGCAACCAAAAGAGCUGGAAACUUUUAAAAAGACACUGGAGUGUCCUGCUAUUUUCAGUUUUUUCAGAAAUUCAUCUCGCUGGCAGUCUUCAAAGACAAGUGAACUAAAAGUGGAACAGCUUUCCUAGCCAAACAAUAAAUUGGCACAAGUACCCCAGCAAUCACCCUGCUUUCUAGUGAUUCCAUCUGAGCCCAUCUGUUUUCAGAAACAGAGGCAAACUUAGCUGCUCCUGAAAUGUUGAAAAAAAGAUUUUUGAAAGGAAAGACAAAACAUUCUGUACUCUAGUCUUCUGCAUGGAUAAUGUGACACUUAAAUUAUUCUUUCUAGUUAGACUGCUGUAUCCUCAGGAGGUUAAUGGGAAGUUUUAUUUUUAAAUAACUGACAACUACAUCAGCAAAAAUGAUUUCAGAGCUUCAGACAAUGCAUUAGUCAUAAUUGUUAGAAAUUAUAAAAGAGGGAGUUCAGUACACUGAAAGCAUCUCAAACUUCACAUUGAAAAUCAUAUGCAUUUUGUAACAAGGAUGUCUAUGAGUUACUUCAUUCAGUUGUUCAUUUAGGACAGUUCUGUUAGGCACACAAGGCACACAAGGCUGUGUGACUAGGCCAUGCCCACCGGCCACUCAAGUAAUGACAUAGGACAUCAAGCCCAGGACAGACAACUGCAAAGGAACAGUCAGGCACCUCCUGAUUAUUCCUUUUCAGAUGUGGCUUGCAUUCAGCAUUUAGCGCCAAUACAAGCCAUACUGCUUGUAACAGGCAUCAGAUCUGCUAUGGAAGUUGGAUUGGAAGGUUUAGCUACUUUUGGAUCUGGCUCUCUGCCUGAAAGUGGUCUCCCACCUCCCUUACAGACUGGACAGGACACAGGGGAGACAAUUCCAUACGGACAAUAAAGAACAUUCUGCUCUUAGAUUUUAGAAGGUUAAAUCACCUGAAAAGCAAUGACAAACCUAGACAGCAUCUUAAAAAGUAGAGACAUCACCUUGCCAACAAAGGUCCGUAUAGUAAAAGCUAUGGUUUUCCCAGUAGUGAUGUAUGGAAGUGAAAGCUGGACCAUAAAGAAGGAUGAUCGCCGAAGAAUUGAUGCUUUUGAAUUAUGGUGCUGGAGGAGACUCUUGAGAGUCCCAUGGACUGCAAGAAGAUCAAACCUAUCCAUUCUGAAGGAAAUCAGCCCUGAGUGGAAGGACAGAUCGUGAAGCUGAGGAUCCAAUACUUUGGCCACCUCAUGAGAAGAGAAGACUCCUUGGAAAGCACCCUGAUGUUGGGAAAGAUGGAGGGCACACAAGGAGAAGGGGACGACAGAGGACGAGAUGGUUGGAUAGUGUUCUCGAAGCUACCAGCAUGAGUUUGACCAAACUGCGGGAGGCAGUGGAAGACAGGAGUGCCUGGCGUGCUCUGGUCCAUAGGGUCAUGAAGAGUCGGACACGACUAAAUGACUAAACAACAAAAAUCACUUGAAGCAGGCUUUGUACUUACAUUUGCCCCUAUUAUUUACAUUUGAAUCCACUUGUACAUUAUAAACUCUCUAGGCAGCUACUAUUGUAUAGAAUGGCUAAUAUGCUUUCAGAAAGUUAUUCUCAUAUAUGUUUAUUUAAAUAUAUAUUUGAACUCCGAUCAUUCAUCCCAGUUUUUAGAGAGUAGCAGCAUAUCUGUAAAGAAAAUAUUUUCCAGAAUAAAGUGUACGUGUGUGUUUGUAUGUGUGGACAUAAAUAACUUUAGUACUGGAUUCUGGGACUUCCGGGUCAGCGGCAUUGGAGAAUGGCGGAGUUCCUCCGACCGGAGGAAUGGGCUCCAUGGAAAUUGGGUCUUCCCGCCACGGUGAAGGUGGGGACCCGCUAGAAAUCCCAGGCGGAGGAAGCCUGGGAACGUGGGGUUCGGCAGGGCACCAGAAGCACCCCCCUACUCGCGGGGAAUCCCAUCUAGGGGCUCCGGAGCGAAGUGGGGUGAGAAGCGCGGUGCUACGAACUGACUGCUACUUUCACGGAGUGAAGCCGCACAGCCAUUGCCAGAGAGCGCUGACUUUUUCCUGUGGACAAUUGGACUUAAAACAAGUACCUGUGAGUAGAAACGGAAUAUUGGAUCAAGAAAUUGUAUUAAUUUGGUAUCGAAGCGGGAAGGUGCAAACAGGAAGUCCGCCUUCCGCUUUUUUGUAUAUAGACUAAAGCAAAAAAAUUGCAAGCUAAAGCCGGGAAGCUGUUAAAAAAGACUAAAUUUCCUACAUUUAGAAUCACUGAAACCCCCCUUGGAAGCAGGAGAAAAGGGGGGGGGACUCUGUUUAACCCCAGCAGGAGAGGGAGUGAAGAAGGAUAAGUUUCCACCGUCUCUAACCUGGGAACGGGGUGUCAGAGACAGAAACUGUUGGAGAGGUUCAUUGACUGUGAACGUAACACUUUGACAGAUAGCUAAUGAAGAGAAACAAGUUGAUUCUAAUGUUGCCUUUUGCAUUUUAAAGAAACAAAAUACCUGAAAAACAUCUGAAAUAUCUGAAAAAUGAAAGUAACUUUCCUGUCUUCAAAAAAAAAAUAAAAAAUGGAUACAAGUAGAUUGUCUCCUCUAGAGGGAGCUUGCUAAAUUGUUGCUGCAGCAUAUUUGAGACCCAACAUCUGUGAGAUUAAGACUGUGGGAACAGUCUUUUCUGACCUUGAACAAAGAUGAGCUGGGAGAAAGACUGGGUGCUUGCUUUAUGCAAGACAAAUGCUUUGCUGGAACAGAUGCAUGAGAAGAUGGACUUGAUGAAUGAGAAAAUGGAUUUGACUGUUGUGGUUAAUAACAUUGAUACAGAAAUCAUCCAAGAACCAACCUAUCAAUCUGUACUGACUGGGCAAGUGCAGAUGACAAUGGAGGAGGAUGCGGCUGCACCUCAAAUAGUACAAAUGGAGAGACCCGAGGCCCUACAGGAGCAUAAACCGCUGUUAUUGAAGAUUGAAGUUGGAGUGGGCCAAGGGGAGUCUGGAGAUGAGGAGGUUCCUAGCUUUGGAGAGACCUUGAAAUUUGAUUUUAAAUACAUUUUGGAUUAUAUCGAGGACUGUGGGGAGUGGGACUGUGGGGAAUGGGCGAGCUGGAUGAAGGGUGAUGGAGACAAUUUUGGGUUGGAAUCCCCCAGAGACCUACUCCUCAAUGAGAAAGGAAAGAAACUAAGACAGAGACCAACAAAAGACAAGGAAAAGGGCAAGCACAAACAAGAUGAAGAAGAAUUGCAGAAGGGACAUGGAAGAGAUUUAAGGGCCUCGGACAUAAGGCUUCCAGGUUGAUGGACUAGAUGGAAUGGACAAUAAGGACUGACAUGACCCGAGACCAGGAAGAAGAGACGCUGGAUGAUGAUUGGAAGAGAAUUUAUAAUGGAAAUUUUUUAUUUUAGAAUCAGCUAAUGAAUAUUAGGGAAAAUGUGGGAAUGAAACUAUACGACUCUAGCAGAAAUGAUAUCAGGAGCUAUGUAUAUUUGAAAACUAAGAUUUAAGUUCUAAGGUACUUAGGGGUAAGAUAAGGUUAAAUAAAUUAAGGUAAUCUGAAUAACAGAAUAUGGGGAAAGAUGGUAAGGAUUUGUUGAGUUAAUUAUUAGGUUAAAUUGUUAAGAUAAAUUUUAUAACAAAAAUUGAGAAAGAUGGAAAGAAUUUGCUGAAAUAAUUACUAAACUAGAACACAAAAACGGAGGUGUGAGGAGGUCAAUGAAACAAGCAAAUGGAAAUUAUGGAUAUGCAAUUUGGGAUUUGUGUUUUUUUCUUCUUCUUUUUUACUUUCUUUUGCUGUAUUGUCGUAUUGGUUUUUAUAUUUUGUGCUUUUCUCUUUUUUAUUGUUUUCUUUUUUGUAUUGUAGUGUUGUUUUUUAUUUUUUAUUUUUCUUGUAAUUCUGAAAUUAUCAAUAAAUAUUAUUUUAAAAAAAACUUUAGUACUGGAUUCUGUAUCAUUAAUAAACCAAAAGAGGUUCAAUGAAAGAAGUUAGAUUGCCCUUGCUGUUGUAUGAUGCGCAUGUACAAAUGUUUGGGUCUUCAGUACAAAAUCCCAAACAACUGGCAUUUCAAUCACUUAGCAUCAGCUACAGACUGACUUCUACGCUACAAAUUAAGGUAAAAUUGAGUGUACUAUGAGAAAAUGUCAUACCUCAGGGGGGGGAAAGGAAGCUGAACUCUCACCAAAACAUUGUUAUAAAGAGGAGGAGGAAUUUAAUUACAAGAGCUUGUUGUUUAUGAGCUCUGGCAGUCUGAAAAUUGCGCAGCCCUCCAUCAGUAACCUUUUGAGCUUAUGUCUUUAGCAAUACAUGGGAAAGCCACUUGUAUUUUGAAAAGGUAACAUUUUCUUUGAGUGCAUUUGAGGGCACAGAAGAAUUAGAGUCCAGAGCAAUAGUCUUGCUCAUUGUUACUUCCAGCAACUGUGAUGCCAACUUUCUCCAAUCAGAUGCAAUAGAGAAGCAUGACACCACUAUAUAUACAAGUAACCCAAGAAUCAAAAGGAAAUGGGAGUGCCUUAAUAGUGUGCGGCACUAAAUCCCUAUCACCUUUUUAUUCUGUGAGUUACUUCUGCCCAAAGGCACCACCAAAAACACCUGAACUCCAUUUUAUUACAAAAAUUACUAUUAAAACUUACAGAAGGUAAUCAAGAAACAGGCCUCAGAGGCACCAUAUGACUAAGAACUCUGAGAAUUAGAUUGCUCAAGAUCUGGACCAAGUUACCUGAGAAACCACCUUCCCCUUUAUAGACCUUAGAUCACCUAGGGAAAUUGUGCUUUUGGUACCACACCCUACAGAAUUUCCAUGUUGAAAGAAGACAUGGACAAACAGUUUGCAAGGGCGGAGCCCAUACACUUUGCUUUGCAUGUUAUUGCAAUGUGAUAAGGAGUGCCAGCGCUUUUGGAGUUUUUCAGAGACCCAUUGAGUGCAAAGCCAUCUAUACAAAUGGUGUGAAUAUAGAUUGUUGAGCAUGCCCCCUCCUCCAACUGUACAGUAAUUUGGGGAGAUGUAACUUUCUGUCAUCUCCUGGAUGUGUGACCAAGCAGUCUGCAGAGUUUAUGAAUAGUUCCUGUGGCAUAGCCAACUGGUUCUUUAGCAACAACAAAAUAAGGGGUCAGUUCAGGAUGUUCAGUUCAAGAUCUGGCCUGAACUCAGGUAUGGGAUGGUGACAGAGAAGAAAGGUGGUAUCCAAAACAAAGCAAGUCUAAUAACAUCUCAUUCUAAAUCCAGGAGGCUUUGCACAUUGUCUUGAAAUAUAACAGUCCAGAUUGUCAGUGACAUUUUCACGUUCCAUUAUAACAGCAUAAGUGGUGGUACUGGGGAAACCCUGAAGGAACAGUUCAGAAAUUGGCAAGUAUCAUGUCACUAAAUUCAAGCUGCAUUAAGUGCAGAUACUGGCCUCAUUAAUUUCAAAGGGACUUAAUGUGUUUUUAAUCUCUAGAGUGUGGCUUUUGACUUCUGUUUGCUUUUAUUAGCAACUUUAGUUGUGAAAAUGCCUGGACCCUUUUAAAUCAGGAACCAUCAGAGAAGGAAUUUUGUAAAUGGAAGGUACAUGUUUUCAAUUUGCCAUCGAGGGGAGACCUGAAAAAGAAACAGUAUGACUGCUGAUUAAUUUUUCAUAUGAUCCUGGAUGCUAUACAGAAUAGAAAAUAGGAUUUAAAAACACACUGGCGUGGAUCCAGAGAUGUUUUGCAGGAGCAGAAAGGCUCUUUGCUUGCACAAGGCAGCCCUGCUGACUUUCCUCAGCCUGCUGCAACCCUUCCAUGCCCCAUCACACACCAUUCCAGAGGGUCCCUUGGCAAUGUGUGAGUGGCCACCCUACUCAAUGGUAGAGCCAAUACCAGCUGGUGAGGCUGUGUGGGUGCAGCUACAUUGCCUUCCUGACUUCCCAAUGGUGCACAUUGCUGCUACUUACCAAGAUGGGGAAGGGCAAGACAGUGGGGAACUUGGUGUGGUGCAGCUGCAACCAUGGAGCCAAUCCAGUGCUUUCACCUGCUGUGCCCACAUCACACGGAGCUCCCCCACUGCCUUGUCUUUCCUCCUUUUCUUCUUGUUAACUGGUAGCAUUGUGCAGCAUUGAGAAGCUGGGUCUUCAACGCAAUUCACACCACCUCGCUGGCCACUACUGCAAAGCACCUUUGGCAAGCUAUCUCCACAAUAAAUUUAUUGUAGUUUAUCAAAAUCUGUAACCCUGGUUCUUUCUAUUUAAGGUCAGACAAUGCAACUUUGAAUAGUGAAUGCUUCAUAAUUCACGUUGCUUUAUUUUUUUAUAAACUUUGGCGAAAGAUACGUUCUUGCUAAUCUCCGUUUCAGCCAAUGACUGAAAAUUCAACAAUUAGACUAAUUUAUUUAAGUGCAGUAAUUACUAUAAAGAGAUUCACUUUGAAGUGAUUAAAGCAGCAGUCUGACACCUCCUUUCUAAACUUAAUGAAUCAUGAAAAUAAAUCAAAUGGGUUUUAAGUAAAAAUGCCCGUGCGUUAUCUGCUCCCAACUUUAAUGAAGUGACCAUAAAAAUCAGUAUCUUAUUAUGAACCAACGCACAUUGGAUACACGAGUGGCUUCAUCAAGAAUGUUACUGUGUGCCUUUGUCUACACUUGCAUGUGCACGCACAAGUAUUCAUGUACCCAAACAAAACAUGUAUUUUCAGGUCUUGAGCUCAGAGUUGCUGCAUGCAACAGAACCAAGGAAACUUAAAAUAGCACUAGUUAUCAGGGAAUUAGCAAGCAGAUAAGAGACAAGUAUUAGAAUAAAAGAAUUAACAAGUUUAUCGCAAAAACAGAAAGAGAGAGUGAUUGAUAUGUAUGGUGUUAAGAAAUAAAAGAAUGCAAUCAUCUUGUACUGGCAACUUUUACUGCAAUGCACCCUGUGUGGAUUACUGCAUUGAGGCAUCUCUUGUGCUUGGUCUAGGAACUGCAACUUGUGCAUUAUGCUGCAGCAAAAUUGCUGACAGGCAUGAGACCCUGUCAGCAUAUUACACCUCUGCUCCAUUUGCCUGCACCAGCUGCCAGUUUGUUACCAGGCCUGAUUCAAAGUGUUGCCAUCCAUAUAUAAAGCCCUUAGGAAGAAACCUAGGAAGCUACCUUAUACCUUAGAUCUAAGAGUUGAUUGCUGAUCCUUUGGCUGUUAAACCUUUGGCUGUUUCAGCCAGUUUUAAUCUACUGAUGGCUUUGAUUUGUUGGUAGCGAUUGAUUGCUGUCAUAUUGUUGUUGUUUUACUUUAAAUAUAUUGCAUGUUCCUUUCAAUUACAUUUGGAAAAAAGCAGAAUAUAAAUAAAUAUAUAAAAUAAUAAUAUUUCAAAUAAUAAAUGCAAAAAACAUCAGCGCAAAUGGCUAGCUGCAACACCAAGAUCGUGUGUGUGUGUGUGUGUGUGUGUGUGUGUGUGUGUAUCCCCACCCACCCACAUAUAGCAGCCUCAAAUUGUACAAAAGAGAAAUAUUAGCUCACAUUACUUUUAGAAAUGAGUUUCCACACUUAUCAUUAUGCCUGCACCCUGGGAUAUACAUAUAUGCAUGAUUUGAAAGUGUUAGUGAUCACUUCAUUCUACCACUCUUGCAAGUUUCACGUAGUAAUCUUAUUACUGCAGUGGAGGGAGAGACUGGCAAUCAUUCUGCUGACUUGACUAAAACUGUCACUUGCAUUAAUCCUCAGUUUGAACGUGCACUAAAAACAGAACAGCGACAGCUGAAAUUUUUCUUUUAAAAGCCCUUUCCAUCUAAAUUUAGAAACGCCUGUGUCGAGUCUCACAGGGAUCAUUACACAUACUGCCAGGGUGUCCAUAAAUAACCACGACAGCUCCCCUGGUAACAACACAUAACACACGCUCUGGAUUGCUGGGAAUUCAGUGCUCCCUGUGCAGCUGGGAUCCUCUCAGCUGUCGAGGCUUAAUUUUUAAAGGCAAUUUCACCUCACUGGCCUAGAUAAAAUUAUAAAAAGAGCUGUGAAAUGUUUUAGCUGUGGAGGUUUUUUAGCUGUUGCUGUGUGUCCUUUUUAUUAUAUUAGGAAGAUGGCAGCUAAAUUCUUCCACUGAAACAAAAUAAUGAGAAGUCUGGGCAUCAAUCAAAGGGAGUAUUUGUGGGCACAAAGAAGGUGUACCAAUGGGCAGCUGCUCUUUGUCAGCCUAUGGUCAACUUUUGUUCCUAUGGAGAUUUAAUAGAUGCAUUGAUUUUUAUAGUGCAAAGUGACAUUAUCUUUCUCCCCUCUCUCUUUCCCAAUCUUUCUCUCUUUCUAUCUCUCCCCCCUCCCCCCUUCUUCCUUCUGUUCUUUAGGUGGGAGAGUUCAGAGCUCAUGCAGCUGAAUGGACAGCCAAUGUCACGGCAGAGUUCAAAGAAACACGUAGACGCCUGAGUGUGGAGAUUUACGACAAGUUCCAGCGGGCUACCUCCAUCAAAAGGAAGCUCUCUGCAGAAAUGGCAGUGAACCACAGCCAAGACCUGACUCCUUGCAAGAGAACCUUGUCUGUCAACCACCUCACCAGUGAGAAAGACCUCUUGCCUGCCAUCACAAAGACGGACAGCAUUUAUAUGAAUGGCUUGACUCCUCACUGUGCAGCAGAAGAGAUUGCUGUCAUUGAAAACAUUAAGUAG